GAAACAAAAAUGUCGGAGCCGAAACCGGCUCAAUAUCGUCGACCCGCCUCCUUAAAACAAACCUUCUCCUGACUCGAUGGUCGAUUUCAGAUCAACAACAGCUCGCGGCCGGAAGUAGCCUGUUCGAUUCGCUCUGCUAUGGAUUGGUGCGCCCUGCAGGAUCUGCUCCAGGAACGGCGGCGAGGGGAGGAAAGGCCAAGAUGGCGGCUGCAAUGAAAGCGCGGAAGGGGCCGAGCGGUUAAUCGAGAGGGAAAUACGCGGAUAUUCCCGAGCCGCCUGACCGUGUGAUGGGAGCGGGAUAAGGCGGGAUGUGUGAGAGCUACUCUCGCUCGCUACUGCGAGUGUCGGUGGCGCAGAUCUGUCAAGCCCUGGGCUGGGACUCCGUGCAGGUCACAGCCUGCGAUCUGCUCACCGACGUACUGCACCGAUACCUGCAGCAACUGUGCCGGGGAGCACACCGCUACUCCGAGCUCUGUGAGUAUCACCGCGUACCCACCGCGCACACACCGCGUACACACCGAGUACUGACAGUGUUUGCGUACGGAGUGUCCCUGUACUGACCAUGUACGCUAAUGUUUACACUGUACAUACUGACCGUGUUCAUAAUGCCGAGUAGGGGUAGACCGAUAUUGAUUUUUUUAGAGCCGAUACCCUGUGAACUUUCUGGCCGAUAGCCGAUAACUUGUCGAUAUUCUGUACAUUUACCAUUUUGAAAAAAAUAAACUAAUUCUAAAGGUAAAUGCACAAAAUAUACAUGUCACAUGUAGUGGAUGAAGUGUGUUUAGACAAGGGAGCUGUGUGUUUGUGUAGUGUGUGUGAAGUGGAUGCAGUGUGUAUUUGUGAAUGUGUGUGUGUGUAGUGAAGGCAGUGAGUGUUUGUGUAGUGUUCAUAUGUAUAGUGAAUGCAGUGUGUGUGUAGUGAUGUAAUUUGUGUAAAAUGGGGGGGUGGGCAUUUAAAAUAAAUAAUAUAUAUAUAUAUAUAUAUAUAUAUAUAUAUAUAUAUAUAUUUAUUUUUUUUUUUUUUUUUAGUCCCUCCCUGGUGUAUUCCCUGGUGGUCCGGUGGCUUGUUAAGUACUGGUGGGGCCCGCAGGAAGCUUUCUUACCUUUCUUGCAGCUCAUCCAGCUCUCCUGUGUAAAUCUUGGGACCCUUAGUGUAGAACUUCUGUUUAUAUCCUCUACCUGUUAAUCAUUAAUGUUGCUUUUACAUCCAAGCAACUUGUUAGAUGCUAAUUUGUAUCGCCAAAUGAUUUAUUUUUCUUUUGGGAAAGAAACUACAAAUAAAACACCUUGCCAGUGUAAAGUCCCACCUGAAUCUGUUAAAGGGAUUCUCCGUUUUCCUGGCACUAGAGAGUUCUGGAGUGCCUCUCCAUCCCACGUCGCUAAAGGGGUUAAAACCCCUUCAGACACUUGCCUGAAUCCAGCGCUGAUGACCCUUGGCGCUGGGUCAGGCUCCGCCCAUGCUCUUUCCCCGCUGACGUCUGCCGACGGGGGAGACCUAAUGCACAUGUGAGGCAAUGGGCGCGCACACUAUUUGACCUCUCCAUUGGAAAGCAUUAUUCAGUGCUUUCCUAUGGGGAUUCCGGCGACGUUGGAGGUCCUCAUACAUAGCAUGAGGACGUCCAGCCGGAAGUCCCUCUAGUGGCUGUCUGGUAUAAAAACUGCAAUAAUUACACUUGCAUGGUUAAGGGUGAUGGGAGUUGGCACCCAGACCACUUUAAUAAGCUCAAGUGGUCUGGGUGCCUACAGUAUCCCUUUAAGGGCAAUAGCCAGACUGGAAAUAUGUAUUUAUCACUAAAAAAACCUUACAGUUUCAUAUAGGUGCUUUGUACCCAUAUUUUUUCCUAAACUAUUUUGACUGAGAGGGAUUCAGAGUGGAUUUCCAAUUGUAGGCCAAUGUCGCUGAACUGGGCACACUGUUAAUUUGGGAAAUAAAUCCUCUAGUUAUUUAAGCCUCAAAUUUAAAAUGGGUUUUGAAUGACUGGCAAUUCACUCUUUAAGGAAUAACCCUGCAAAUUGGAAUCAUAUAAAUUAAUAGGAAUUAAUUAAAUUAAUAGCAUACAUUGUGUAUAAAUGCCCUCUCAAACCAGUGGACAAAUGGAUUUCAACUACUUAAAAACAAAGAGUCCAUCACUUGUUUGCUGUCAGAUUAUUAAAACAAUUGGUUCUAAAUGUAGUCAUAAUUGGUAAAAUGAUAGUUUGUUUUUCCCAGGUUGUUAUUGUAUUUGGUGUGCUGUUUUGUUAUGUUUUGUUUUUUGUGUCAGACUUUUGUUUAACCCCUUAAGGACAGAGCUUCAGAAGCUUGUCUUUCGCUUAAUGACAACAGCAUUUUUUUGCAGUUUGCAUUCAACUGCAAUUUGCAUUUUACUAAUUUAUUGCACCGACACAUAUAUUGUAUUUUGAAGGACAGAAAGGGCUUUAAUUUGAUGUAACACAUAUAGAUAUAUAUAAAUGCUUAUUUAUUAUAUCGGUCUGGGUGUGAAAAUUUUUAAAACAGUGGCCAGUGCAUAGGCCGGGCUGAGAGGGGCACUCAGGGCAGUAAUAGCUGGUCUCAGCUCUUACGCCCCUCUUGUAACACACCCUGCACCUUUUCUGGGGGUUUUGUUUUUUAGGGGUUGGUGGAAUCUUAAAGCAGAAGUGACCUGCCUCCAUUCUUCUGCUAGGCUCCACUGAUGGUCUUCUUGUGUGGCACUCAAGUAGCCCAGAAAUGAGGUUAAACUGGAACGAAAGAAAAGUGAUAUUCAGCCCAGCAUUUGCCUUUUUGAAAAUGACAAAUGCAUUGUGUAUUGCCGUCUGCAUCAGAUAUAUACCCACUUUUUUAUACCAUGCCCUGGUCUUACGCAUGAUCAAAUACAGCUGCAUCAGUUGAUCGGACAGGUCAACACCCCCCAUAUGCCGAUUAUAUUGCCGUAUGCAGACUGGCACUCGUUUGCUUUCCUCUCUGCCACGAACUGCGACCCUCCGUUUUCACCAUGAAUGGUGGUUAAGAUGAAAACAUCAUUUUUAUCCCUGUAUUUGAGUGCCUGCAGUUCAUUCUGGCAGAGAGCUGCUGUUUCCCCCCUUUUCAUUUUUUUUGUUUGCUAGAGCCUUUGGGAAACCUGUGCGAGUCUUUCGAAUAGUGCCACAGGCCACGGUCUCGAAGCAGUAUAACAUUUUUAACAGUUGGAUGCUAUUAUAAAAGAUAUCAAUGUAUAAAUGAUAACCUUUAUUAAGUAGUGGCAUUAUUAAGUCUCAGACAAUUUUCCCACUUGUCCCUACUAUAUCUGGGCAACCUGGGGGAUCAAGGUGGCUAUCCCUUCCUUCGUAUACACGGAAGGUGUGUACGUAGCCACUGCCACUUUCACACAGUUUAUAAAAUUUGAUCCCAUAUCGGGAUCUUUUGGAUGGGAUAUAGUGUCUAAAUCCCAGUCUUCCCUUGAACUUCAUGAGGGACUCGUCAAUGGAAAUGUUUUUAUUGGGGGUAUAUAUAGUGGCAAAUUUACUGUUAAAGUGGGCAAUUAAAGGGCGGAUUUUAUAAAGAUCAUACUGCGGAUCACCUUUUGGGGGGCACUUACUAUUAUCACUAAAGUGCUUCAAUCGCAGUAUGUCUUCAUCUCUUUCCCUCGGCAUUGUCUCGGCAAAAAUGGGGGUAUUGCAAAUAGGAUGUUUAGACCAAUACAUCCUAAUUGUGGGCUUUUUAAUUAGCCCCAUUAACAUGGUCAGUGCCCAGAAUUGUUUCAAUUCUGGCACACUGGUUGGGUUCCAUCUUUCUUUCCUGGAGAUAAGAGUCUGGAUUGCGUGCCAGAUACUGCUCCGCAUAGAGAUUAGACUGGGUGACUAUCUCCCCAAAAAUCUCAUCCCCCCAAGAACAGCUGCAUAACAUCCAGCGCACUAUAGCCAGACAGGUCAGCCUGUAUGCCAGGAUUGGCUGUAAACACUGGGAUGUCUGGGGAAAAAUUAUUAGGGGGUACCCAGUCAUCUGCGCCAUGUUCAGCAUUAGGGGAAUUGUCGGUUUCCCCUGAUGGUCCUGCAGUAUCUGGCACAUAGUCCCUGUCCCCUGCGUCACUCUCUGAGGCAGUGUCUCUCGCCUCUGAGUCGGCCGCUAACAGGGCAUAAGCCUCCUCUGCAGUAUACUGCCUGAACAUUGUUAAAUACAGUUAACACAGCUAACAAAACUUUAACUAAAUAACAAAAAAAAAUUUUUUUAAUUCCCACUAAAUUCCACCCACCCAAGUAACUAAAUCAUAAACUAAUAAAAUCAAAUAAUAAAAUGUAUUGUGACUGGACAUCGCGAUUUUCUGUUGCUGGUCUGCCCCGGACUCGGAGGCACCCAGCAACAGCAUUAACCCCGCGAUUGCGGCACCGCGGCAAUCAGGGGUUAAUUUUAAUGCGUGACGGACAAGGUCCGUCACUCGUCAUUAACACUUUCACCUGAGUGAAGGACCUCAUCCUUAAGGGGUUAAACAAGCAUGUGAUUUGUGUCACAACUUACUGGACUUAUGUUUAUCUGAGUCCGUUAAACAUUUUGAGAGUUUAAAUAUUGUUUUGUGUUUUUUAUUCUUUAUUUUUGUUGUGCAUUCAUUGAACAUAAUCGCUUGAGAUGCCACAACAGUUUUCUCAGGCUUCAAAGCAUGAAACAUAAACAUUUGGCAUUGAUAUACGGAGCACAGUUUUUUGAAUUAGGUUCAUACGUUACAACAUUCUCGCUAGAUCGCUACAUUCUCUUGUCUAGAGGAAGAAGUUGUGUGCGUUCAAUAUACUCUUAAAGUCUAGUGUAUGGCUUGGGUUCUGAGCAACUAUUCCUCGUUCUGUGUAGGUGGUUUGUAGUGUUGGUUAUGGCGAUAAAUGUGUGCCACGCUUCUUGUCAUUGUGGCAUUGUCUAGGGCCCAUUAUCCUGGCGUGUUUGGUGUGGGCUUAGGUAUUUUUCCCUAGGCCGCCCUAUGUGGGGAUCGACCAAUUAUUUGUUUUACUGAUAUUAUCGGCCGAUAUUCGGUAUUUUCAGCAAUAUCGGUAUUGGCAUCGGCCAAUAAAGAUACAGAUAUUGCCGAUAAUACAUAACAGGACCGCCGGGCUCAUUACAAGCCUGGCAGUCCUGUGGGGGCCGGUAGCAAGCGCUUACUUACCUUUCUUUCAGCUCCCUGUCUAAAUCUUGCGAGUCCCACGGCCGUCAGAUGGCCGUGGGACUCGCAAGAUUUAAACACGGUGGCACGGAUGUGCAGUGGGGGCACGCAGGCCGCGAUAUUUACACAGGGAGCUGCUGUAAAGGUAAGUAAGCGUUUGCUGCCGGCCCCCACUGCACAUCCAUGCCACCUGACCACCAGGGACUGUCAUAGCCCCCCUCCCUGGCCAGGUAACAAGCAGGGAGGGGGGACUAAAAAUUAACAUGAAACAUAUAAACAUUAAAAAUUAAAAUAAAAAAUGCCUUUCUCCCCCCCAUUUUAAAAAAAUCACAUCCCUUUAAGAACACACACACACACACUCUGCAUUAUAUAUACACACUCUGUAUGUAAUGUAGUGUGUGUGUGUAUAAUGCGCACACACUACACAUGCUGCAUUAUAUACAACUAUGUACUGCAUUGUUGCUCAUGUGGUGUGCGUGUGGUCAGUGGCCCCUAACCACAGAGGCGGCAGGGGUAACACGCUAGCGGCUCCGGUGCUGGCCCUAUCAUGUUAAUGAUUGUCUUUGUAGUUAGUGGUUGUGAUCCGUUAAGCCAAGGGGGAGUCUUGUGGGUGUAUGCCUUACAGAGGUGUCUAGUUGUUUGCUAGAGUAGUUGCAAAGCAGUAAACGUUCAAAACCAAUUAAAACCAUAACAGUAAUGGCGUCAUUAGUAACUCUAGCCUAUAGGCUGAAAGACAGUUAUUGGUGUCAGGUGGUUGCCACAGGGGUUCCUCUCCCCCUGGCUACAAAAGGGACAGUCCUGGUGGGGUCCCAUGUAUUGGAGCUGGCGGGCUCUUCCGUGUGGGAGCCCUAUUGCCCUGAGGAAGGAGUCCACCUCCUGAGUGGAGUUGAGGUGUAGAGUGGUGCCGUUACGGUCCACCGACAGUGGUAAGUCGUCUUGGAGGUGACGGGUCACAGGGCGCAGGAUCCUUCUCCAUUGGAGUGUGGCUCUUGUCAGAUCCUGAUAAAAGGUAAGACUCGCAGAUUCAAAGUCCAGUUUUGCCUUUUAAGGCAGCGAAGAUGGCAUUUCUGUCGGUCUGGGUAUGGUAUUGAAUGAUCACAUCUUUUGUUGCUUGGGAGGGGUGCCCGUGGUGAUUUCCGGAUACGGAAUAUCCCUGCAAUAGCUAAUUUUUUUUGGCCUGUGCAUGUGGCAUUAUGGUGGCGACCAAGCAUCUGAUGUAGUGUGGCAACUCUGCCUGGCUGAUUUUAUCAGGAAUGCCCCUAAUUUUCCGUUGCAUUUGCGGCUUCUUUCUUCUACUGCAUCCAACUUGUUGGUCAGGAUUGCGUGUGAGGCUUUUAAUUGGGACACUGUUUCUUUAAUGCCUUUCACGUCUUUUUGGACGUUUAUGAUGUCCUCUUCUGUAGUCACCACUCGGUUUGUGACCGAUUGGACCUCUGUUUUCAUUAAGGCCAUGUCUGCCGCAGACAUUUGUUUUAGUUCCAUUAGAAGGUUUUUAAUGUCCAGUUUAGUGGCUGCUGUUAGUGCAUCUGGGUCAGCCUGUGUGUCCUGGGAUGGUUGUUGGUGCAGGUUGUCCCCCAUGGCGGGCUCCGAGCAUGUGGAGCUGGUGUCUGGGUCAGGUGGGACCACAGUGUGCUUGAGCAUAGCGCUUAUAUCUUGGGGGUGUCUGCACCCACCUGUUGCUUUCCGCUGGGAUUUUCGUCCCAUGUUUGCCGGGUCGGUGGUUGUGUUCUCCGUGGGCAGUAAGGCUGUGCAAUUGACCGCGUUGUGGAGUGACGUUUUGAAGUCCUUGUUUGUGUGGCGUGCUUUCUGUCCCAUCUAGGGGUAUACGAAGGGCAUCUGUCGGUUGAAGGCUUUGCCCCCUUGCUCUGGUUAUUGGUUUUUAGGUUCGUGUAGGUUGUAUUGGCAGUGUUUGCCAUUGAUUUAAACUGAUGUUUCAAAACUGGAUCAAAAAACUGCAAUUUUGAGAGUUGCAUUUGAUUUUAACUAGUGCAAGAUGCCUCCAAAAAAAUUAAUGAAACGCAUGCAUGCUAGGUCAUCAACAGCUGUGACCUGCAGUUAAUGUCUUGUUUUUACUUGAACUCAUAAAGAGGACUCUAACUAGAUUCUCUGUACCGCUGUUUGUAUAAAAACAAUGAUUCCUCAUUGCCUCUUGUCAACAUCCGAUGUUCAUUGGAGGGGACAUGCAAGAAUGUUGUCAGACCGCAGUAUGCCUGGUCAGAUUACAAUGACCUGUUCGUAGAGUUUAGACAUAAUAUUGUCUCUUUGAAAUUACCUCUUAGUUGGUGCACCCAUGUGUUGUUUUUUUUGUUUUGUUUUGUUUUUUGAGGGAAAGCUUUAAUAUAAUGCUAACCUAGCCUAUAUUAUGCUAGAGAAUUUCUUUCUAACUAUAUAUAACUACCUCUUAAAUGAACUGAUAGGGGUGAUAAAAGACUAUUUUCUUUGGUCACAAUAUAUGGUCCACUCAACAGGUAUCACUAGUCCUUAAUCUUUCUAUGAAAGCUUGCAACAUUAACAUCUCUCAUAAAUGAGGCUGUCCAAUAAUAGCAAGUACACCCAGCAGAAUGCGGGUUGUGCCGUUAUUAAUGGAAACCCAGACUAUUUUGCAGUGAUGGACGUAGUGAUUGUCGUUGAUGACAGUCACCAUGAUUGCUUAUCAUGGGGUACCUCCAUUUUGCUAUUUCUAUGAUGCCUCACUACGGAGUCCUUAAGAAGAAGACUAGUUUUGCCCAUCUAGCGAGACAAGCAUCAUUAGAGCAAUUUAAACAAACAAUGCAACCAUCACCAAAUGUGUCUAAGUGGUGGGCACUGUAGCCUGGACAGUGGCUGUCACAAAGGUGUAAAGCCAGGCAUGGCUCAAUAGCAGGAGCUUGUGGCAGCAGGUGUCUGAAAGGACACAAUGGUUUGACCACUUUGAGCAUUUCUGGCACCAUAAACUCUACGGUGGUCUGUAGUGGUUAUGGUACAUGGCGUGUUCACUAAAAAAGUUUUACUCCAACCCUUUUGGGGGUGGUGAGUGUUGCAAUAAGCCCCAUUGGGCUGUGUGAGUUAGGCCUACCUCUUCAUUUUCAGUAUAAGCUGUAUAAAAGAUUUGUAUUACUUACCUGAACUCCAGCGCCAGCCAAAGCUCCAGGUAGUGCCUUCCAUGCCCCUCCUGACAUUACAAGGGCCUUCACAUAGUCCAAACACCUGGUGAGGGAAGGGUGACUGGGAGGGAGGGAGGUGGGUGAGAGAAUUUUUUUUUUUUUUUUUUUAAACCUUUCUUUUAUGGGGAGGACAAAAAGAACUCAAUACGCCUGUUGCUAGUGUACAGUGUGCACAACAACAGACAUGUUUUUUUUUGUACAGAAUUGACGUUUUGGUGCCCGGAAAAGAGUUUCCGGCUGCCAAAAUGUUUGUUUGGGAGUGCAACUAGCCCCCUGCACACAACUGCUAAUACCUCAAACUGAAACACUGAAUUUACUGACCACUUCAAAUCACUGAAGGGGUCAUGGUGGUUGGAGUAAUCAUUUAAUAAUAUUGGUGUAAUCCUACCACUGAGCCCAAUGAUAUGUAUUUCUUAUUGUCUGGUCUUUUACGGGUAAACAGGGUUUAAAGUUGCUUUGAACUGUGAUUUGCGGUUUACAGAUUACAUGAAGAUAUCCAGUAGACUAGUGCACAAUUGCAUUUCAGGUGGAUCGAAUUAAUCAAAUUUCUUCCAAUCUAGUCCCAAGCAAAUCAAUCUGUCUGUCUGGGAUUUACCUGUGAAGUCUUAGUUGCUGAAUAAUAUUGAUCAUCAGGGCUAAAAAAUGUUAACUCGUUUACUUGUCAUUGGCAAGUGGAAAUUCAGCCCUGGUUAAGGUGCUGUGACACCACCAUUGCCUGAUAAUUUUGUUUGAAAGCAGUAGUUUGUUAAAACCAUAUUUGUAGAAUUGAUAUAUGUGAUGCAAGUAAGGAUCUUAUAUAAUAGAGCUAUGCACUAGAAGGUCAGGCUUAAAAGGACAGUGCCUUAAUAACUUGAUCUUCAUAAAGUGGAUUUGGAGCGUAGCCCUUAUUUUUUUUUUUUUUUUAAUGUAAAACAUUUCCACUUUAGAGAAAUGACUGUUUACAUUUGUGCUCCUGAAGACCUUAGAAAAUGAAAGGUGUAGCUUAGUGUCAUUAUGCACAGAAUGCUGUUAAAGAGACACUACAAGCACCAAAACCGUAGUGGUUUUGGUGUAUAGAUUUUGUCCCUUCAUUCUGACAAAUGUAAACUUUGGCAUUUGUAAUAGAUAAUGAUAAUGUUUACAUAUGUGAUUAAGUGCCUGUCAGAUCCACACUAGAGGCACUUUUUACCCUUGAGUAUCUGCAAUUUGUGGAAGCUAUCACCAGUUCAGUUUGGCUACUUUGGCCUUAAUUUUAAAAUUCACUUUGAAUUUCUCAGUAGUGACAAACCCUACAAUAGAAGUAUCAGAUUUGUGGAGUAUAAUGAUUGCCACACAUGUGCAGUAGGUCUCCAGUGCUUUUCUAUGAAAAGCAUUGAAUUUGACCAAGAUCCAUGAGCAGUGAUGCAGAAGUGGCAGAGCAGGUGCUGCAAAGAUACUGGCAUGGCAAAGGAUUACAGGUGAAUUUAAUAGCUGUUUUUGCUUUGUUUAUUAAUUUGUAUUUAUGUAUAAAAGUGGGCUCAGUUUUCUAAAAGGAGAAAGGAGCACAUUUGUAAAUGGCAACUGUUACAUCUUUGAAAGGUUUUUUUUAGACUAUAAAGUGUGUUCCAUUAGCACAGAUAUUGCAUCAUUCUUCUCUUCAGCCACACUCCUCAUUCAACCUAGGUACUUGGCAGAAUGCUGCAUACCUCUCAGAUACACCGAUACCAAUAUCAAAGUUCCUCUCUCCUCUACAUCAUAUAUGCCGAUGUUCAGUUGCUGUGGUUCUAUGCAGACAAUUGGUGACAAAUAUAUAUUUUCUCAUGGCAUAACAACAUUCUGCAAACUUUAUAAUUUGUUUGAGUAAAAAAGAUGGAAAUUCUUACAUAACUAAAAAAAUAAAAAUAAAGUUGUGUUGUGGAUCCUAUGUGCAAGUCCAUACCGGAUUGUCUUAAAGGAAUACUCCACACACCAUAAACCCGGCAGCUCCCUAUCAGAAUAAGUAGUCACUGUGUUUGACAACUUACUUGAGGUCUGUCGAUCGCCUCCUCUACUGAAGCUAGAGCUCCUGCAAGGAGCUUCCUGGCAGACCCCUGGUAAGUCGUUAAACCACUGCUGACACAUGAGCACUACAGUGGGAUUUAAUGUUUAUGGUGCUUGGAGUGUUCCUUUAAGAUGUUGAAGGUUAACUGAUUAUAGAUAAAUAUGUUCUUUAACUGGCAUAUAGCAGCAGUACAGGAGGGAUCUUCUACAUCUAGAUGAACAAGUAGCCUCUGAAAUAAAAUGGUUAUUCUGCAAUUCCCCUACCAUUCAUACCGUAAAUAUUUGAUCUGAAUAAGACUCCCCAGUUCUUUCUUGUCUCGCUUGUCGGCUGGACAGAAGUAUCUGUUCUGAGACAGAUGUGCAUGACGGCUUGGUGAAGUACACAGGCUGUUACUUGAGGGCUUGGCCAGACUGUUCUCCGGGUGGUGAAGUGCAUGCCUACUGGCUUGGAGCCAGUCAAAGCCAGUUAUGGAUUAUAAUAAUGGGCUUUGUUUUAUAUGCUUAUGCACCCCUGGGGUGCUUGGAAGAAUCUGACUGCAUUCCUGGGAAGCCCGUCAAUGAUCAGGCACACUGUAAGUCUGCACACAGCAGUGGAACAUACGCCCAGGCAGCGUUUGCAUUUCACUGUUCUUAUUGGACUGCUGCACAUGCACAGUAGGAAUGCCGAUUUAUUUUUAUUUUUUUCAAAAUACUAAAUUUGACUGUCUAUUUAAGCUGUGGACAGCAAGGGUGCUUGUCAGUAAAGAAAUAAAAUGUCACCAGCCUCCACACACAGUUCUGAGGUCUUUUAGGUGGGGAAUUAUUUUAUUAUUUUACCUUAAAGGCUUCUAUUUCUUUCUACUUUCUGUUCUAACAAUUAUGAUAAUUGAUGUUUAUCUUACAGGUGUCUAUUCCUGUUUCUCCAGAUAAGAUGGACAAAAUACCUCCACCUGCUCCCAAACUGAAGCCAUCUUGCAAACCUAAACACCUAUCCUGCAGCAAAUGUGCCACCCCUUUUCCUGAUGGUUUUUAAAACAAGAUCUGUAAUCAGUGCUCGGGGGAAGCUUAAGAAAAGGCUAAACAGAAAGAGAUGCAUUAGUUCCUGAACUUGUUUCAGGAUAAUCGAUCACAAACUUCUGGAAGUUUUAAAGAAACCGCAGUUGAAUCCAGGUAAUCUACGUCUGUCUAGAACAGUUCUAUCAAAGGAAGAAACAUAAGUGGGUCUUUUUCUCCUCUGAGUUGUCAUCCAGUUAAUGCUCCCAUUCUUCUUGGUCAGAAGUCUUCAGCCAGGAUUUGCCAUCUGAUUCUGUUUUCCUGACUGAGGGAUUGAAUCCAUUUUAUUAAAUUAUGGAUGAAGGUGAUACCCUGAAGAAAAAAAGGUAAAGACUAUGCAUCCAAGAUUCUUAAGUCUCAUAAAUCGGAAAUGGAAAAACCCAGAGAAAAAAGCCUUUAUUGCAAAGUAUUUUUAAACACAUUUUCAAAAUACAUGAUUCAAACCGGCAAGAUUGUCUAAAGUGGAUUUGCAAAUCUCACAAUAAGCACUCAAAAUCCUUGGAUGUUAAACCCUAUCAGAAAACUGAUGCAAUAUAAGAUUUCUAGAAAAACCUGCUUCCCAAUUCCUUUGUUCUGCUUACACUUCUCAAGUAAAAGCAGAUGCUCUACUAGUGAAAUCACAAAUUCUCCUCCAAAAAGGCAUCCUAGAAAAGGUUCCAAUAUGAGAACUAUUUCAAGGAGUCUAUUUAAGACUAUUUGUAGUGCAGAAACAAGUCAUUUUGCCCUGUCCUGCAUUUAACCCUUUAAGGACCAAACUUCUGGAAUAAAAGGGAAUCAUGACAUGUCACACAUGUUGUGUCCUUAAGGGGUUAACGAAUGUGAACAAGUGCAUCCAGUAUUAAGGAUUCCAGAUGAAAAGGAUUGUAUGCCAUCCAUAUUUUAUGUAGCGGAGACUAUAUGGCCAACUUAAACCUAAAGAACGCAUACCUUCUUAUUCCCAUGGCAAUAAUAUUAAGGAAAUACCAAAGACUUGUCAUCAAAGCAGGAAGAAAGACUAUAUAUAUUUUCAGUUCUAAGCCCUUCCAUUCUGCCCUUCUGCAGCUUGCUUUUUUUUUUUUUACUAAAAUUGUACUCCCGCUGGCAGCUGGUCUUUGAGAAAAGGGUAUUUCAGUUUUUCCUUAUCUAGAUGAUUGGUUCCUAGAAGCCAAUUAGUCUUCAGCUUCAAGGAAACUUUCAAACUACACUUUGACCAUUGCAGAAAUAUGGAUGGUUCUCCUUCCACAAGAAUUCUGUUUCUAUGUCUUUCUCUCUUCACCUUCCUCUUCAAAAGAGAAGGAAGAUGAGGAAAAUUCGGACAAAUUCACCAUGUUGCAUGAGUGCAUUUUCACCUCUACAAUGGGAAAUCAUUCAGUCCUGGUCUGAGGAACAAUCUUAUUUCAACAAAUGUUCGAACUGAGAUAAGAUAGUGGAUUCACUCAGAAUUCUUAUCUCUAGGACUAUCCUUCAAUUAAAGAAAUGGUCACAAUCACUACAGAUGCUUCGAAAACCGUUUGAAAGCUCCUCUAAAUACUUUCUUGCAUCAAGUCAAAACUUCAGAGAAAUGAAAGCUUUACUUGCCUUCAAACCCUGGCUAAUAGGAAAACUUGCAAGAUACGAUCAGACAACCUCACAGCACUCACUUACCUGAAUAACCAAGGUGGCACAAAAAUAGUCUCUCGCCUUUGUGACAACAUUGCGUCUUUGCCAUAGAAAAGGUUAGAAUCCAUCUCUGCAAUUUACAUCACAGCAAUAGACCAUUUGAUAGCGGACUUCCUGACCAGAGCACAGUGGAAACAAAUGGAAUCGUCUCUAGAUCUAAAGGUUUUCCUAAGAAUCAUUAAGAAAUUCAGUCAUCCAGAGAUCGAUCUCAUGGCGACAAAACUGAAAAGUACCGACAUUCACUUUUCUAUUCUGGAAAGAUUAUCUGGAUUUUAGAUUGUCCCGUAAUGACUUGAGAUUUUAGUGGCUUUUUUUUUUUUUUUUCAUCCCAUAUCCCUGAUUCCACGAUUCUUACAGAAAAGCAAACCAGACAAGGUAACAGUGAUGGUCAUCAUCCCAUAUUGGCUCAAUCAGAGCUGGUUUUCUGAGUUAAAACAAAUGGCCAUGGUAGAUUGGGAACUUCCUCUCUCAGAACCGAUACUGGAGAACAAACCACUUCCAACAGAGAGACUGCAGAUUCUUAUACUGACUGCCUAGCCACUGCAAGGUUAAUCCUCAGGAAUAAGGGUGUAGAGGAACAGAUGCUUGAUCUGCUUCUAAAAUCUACUUGAGAAUCUUGAAAAAAAUGUAAUUGUGUGGUGCAAGUUAUUUCUUAUCAUGAUAUUUGUUUUUGAAGCCAAUUAACAUCAACCUCGGCAGUCUCUUUGUCUGCUUCUCAAUGUUUCUAAAGUGAACAUAUGUCAACACAUCAUUUUCUCCCCACUCUAUUCCAAUCUCUUUCUCCUGAGGAAGUCAACUUCCACUUGUUGCAUGUAAAGAGGACUCUGGAAAUUUACCUCAAAUGGCCAUCAGCAUUCAGAUCCUCUGAUCAUUGCCUAUAAGAGUAAAGAGGAUUCCAAAGCCAUAAUUGCUAUGUGGUUAACAGAAUCCAUUAACAUGGGCUACGAAUUUGCUGGUCAGUGUCUCUACACCUUCCAAGGCACAUUCCAUUAGAGCAAUGGCAACCUCUUGGGCAGAAAAUUAAUUGGCCUCUCCAGAGGAUAUCUGCAAGGUGGUCACAUUGUCCUCCUUCAUUCAUCACUACAGGCUAGACAUCCUUUUAAUUCUGAGAAGCUUUUUCUGGGUAUAAGGUGCUUCUAGUUGCUUUUAUCUUACUGAACUACUUAUAUUUGGGAUCUUGCUAGAUCCCUCCUGUACUGCCGCUACAUGCCAACAAAACCAGAAAUUCUACUUACCAAAACAUUUCAUCUUUCCUUUGCAUAGUGGCAUCCAUUUGUAAUAAAGUAUUUUGAUAUUUUUUUUUGGUCUCCUGUAUUCUUUAUUCUUGCUUUUACUGGGGCAGUCAGAUACAGACCUCAUAUUUUAAGGUAUGAAGAGGGGAGGGAAAUAACAUAAUUAACAUUUUACUUUAAAAGUUACUCGUCCACCUAAAGGUAGAACAGCUCUCCUGUACUGCCGCUAUACUAAGAAAGAAAAAAAAUUAUGCCAAGUAAAAUUUUUGUUCUUCUUCCCCAGAUGGGCGCACAGAUGCAGUUUUGGAUGAUGUUGGUCAGGCGUUUAAGUUGAUGGGUGUGAACCUCAAUGAACUUGAAGAUUACAUCCACAAUAUCGAACCAGUUACUUUCCCGCAUCAGCUUCCAUCCUUUCCUGUUUCCAAGAACAAUGUCUUGCAGUUUCCUCCUCCAGACAGUAAAGAUGUUGAGGAUCGGAAGGAAUAUAUUCCAGACUAUUUACCUCUCAUCGCCUCUUCACAAGAAGGUACUGUGCAGACUUAAGAUUUAUUUAUUUACAUUAAAUGAGGAGUAGCCAACAAACAGCCCUGCUCGACUUGUUCAAACCUUGCCCAUACCGAAUUAAUUGUCAACUUGGCUCCCAGUCCCCGCUCAGAUCACUCUGAAAAGGAAUUAAAUUAUCUGCCUUUUAGGAGUGGGAUUGAUGAAGGUGGGACCAUAAAAAGUUUAACAGACUGCAGGAGCAUGAUAUAUAAACCCAAACUGCUUUGUUCUUAAUUACGUCAUGUAUUUAAAAAAAAAAAAAAUUCAGUUUGGCUUUUAUUUAUUUUUGUCAUAUUCCCCUUUAAUACUUAAAAUUUUGGCUAAUCCUACUGUUUUGUUUAGAAACAAUUUGGGGGUGUCAUUUAAGACAUGCUUUUCCAAGUUUGUUUGCUCGAUUUUAAUGUUUUCUAAACACUGACUUUUUUUAAAGGAUCACUAUGGAGUCAGGAACACAAGCAUGUAUAUAGUGUUAAACUAUCAAUCUGGCCCCCCUUGCCCUCCUAAAUAAAGUUAAAUCUUACCUUUAUUCAAAUCUGCUGGUGCUGAUCAGACAAUCGCAAUGCUUUCACAUUGGAUAGGUUGAGAUUGUCAAUUCUGAUGAUCUCAGCCAAAAAAGACAGGCCAGAGGCAGAGCCAAAUGCCACACUGGCCAAUCCUCAUUUCCUCGUAAUGAUGCAUUGAAUCAAGUCAUCAUGUGGAAAGUUAGGGGUCUACAUGGAGAGGGUGGAAGAACCUCCAGUAGCCGUCUGAGGAGUGGCCACUGAAGGUGUCGCUUGGCUAUAAUGUAAACUCUGCUUUUUCUCUGAUAAUACAGAGUUUACUGCAAAAAGGGACUGUCGACAUUCACCAGAACAACUACAUCAAGCAUGUCAAACUCGCGGCCCACAAUGGAUAUCUUUGCGGCCUGGCGAGCCGCGAGUACAUCCUUAGUGUUAUAGCAGAGUCGGCUCCUGCUUUCCCCACAUUGCAGGUUCCUACUCUGCAUAAACUUGCCCGGGAGGAUGGCCAGCGAGGGAGCUCAGUGUUCCUGCUCCUCACUGUUACCUCGCACACGCCGUCUGCGGUGAAGCCUGCUGCCGGAAUAUGACGCCAUAUUCCGGCAUCACUAAACCACGCGAGGGAGCACUGAAGAGCAGAUAGAAGAUUCCUACUGGACCCCAGGGAGAGGCCCCAUAUCGGCUCCCAAAGGAAGGGAGUAAUAAAGAAAAUGAUCAGUGUGUGUUGGUCAGUGUUGCAUUGGCUGCAACUGGACAGUGGAGUAGCUGGAGGUGCAUGGAGGCACGCAACGCCACGUCACAUUCUGACAUGAUAUUGACGUGCUCAAUCUUCACAGGGUUUCAAGAAGUAGCGGGAAGAUCAGACUUGGCACUGGGUGUGGACCGCGCCAUUUGGGGUAUACCAGAGGCCGGAAUCCAAAGUCGCAUACUAGCAGCGGCAAUGUGAGUGGAGUCUACUUGUUGGCUAGAGGGGGGUACUGGUAUUUAGUAUAUGGGGAGGGAGGAUACUGAAUUUUUUUUUUUUUUAAUAUUUUUUUUAUAUACUGUACUUUUCAAAAUCUACAUUUCUCUGAAAAUAGAAAAAAAAAUUUGGGCCCACGUAAACUUGUAGCGCCUUGUUUAUGUGGCCCAUGCUUGAAUUACAUUAAGCUGUAGUUGCUCUGGUGACUAUAGUGUCCCUUUAAUAAAUAUAAACCUGCAUCACAAAAUUCAGACUGAACACUCAUGGGUCUUCAGCAAUUUAUUAGAUCUAAAGGAUGUUUUUAAAUUUCCUGUUUUGUUUUAUUUUUCUCCAUAUCGCUCAUUUUUAGUAUAAUGAAUUGAAAAAAGAGAAAAAUAAACAGCGCUAAAUUGCCACAAUAAAAUUAUAAGAAAGGCAGCAAUCCUCAAAGGGGAGUAUAAUGUAUAUAUGCCAUUUAUUUCUGAUGACUCAUCGUCUUUUGUGAAUUGUUCUUUUCCAUCAAAAAAGCAUUCGGCUUUUAUUUUUUAUUUUUUUGCAACUCUUGGAUCACCAGGAUCACAAAAUAAAAAUAAAAAUUUUAAAAUAAAUUGUGUGUGUAUAUAUGUAUAUAUACAUAUGUGUGUGUGUGUGUGUGUGUGUGUGUGUGUAUAUAUGUAUGUAACGUCAUACAUAGUAGUAUUAAAAUAAUGACGUUACACAUAUAUAUGAUAUAAAAUAUAUAUAUAUAGUUACAUAAAUAACUACAUAAGUGUACACAUAGACUUUAAAUACAUAUAUAUGUGUAUAUAUAUUAAAAUUCUACGUGUACAUUUAAGUAAUAUUUUAACAUAAUUAUGUGAUUUAAUUAGUUAACAUUUGAUUGACAUGCCUGACAUCCCAGGCAGAAAGUGCAAAGAAUUUGAAUGGCAAGCACUAUAUUUAACUCUGUGACUUUCCAAGACACCAUAAAACCUGUACAUGGGGGGUAUUGUUUUACUCGAGAGACUUUGCUGAACACAAAUAUUAGUGUUUCAAAAUGGUAACUUGUAUUGCAACAAUAUACUUAGUAAAAGUAUACACACGAACGGCACUUUUACUGACUACUUUUGUGACUAAGUGGCUACUACAAAAGACUGGACAUACCACACUUGUAAUACCUUGGGUAGUCUACUUUUGCAAAUAGUAUGCCAUCAUUGGGAUAAAUCUCGUUCCUGGGCUACCACACGGUCUCAAAGGUAACAUUACUAAUCUGGCAAAUUUCAAUGUGAAAAAAAUUAAAAAUGGAAUGUGCUAUAUUAGACCCUUUAAUUCCAUGUAUUCCAUACAGAAUAGCUUUGAUUUUAUACUAUACAGCCUUUAAUUACAGACUGUGGGAUUCUACCUCUCAAAUAGAGCCUUGCAAACCCAGAGCCAGGGGUGAUAGGGCUCUGGUCCAUGUUAGUUACCCUUCACCUUUUCCCAUAUACUUGUUGUUGUAUACCAUCUGCACUAUAUUUUUCUAUGCUUACUUUCAGAUUUACCAUCUUCAAUAAUAGCGCAAUAAUUUGGUCAUAUCAUCAGAAGUUUUGAUCACAUAGAAAAGUAUAGGAUUGUGUGAGACUGUCAAGGAGGCAGAUCAGACCAUUUUUACAAGCCAGCACAAUUCAAACACAGCCCUGGCCAAUCAGCAUCUCCUCAUAGACAUUAAUUGAUUCAGUGCAUCUCUAUGAGGAAAGUUCAAUGUCUGCAUGCAGAGGGUGAAGACUCUGUGCAGCACUACCCCAGGAAGUACCUCUAGUAGCCAUCUGAGGAGUGGCCAGUGGAGGUAUCCUUAGGCUGUAAUGUAAACACACUGCAUUUUCUCCAAAAACAGUGUUUAGUGCAAAAAGCCUGAAGGGAAUGAUUCUACUCACCAGAACAAAUACAAUAAGCUGUAGCUGUUCUGGUGACUAUAAUACAAUUUCAAAAAUGUAAAAUUGUGCUCCCUCUUCCUUUUUGUAUCCCUUCAUACAGAAUGAAAAUAAAAAAUUCUCUGUGGGGAAAAAAAAAAUGUAAAAUUGCUUUUGUUAUUGUAAAAUAUUUCUUACAUCUUGGCUUUUUUUUUUUUUUAUAAAUAUAUUUGGCAUUGCAUAUGGUCAACUGCAUUCAUUCUAAAACCAAAAUGUGUCCCUUCACCCCCUUUUCCAGCUGAACUUUCAGUAUGCCCCAGAAGCUGAUAAUUGAAUGAUUCUUGUCUCACAGCUAACCUGAGCAAUUUUCAAUAACGAAAACCCCUAUGAAAUUGGUCAACCAUACAAUAAAGCUGCUAGUUCUGUUUAUUGAUUUCAGAAAAAAUAAGUGUCUGCCCUGAGCAAACAAACUGUAGCUAUGGGUUCUUUAUGCUAGCUGUUUAGGGGUCAAAAAUCUGUGAGUUCGACAAGGAGGUGAAAUGUGUGGCAUACUUUUUUACUUUGUGCUGCCUAUAUUUUAACAUACAACAUAAAGGCAGGUUAUGAUUAAUUUGUAUUCUGUGCCUUGUUCAAAUCCAUGUAUCAAUGUUGUUUCUAUGAAGCCUUUUAAAAUCUACCAUAAAACUAUAUUUUUACAAAAAUGUUAAGUCAAGAGUGAGAUGGAAUUCAACUUGUGCAGAACAUAAAGGUGACUUUACCACAGGGGUAGGCAACCUUUAGCUUUCCAGAUGAUGAUUACAUUUGAACCUUGUAAACCCAUCAACCAAGCACUGUAAUAUUUUCUUGUUUUUCUUAUGUCUAACUGAAAUGUAACAAGUUGAAGCAAUCCUGUCAGGCCAUGUUGUAAUUUUAUGGAUAUCAUGAUCUGAGUGGAGUCAUGUCUACAGCAGAUACCCAUAAUAGGUUGUUGUUGUGUGUUUUUUGUUUUUUUUCCCUACCGAUUUGACCCUGAUUGUGAUCAAGGUACACUUGUAUCUUAAGUUUAAGUUCUUCAGAUUGCUAAAAGAGAUCAUGAUUUGUAGUAUUUAACUUCUGGUAGAUGAAAUAAGUCAUGCUUCUAUUUUUUUUUUUAUGUUAUAGUUUUUUUUUGCACAGUACUGUAUAGCGGAUCUUUUUUUUGGUGAUCAAUGUUCCUGUGUGUUUUGGUUGCACUGCAUUAAAUUAAAUGCAUUGAAUCUGUACAAUGAAAAUAUUUCCUCGCUUUUACUAGCUAAUUUUAUUUAACGGGUCGCUAGUUACCAAAACCACUUUAUUACCUACCCUGGUAGUGCCGUGCAUGCAUGGGAAAAAAAGCUUUGUUUUCAAUUAGAUGCUAACUUUGCGCUAGAAUUUAUAUAUAAAAUAUUUCAGUGUGUGUGUGUGUGUGUGUGUGUGUGUGUGUGUGUGUGUGUGUAUAUAGAUAUAUAGAUAUAUAGAUAGAUAGAUAGAUAGAUAGAUAUACACACAAACAUAUUGAAAUAUGGGUUAGCACUCCAUUCUUUUAUUCGGUUAUUCCAUAUUGUUGUUUGUUGCUCCUGAAGAAAGCCCAGGACGGCUGAAACGUCGAGUUUAAAAGAUGAUAUUUUUUACUAGAAGACCGUGACUGCUAUCCCAUAUAACAAUAUGUUUGUAUAUUUUGGCUGUGGCUUUUAGCACCCGGCAUUCAAUAUUAUGCUUUAUAUAGCAGGGUUAAUCUGAAUAUAUAUAUUUUCUCCAGGUCAUUAAAUUGAAAUUACCCCCAGAAGGUUCAGGCACUAGUUAAUAGUGCAGGAGAUAAGAAAUUAAAUAGACUGCGCAAUAGUGUAGUGUAUACAUUAGAUGCUGUGUUUUUUUUUUUUUUGUUUUUUUUUUAUAUAGGAAGUUUUUAGUAAGGAUGUGCAAGUCACAUGCAGGGAGGUGUGACAAGAGUUGUAUAAACAAAGUCAUUUAAUGACUCCUAAAUGGCAGAGAUUUGAGCAGUGGGACUACAGGGGCAUGAUGUAUACACCAUCGUUAAAAUUAAGUAGUUUUGGUGACUAUAGUGUCCCUUUAAAUAAAAGAAUAAAUUUGACAGUGUAACCUUGAAGUGCCUAUACAAUUAAUGGUUGGACUCAAAUGUGAAAAUUAGUUAUUUGUCAAUUUAUUUUUCAAACACGUGGAUUUUAACCCCUUAACACAGUUACGGCGUUCUAUGCCGUCGCGGUUUUAAAGCCGUUGCGGCGGCAUAGAACGCCGUAACAGCUUAAGCCCCCAGGGGAUCGCAGCUACUUACCUCCGCUGCGAUCCUCUUCUGGAGGGCUGCCUCGCAGCCCUCCCCCGGCGAAUGAGGCCCCCUAUAGCUGGCUGUGGAUCUGCCAGCAGGGGGACUGUCUGAAAUAUCAGACAAUCCCCCUGCUGGUGGGAAAUGAAAAAAAUAAAUAAACAAACAUGUGUAAAAAUAAAUUAAAUGUGUAUAUAUAUAACGUCAUACGUUGUGUAUUUUAAUACUAAUAUUAGUAUAUAUAUUAGUAUUAAAACACACUUAGAAUGACGAGAUAUAUAUAUAUAUAUAUAUAUAUAUAUAUAUAUAUAUAUAUAUAUAUAUAUAUAUAUACACACAUAUAUUAAUGUAUAAUUACAUAAAUAAAAUAAUGUAUUUUGUUAUAUAUUUAUAGUGUGUAUGUGUAUGUAUGUGUGUGUGUAUAUAUAUAUAUAUAUAUAUAUAUAUAUAUAUAUAUAUAUAUAUAUAUAUAUAUAUAUGUGUAACAAAAUACACUUAGAAUGACAUUCUAUAUAUAUAAAAUACAAAUAACCGCAAAUAUAUCGAUAAAUACAUAUAAUUACAUAAAAGAUUACAUUAGUAUACACGUAGAAUUUAAAUACCUAUAAAUACAUAUAUAUUAAAAUUCUACGUGUAUAUUUAAGUAAUCUUUUAACGUAAUUAUGUGAUUUGAUUAAUUAAAAUUUGAUUGACAUGCCUGACAACACAGGGAGAAAGUGCAGAGAAUUUAAAGGACCACUCUAGGCACCCAGACCACUUCAGCUUAAUGAAGUGGUCUGGGUGCCAGGUCCUUCUAGGGUUAACCCAUUUUUCAUAAUUAUAGCAGUUUCAGAGAAACUGCUAUAAUUAUGAAUGGGUUAAGCCUUCCCCCUAAUCCUCUAGUGGCUGUCUCAUUGACAGCCACUAGAGGCGCUUGCGUGCUUCUCACUGUGAUUUUCACAGUGAGAGCACGCAAGCGUCCAUAGGAAAGCAUUGUAAAUGCUUUCCUAUGCGACGGGCUGAAUGCGCGCGCAGCUCUUGCCGCUGCGCAUUCAGCCGGCGGGGCGGAUCUGAGGCGAGAGAGGAGAGCUCCGCCCAGCGCUGGAAAAAGGUAAGUUUUUACCCCUUUCCCCUUCCAGAGCCGGGCGGGAGGGGGUCCCUGAGGGUGGGGGCACCCUCAGGGCACUAUAGUGCCAGGAAAACGAGUAUGUUUUCCUGGCACUAUAGUGGUCCUUUAAUUCGCAAGCACUAUAUUUGACCCUGUAACUCUCAAAGACACCAUAAAACCUGUACAUAGGGGUUACUGUUUUACUCAGGAGACUUCGCUGAACUCAAAUAUUAGUGUUUCAAACUGGUAAAUUGUAUUACAAUGAUGAUAUUUUAAGAAAAAGUGAAGUUUUUUGCAUUUUUUACAAACAAACGGCACUUUUAUGGACUAUAUUAUUGUUGUAAUAUGUUUUACUGUUUUAAAACACUAAUAUUUGUGUUUAGUUAAGUCUCCCGAGAAUAACAAUACCCGCCAUGUAGAGGUUUUAUUGUGUUUUGGAAAGUUAGAGAGUCACAUAUAAGGCUUGCAUUUCAUUUUUUUGACAUUGAAAUUUGCCAGAUUGGUUAUGUUGCUUUUGAGAGUGUAUGGUAGCCCAGGAAUAAGAAUUACCCCCAUGAUGGCAUACCAUUUCCAAAAGUAGACAACCCAAGGUAUUGAACGUGGGGUAUGUUUAGUCUUUUUUAGUAGCCACUUAGUCACAAACACUGACCAAAUAUUAGUUUUUUGCUUUUUUCACACAAAAACAAAUAUGAACGCUAACUUUGGCCAGUGUUUGUGACUAAGUGGCUACUAAAAAAGACUAAACAUACCCCACGUUCAAUACCUUGGGUUGUCUACUUUUUCAAAUGGUAUGCCAUUAUGGGGGUAAUUUUCAUUCCUGGGCUACUACACCGUCUCAAAGGUAACAUUACUAAUCUGGCAAAUUUCAAUUUGAAAAUGGAACGUUCUAUAUUUGACCCUGUAACUUUCCAAAACACCAUAAAACCUGUUAAUGGGGGGUACUGUUGUACUCGUGAGACAUCGCUGAUUACAAAUAUGUGCAUUUUUUUGCAGUAAUACUUAACAGUAUUAUGACAUUAACAGCUAAAAUGUCAGACGGAAAUACAAAUUUAAGAAAAAUCUUAUUUUCUAAAAAAAAAAAUUACAUUUUAUUCAUAAUAAAUGUUCCAUAUAUAAAUAAUUAAUGAAUGAUAAAUUAAAGCCCUGUUUCUCCUGAACAAAAUGAUAUAUAAUAAGUGUGGGUGCACUUAAUGUGACAGCGGUGAAUUGCGGGUGAACAGACCUAUAGCGCAAAUUCCAGUUUUUGUUUAAGUUUUGUUUUGAUCAGAACGUGUACUAUUGACUCCGUCCUGAAGGGGUUAAGAUGAAACGCACUGGUUACUGGCAGUUCUUUGUUUAUUGAUUUCUCGGGUCUGCAGAUGUGUGAAGGAAUAAAACCUAAAAUGUAUGUUAACAAAAUAUUUUUUUCAGGUUAGUUUAAUGCACUCUUUUAUUUGUAGUUGACUUCAGUCUCAAUAUUCAGCUGAGAGAUGAUAGCCUUGGUUUUUUGGACUUUACCUUAAAUGCGAAUUUAUUCAGGAGAAUUUCAAUUAAAAUAGAACUUGCUUUAAGUCAAUGGGAACUGUAUGAAGUGAACAAGCUCUUCCAUUUUAAGGAAUACUUUUAGUUACCAAAGUAUAUAAGUAAGAGCAAUUAAGUUUAUACAGAUUUGUGCUGUACUUUUAGGGAUUUCUGAAUAGCUGUUAGUUGUUAUUUUGUUACCAGUUUAACUUAUUUCAGAUCCCAAUAUUUUGAGGUAGCAAUACUACUAACUUAAUUUGGGUAUAAUUUCCUUUAUGAUAUUCUCAGUUAUUUAACUUUUGACUUGCACCUCAUUUGCCUAAAUGCCAUUGUCACCCCUAAUUUUUUUUUCUCUGGCUACAUGUUUAAAUAUUGUAUUUGUUGAAUUAGUAGAGGAGCUAAAAAUUCUUGAUCGUUUUGACAAUAUGGAAUGGAAAGUUCAAAAGUGACAUUUUGUUUAUGGCAAGAACCUUGUUUGUGUAAUAGUGUUCAAACUAGAUUUCCUUGUUUAAAAUGUUGCUAUUCUUAUCUGUGUGUAAAUGUAAUUACCCCUGACAGAAGCACUUUGGAAUGUUUCAGGGAAAUAAUGGUUUUUGACCAAUGCACACCAAGCUGCCAAGCUCAGGAAGUACUGGUGCCAUAGGAAAGGAGAGAAAUUCACAUUUCAUUUCCUUUGCAAUCCAGGGAUUUCAGCUCUACCAGUGUAGUAACUGAAACAGGAAGUGAAACUGCUUUCUCAUGGCCUGUGUACAGAGCCCAUCACAGCAGGCUACCAGCCGACAAACAUUAUCAUAGGUUCAAGUCAACUGCUUUCUGAUAUUGAUGUCGAGAAUGGGAACAGAAACGAAUCUCCCACUUUCAGCUUUAAAAAAAAAAAAAAAAAAAGUGAAUCUGUCAUAAACCAUUUGUUUUAGUGAUGUGACUUUCCAGUGGCAGAUUUAUUAUUUUGAACUUUCUUCCUAAAGGAGACUUUCCAUAAUAUAAACUUCUCAUAUAAAUGGUAUUAACUCUAGUUGCCAUCGACUACUUCUAAAGACAUGGUGGGAAGAUACUGGAAUACACAACUGCAUGCAAAGUGUUUUUAACCUGUCUAGAUUCUAUUGCUUAAAAUGUUUUUCAGGUACUAUGAAGGGUUUAAGAUUUGCAAUAUAUAGCUCUGCAGCUGUUGUGUUAUAGAACCCAUAAUCCUUAGCCUGGGGUUUUAUUUUAUUUGUGUUACAAAGUCUUUCAACCUGUUGGUUGCUUAUUAAGUUGGAAUGUGUCUUUGGUCUCUGAAGGUUCCUCAUGUUUGUUUUAAUGUUUUAUUUAAUGCAUUUAUUUGUUUUUGAAACAAUAUGGUGCCAUCUUUGUCUUCAUAUGUCUUUUUAAAUGCAUUCUUGUAUAGGCCCCACGAGUCGUUCAGAGAAAUGUGGGCUGACAUUUGGUAAUACAGCAAGAAACCAGAUUUCAUGGGAUGUACGAACAUUUUUAAACAUUCUAUUUCAUUAAACUAUGGGCAACUAUACUUGAGAAGUUAAAGGAUCACUAUUGGGUCUGGAACACAUGUAUUCCUGACCCUAAAGUGAAAAGCUACCAAUUAUGUGACUAGCACCCUCCGAAUGGAUUAAAACUCUCCUUAUUUACAGCUCUCCACGGGUCUGCUGGUGCUGGCCCCACCCACUUGGUGACAUCAUCAAAAUAGCCUAUUUUUAGCCAACCCAAACGCCGUUUUGGCCAGUCAGCACCUCCUCAUACAGAUGCAUUGAAUCAAUGCAUCUCUAUGAGGAAAACUCUGCAUCCCUAUGCAGAGCGUGGGGAUGCUGAACGGCAGGGUUGCCUACUGUGCAGCCCUGAGCCAGGAAGCCCUUCCAGUGGCCAUCUAAGGAGUGGUCACUUGGAGGUGUCCGUAGGGGCAAUGUAAAUACUGCCUUUUCUCUGUAAAGGCAGGGUUUACAUGAAAAUGCCUGAAGGGAGCUAUUAUACUCACCAGAACAACUACAUUAAGCUGUAGUUGUUCUGGUGACUAUAGUGUCCUUUUAAGUGUACAGUUACUGAUUCCUCUGUCAAUAAUACAUAGGCGGAAGUGAAGUUAUUACACAUGCACAUGACCAUUUGAGCUUUCUAUUUGUCAUCUUUGGAAAGAAGUGUGCAGAAUGCACAAUUGAUUUAUACCUUCUCAAGGGGAUAUUGUGAGAAGUUGUUUUGAGUUUGUUCUGUAGACAGCUAUAAUAUACAUUGGAGAUGGGAGCAUGACAUUGGAUUGUGUGGUUGCUUGAAUUCUGCACAGUAGUCAAGCUUUCUUAGCUCCCAGCUCCCUGUUCACAGCGGGAUAGUUUGUAUCAGAUUUCCUCUUAUGUUGACCCUUGCAAUGGCAGACCUGACACUUGCGGUUCUUAGCAUCUGAGACUGAUUUUUGUUCUCGGAACCUUACCACAUUAAAGUUUUUACACUUAUUUUGCCUGGCAUCUAUCUUAUGGGUAAUAUUAAACCCGUAUUGUUUAUUUCGAAUUAUUAUGAAAUUUAUAUUAAUAAGAGCCAUCUUUUAUUAAAGGAAUACUAUAAUUGAUUUUUUUUCCCCCCCCCCAGCGUGUAUUGCAUUUAUAAUGCAGCUUAAUUUCUAAUUAAGUGCAUUAUAAUGUAUUGGUUUUAAAUAUUUAUGUAUAAUCAGAAGAAAAAAAGACCCCAAUACAAUCCACUAAUGGAUGCACAGAUGUGGGGGCACAGUAAAGUACAAAGAGAUAAUUAAAAACCUUAAUUUUAUUAAAUCUAAUAUAUAAACAUGUAGGCAAAUGCUAGCUAAAUCUAUAAUGUGGCUGCUAUGGCUGGGCUAUAAACAACUGCAAAAUGGUUUUACAUUAAGCAUUUAAGCAAUUUUUUAAAUUAUUUUUAAUAGUACUAAUGUAUAGCAUUAACGUGUGCAGCACUUACCCAGGAAACACUUCUAAAAGGCUGUCUGAGUGACUGUCACUAGAGGUGUUUUCAGACAGCAAUGUAAGCAAUGCCUUUAGUUUGAAAAGUCAGUGUUUGCAUUGAAAAGCGUGUAGGGACAGUAUAUAGACUUCCGAACAACUACAUUAAGCUGUAGUGGUUCUAGUGAAUAUUGUGUCCCUUUAAGAAUAGUUUUUUUGACGUUUAAAAAUCUGUCUCCUAGAUGUGAAGCAAAUUUGUCAAGCUCUAUUUUAAGGUAUGUAGCACGCAUACUGUUCUGAUUCAUGACAGGGUGUAAAUUUUUCAGUGUUCAUGAAGGAAUACAUAUUGUAUAUAAACUAGGGUUUAAUAUUAUGAUCAGACAAUUAGAUUUUAAAACCUUAUUAAUGCAGUGUGUCUAUCGAGAAAUAUAUUUAUUGUUCAGAAGAGACUUCCAUUUGUUAAACCAAAUGUGAAAGAAUAUCUUCUCCUUUAGAUUUAAUUUGAAUAUGUAACAGUGAAUAAAAGUCAAAACAUAAAAAAAAAAAAAAAAAGUUUACUAUUCCCCUUGUAAAUACCGUUUAGCUAAUAAUAUGGGGGGUUGAGGGGAGAAGGGACUGCUGGUUUUAAUGCAGCACUGGAUGAAAAUGCUUGCAGUUUUAUUACAUAUCACUAGAAGGCACUGUUGCUCCAUGCGUAGAAAACCUCUAACUCCUACUUGCUUAAAUUAACAUUGAAGUUAUCCUUCCUAUGUCAAUUAAGGGGGGUGGAAGCGCUCUGAGGAUUAAUGACAUUCUUGCUGAUUGUAUAAAUGAAGUUCAUACAUAGAGCAUGUCUGGCAAAUCAGAAGGACUUAAGAUAUUAUUAAAGUAACAAUAAUAAUGCUUUUGCUCCAGCCUUUACUAACCCAUCUCCUUUGGGUCCUACUCCUUUAUUAAAAACCCUGUUUUUGCAGCUGGGAGUACAGACAAAUACUAGAUGCUUGCUAGUGUAGAAGUGCAAAUAAAAAUUGCACCCAGUUGCAAAUUAUUAUGCAAAUUUUAUUUAAGUGUCAAAGAUUAAAUAUUUUGUUUUUCAGUUUAACUCAUGGAUAUCAUUGUGUCUCAGGGCUCUUUUGAUCACUGAAAACAAUCUCUGACACCUGUGAUAAUUAGAUUGCCAGGUGAGCCCAAUUUAAGGAAAAACUACUAAAGGAGGGUGUUCCACAUUAACCCUUUAAGGAACAAACUUCUGGAAUAAAAGGGAAUCUUGACAUGUCACACAUGUCAUGUGUCUUUAAGGUGUUAAAGGACCACUAUAGGCACCCAGACCACUUCAGCUCAAUGAAAUGGUCUGGGUGCCAGGUCCAUCUAGCAUUAACCCUGCCUGCUGUAAACAUAGCAGUUUCAGAGAAACUGCUAUGUUUACAUAAGGGUUAAUCCAGCCGCUAGUGGCGCUUCUGCGCUUCUCACUGUGAUUUUCACAGUGAGAAGACGCCAGCGUCCAUAGGAAAGCAUUGAGAAUGCUUUCCUAUGGACUGACUGCGCGCACGGCUCUUGCCGGGCCUGCGCAUUCAGCCAAUGACGGGAAAAGGAGGAGAGUCCCCAGCACCAAGGGAGCCCAGCGCUGGAGAUAGGCAAGUGUUUAACCCUUUCCUCCAACUUCAGCCUGGUGGGAGGGGGGCCAUGAGGGUGGGGGCACCCUCAAGGCACUUUAGUGCCAGGAAAGAGUUUUUUUUCCCCUGGCACUAUAGUGGUCCUUUAACCCCUUAAGGAUCAAACUUCUGGAAUAAAAGGGAAUCAUGACAUGUCAUGUGUCCUUAAGGGGUUCAGCAGAGCACCAUUUUCAUGCAAUAUUGGGAAGAAAAAGGAUCUCUCUGCUGCCGAAAAGAGUGAAAUAGUUCAAUGCCUUGGAAGAGGUAUGAAAACAUUAGAUAUUUCACGAAAACUUAAGCGUGAUCAUCGCACUGUUAAGAGAUUUGUGGCUGAUUCAGAGCACAGGCGGGUUUGUGCAGAUAAAGGCAAAUUGAGGAAGAUUUCUGCCAGAUCCAUGCAUCGGAUCAAGAGAGCAGCUGCCAAUAUACCACUACAUAGCAGCAACCAGAUAUUUGAAGCUGCUGGUGACUCUGGAGUCCCACCAUAGACCUUCUAUUCGGCCACCACUAACCAAUGCUGACAAGCAGAAACGGCUGCAUUGGGCAGAAAAAUACAUGAAGACUAAUUUUCAAACAGUCCUGUUCACUGAUGAGUGCUGUGCAACCCUGGAUGGUCCAGAUGAAUGGAGUAGUGGAUGGUUGGUGGACGGACACCCUGUUCCAACAAGGCUGCAACGUCAGCAAGGCGGUGAUGGAGUCAUGUUUUGGGCCGGAAUCAUAGGAAGAGAGCUGGUCAGCCCCUUUAGGGUCCCCGAAGGUGUAAAGAUGACCUCUGAAAAGUAUGUGGAGUUUCUGACUGACCACUUUCUUCCCUGGUACAGAAGGAAGAAUUAUGCUUUCCGUAAUAAAAUAAUCUUCAUGCAUGACAAUGCACCAUCUCAUGCUGCAAAGAAUACCUCUGCAUCAAUGGCUGCUAUGGGGAUAAAAGGAGAGAAAGUCAUGGUGUGGCCACCAUCCCCCCUGACCUCAAUCCUAUUGAGAACCUUUGGAGCAUCCUCAAGCAAAAGAUCUAUGAGGGUGAGAGGCAGUUUACAUCCAAACAGCAGCUCUGGGAGGCUAUUCUGACAUCUUGCAAACAAAUUCAAGCAGAAACUGUCCAAAAACUCACACGUUCAAUGGAUGCAACUUGUGAAGCUGCUUUCUAAUAAGGGGUCCUAUGUUAAAAUGUAACGUGAUCUGUUAAAAUGUUUAAAAAGUUAAAAUGUUGUUAUAAGUUUUGUUGAAAUAGCUUUUGAUUUCAGUAAAUAUGCUGCAAACACAACAAAUGACAAUUUUCAGUUCAUUACAACCUAUAAAGUGUUUUGAAACUUACUGUGCGUAAUAAUUUGGAACAGUGCAUUGUAAGUUUGUUUUUGGUUUUUUUUUUUAAAAAUACUGUUCUCAUUAGGAGGUUUGUUCAAUAAAAUUUGAAUUGUACUCUUAAUAGUUGAUAACAUGAGAAUUAUGCUGACAUUUACAUCAAUUAUUUAGGUAAAUGAGAAAAAUAUAAUUUGCAUAAUAAUUUGGAACAGGGUGUAGUUUUGUCCAAGUCUCAAUAUUUGCUAUCACCACUAACUGUUUGCUUGUAAAAGUGUGACCCUGGCAAAUCGUAAUUCACACAUGGUGAGUUUGCCACGGACCCUCCAGGUUUGCGUCAGCGAGUAACUUUAAAAAAAAAAAAAUAUAUAUUUUUCAUACUCUUUCUGUGCACCCUCAUAUAGCAUUUACAAAAAUGAUGCUUACAUGCUGCUGUCUGGCUUUUUUUUUUUAAUUUUUUUUUUUUUUUUACUUUUAUCUAAAAGUCAUUUUUAUUCAACAGCCUUUUUUCUUCACGAACAAAAAAAUGCAAAGGUGGCCACUUCAACCGUUUAAAAGAGUUCUAAAAUAUAAAUUUACCAUCAUGCUAUUAGAUAAAAUUAAUAAGCUUGUGAGAAAAAUAGUUUCACAACUUAACCAGUAUAAAAUUAAUUUCAUUUUCCGAGUCUCCAUACGAGGACCACUUAUGGUGCUGUUUGUUCCGAGCUGUUUUCUGAAUGUAUAUUUUGCGAUUUCUCCUGUCUAGUCGUGUGCACCAUUUGCCAAGCUACUACAGCAAUUUCUUCAUUGUGAACAUUUAAUUUCUGUGUAUUUCUUAUUAAUGCACUGUGUUUUUAUUUGUUUUUGUUUAUUUUAAAUAUUUGUAUCUUGCAAUGUUUCAGGAGAGGCUAUCAGUGGGCUUUUUUUUUGUGUGUCUAGGCUCUGGCCAUUGAGCAAGGACAAGAUAAGUUUUUUUUUUUUUUUUUUUGUUUGUUUGUUUUUUUAAUCUGCACAGAUAAGUCAAGUGUAUUGCAAUCAAUACAGUUACUGUAAACUAUAUUGACAAUAUUUAUUGCUAAGCCCCUAACGCAUGUUAAGAUUGCAAACGAUUUUCUGUCUUGCAUAUAUUGCAAAUAAAUGUAGAUUUAAAAGACAAUGAUUUGAGUUUGUGCUGCAUAAUCUUCCUAGUUAACUGUGUGUAUUUUGCUGUAUUUGUUUGUGUGUAUAUUUUUGUGUGAGGGGCAGAUGCAUUGGGUAAUAACAGCACCGUGUAUUUUUUUGGAUUCACACUUGCUCUUAUGAUUGGUUUAAGUAUUUGUUAGAAAACUUGGAAAAGUGAGGCUUCAUUGGGACUUCGUAGCCUAUGUUAAAAUGAAGUUGUCAUAUGUCGACCCAUCUCCUUGAUUUCACUUAUUAUGAAUACUACUUUUGAAAGUGAAAAAUUUGAAAGGAUGUGUAGAGCUUUUCAUGUCCGUAUUUUGAAUGGGGAGCUACUGAUUGUCUUAGAGCUUCAAAUGACGCCCCAGUGGUGACCAAGAGAAAUAGCGCUGCACACUUUGCACAUUGUUGAUAAACAGUAUGUGGCAUAUUUAUAUUCUUGAUUGGAAAUACUAACUUGUAGCCAUAGAUUACUAUAGCGUCAUCCCUUGUAAGAAGCAAAUACAUGCUUGUCAAUCUGUAUCUUUCAUUGUUCUCAAUACCUCUAACUCCUACAUUUUUGGUGUAAGACUACCACUUAUUGUGCUGUUACAUCAAACUUCCUAUGUCUAAUUAUGAAAGGAAAUCUAGCUAUGCAAAUGUUAAAAUAAUAAAAAAUUAAAAAGUGUAUGAUGUAUGUAUCUUUAAAGUUUGCAACAAAAUGUUUGAUUUCUUCCACCUCCCCCCCCACCCCCCCCAUUGUAUUAUACAUUCUUAAAGGACCACCCUAGGCACCCAGACCACUUCAGCUUAAUGAAGUGGUCUGGGUGCCAGGUCCAGCUAGGGUUAACCCAUUUUUUUCAUAAACAUAGCAGUUUCAGAGAAACUGCUAUGUUUAUGAAUGGGUUAAGCCUUCCCCCUAAUCCUCUAGUGGCUGUCUCAUUGACAGCCACUAGAGGCGCUUGCGUGCUUCUCACUGUGAUUUCACAGUGAGAGCACGCAAGCGUCCAUAGGAAAGCAUUGUAAAUGCUUUCCUAUGCGACGGGCUGAAUGCGCGCGCAGCUCUUGCCGCGCGUGCGCAUUCAGCCGGCGGGGCGGAUCGGAGGCGGAGAGGAGGAGGAGAGCUCUCCGCCCAGCGCUGGAAAAAGGUAAGUUUAAACCCCUUUCUCCCUUCCAGAGAGGGGGACCCUGAGGGUGGGGGCACCCUCAGGGCACUAUAGUGCCAGGAAAACGAGUAUGUUUUCCUGGCACUAUAGUGGUCCUUUAAAGAAUAACCUAUCUAGUGUAUAGUCUAAAUCAGGUGUAUGCAACCUUUGUCACUCCAGGUGUUUUGGACUACAUCUCCCAGAAUGCUCUAACAGCGGUCAUGCCAGCAAAGCGUCUUGUUAAAUCUCCCAACACCUGAAAUGCCAAAGGUUGCCAACCCUGGUCUAAAUCAUAUCAGUGCUCUUUCAACUUUAUUUACCUGUUCUGUCUACAUCCAGCCUAGGAAUGAAAGGGUUACAUGUGUGGAUAGUAGUAAUAAUUCAGCAGCUGCCAUCCAAUAUAAAUAAAUAAAGCGUAGUGUUGUUGUGGUUCUGGUACGAUAAGGAAUCAGCAGGGCCGCAAAAUGUGAAGCCUAAAGGAUGUACUUACUAUAUUAUGCAUUAAAUUGUUGAUAACUCACUUGAGCAGCACACAACUAGUGCUGAUGAAUUAUUCAAGAACUGUGAGGGUAGCAUUGUAUUUUAGGUAGAGCUGCAAAUGUACAUCAGCUUGGUUUUAUUUGCUUGAAAUGUUUUGUGGACUUUGCACUUUCAGCGCUUACCAUGAUUUCAGACAUAAGUCUAGUCAAGCGAAAAUAAACUAAUGCAAAAUGGGGUAUACUGUACUUGUUACUCUCCCUCCCCAAUUUUAUUAUGCCUUUUUUUUUUUUUUUUUUUAUCAUAAAAUAUUUAAAGGGACCCUCCUUACAGGACAUUAACUUCAGCUUCUACUAGUGUAUAAAUGUUUUAAUUUUCAUCUGUCCCCAUUUCCAGUGAUGUCAUAUACAGUAGUCCAGCUUACACAUCAAGCUGAGAAGCUGGGUGGUUUAUGGAUGGUGGAGUAACUUUAUUUUUUAUUUUUUUACAUUUAAUCGUUUACCUGUGUAUACCACCUUGUUUGUGCACUCUGUACUUCCCUUCCCCAUGUACCUAUUUAUCCUGCAAGGCAAUCCCAACUUUGUUUGUAGGGCUUUGUGAGCAAAAACUAUUUGUUUGCAUUGUAUGUUUUUAAAUACCGUACAUAAGGCAUUACUGGACAUCUCCCGAUUUACAUGUUGUGUUGGAAGUUUACUUCUAUCCUUCUUGCAUUUUCCUGCAAAUUAAAGGGCCACUAUAGUCACCAGAACAACUACUGCUUAAUGUAGUUGUUCUGGUGCGUAUAAUCAUUGCUUUCAGGCUUUUUUAUGCAAACACUGCCUUUUCAGAGAAAAGGCAGUGUUUAUAUUGCCUCUAGGGACACCUCCAAGUGGCCACUCCUCAGAUGGCCACUGGAGGUGCUUACUGGUUCAGUGCUGCACAGUAGGCAAGGGGCUCUGCCAGGGGACGAUGAAUUUUCCUCAGAGAUGAGAAGGUGCUGAUUGGCCAAAAUGGUAUAUGGCCCAGCCCCUUGCCGAUUUUUAUCCAAUCCAGUGCUUUUCCCAGGGGAAAGCAUUGGAUUGGCUAAAAAUUGGCAAUUUUGAUGUCACCAAGGGGGCAAAGCCAGUGCCGGUGGGGCCAUGCAGCACUGGAAAUAAGGAAAGUUUUAAUUCCUUUUAAAGGCGCAAGCCACCUAAAUAGAGGGUUUUUCACUAAAGAGUCAGGAAUACAUGGUUGUGUUCUUGACCCUAUAGUGUUCCUUUAACUUCUAACCAAGCUGUUAACAGUAAUCAAGACUGGAAAAGGCCUUAAGUGAAAACUUGCUGUUAUUAUUGGAACUCCAGAACUUAACUUUUGCAAGCUCUGAAAUUUCAAGAAGCUUUCUUUAGAUGUGAAUUUGUUUAUGAAGUGCUAAGGUCAACAGGUUGCUCUGUAUUUUAGUUUCAUCUUACAAAGUUAUGAACUGUUAUGAAAUUGAUGCAAUGGGAAGUAAUGCGAUUAAAGUAAAGACUUGCAUGAACCUAAACAGGCAUAAAGGUCAUCAUUUUAAUCUAUGGUUUUCAGCAGAUCUUUGUUAUCAAUGUCUUCUCUCAGGGUAAGACUCCUUUUUAGGAAACUACAUUGCAUUUGGCACACUUACCUUCAGUGCUAAAGGGAGUAAUUGUAAAAGGUUGUGUGCAUACUGGUGGUAGUACAAUUUAGCAGUGUGGUAGCUGAACUGAAAGCUUGAUUUUCAAUUAAGCCAUUUUUUUUAAAUUCUUCAUUAACACCAAUUUCUCUUUCCUAAACUGUAUGUUCAUAGUUUAAAUGUACAUAUCUUAAUAGGCAGUAAUUUAUUUAAAACAAAGGUUUUAGCCUAAUUUCAGUGUUUCCACUCAUUUUUCCCUUGCAAUUUGGUCAUACUAGGUUAAAUUUUUUUAAAUUUCAAAAUGGAAUGUUCCAAAGUUUUGAAAGGAUGCUGUUAAAAACUUUUUAAUUUUUUUUUAUAUAUUUUCUUUUGUGCUGUCCCAGGGCCCCCCGGAAGCCUUUAUUCCUCCAACUCAGAUGUUUGAUUGUGGUGUAAUGCAGCUAAUUUAAGCAUCUGUUUAUCACUGCCUGGCUAGUCUGGAUGUGAAAUUUCAAUUGAAUCCGCUCCCCAGAGAGCUGAGAGCUCCAAGGGUAAAACAAAUCGUUUAUAGCUUGAUCCCUAGGGAUUGUCAAUAAUAUAAGAAAAAUAACUGUGUAGACUUCAUAUAAAUGGUUUAUGCGCGUUUUGCAAAUGUUGCUUCCAUUUGAGAUGUCUUUGUUGUUUAUGGAGCAUUGCCAAUAAGAGUGAGAAUCUGUUUAGGUAAGUUCUACAUAGCAUAUUUGCACUACAGAAAGUAAUUAAAAAAUAUGAAAUUUGAAGUGCUCCUUGGUUUGUUUUGUUUUUGUUUUUUUCCUCAACCCCUCUUACCUUUUGCUUUUGUGAUUAUGGUAAAUUUAUUCUCUGAACUUUUUUUUUUUUUCAUCCUCAUAUUUUAUGUUCUGUUCUUUUCUGUAGGUGGUUUAGAGUAUUUCAAGUGGUUUACAUCUUUCAUUAUAUAAACUUAGUGUCUCUAAACAGCAUCACAGCUUUGGAUUAUUGCAAAUGUGAUGGUGCGUAGAGCACCGUAAUCUGACUUUAGACUCUUGGUGUUUAAUAUUUUGAGUAAAAUAGUCCAAUGUAUGCAAGCUGCACAUACAUCAUGGGUUAACUUUGCAUGCAUGAACUAUGGCUCUGCUAAUAGCUCAAUCUACUUAACCUAGCCAGAUGGACUAAAUUCCGCGAUGUGUAAACUUAGAGCAACAACAAUAUGGCUGCUGUUUUGUGUGAUGAGUGGAAUUCUUAUGGGAAAGAAUCUACUUCUCCCAUAAAUUUGUGCUGUGUGGAAGUUUGUGGGAUACCAUUUUGUUCGUUGCUAGGAAAGACGACUAAACAUUGCAUUGAGGGAAACUUUAAAUAUCUGGGGUGUUUUUUGUGUUAAUGCAUUUAUAUAGUGCAUUAAAACAUAGCGUAAUGUGGCGAAUCACCACUGUAUUACCGCCAGAUUCCCUUUACCUCACUGUUUUAUUACCUACAGGUAGAAAUAGUGUUACAGCUUUCCCACCAUACAUUAGUUGAGACUUAAUAUUGGGAGUAGAUCUGAUUUUAUUAGUCGAAGCACGGUCAUUUAUACAAGGACCCCCAGCAUGGGGACUCUAACAUCAUCAUGAUCCCGCCCUGGUGCCUCUGUCUGGGAGAUAAGUGGUUUAGCUAGCAGUAACUCAAUUAUCUCCCGAGAUACAGUGGGCACAACACAAAAGUACCCCAAAAACAUAAUAUAUCCCGGAUAGCUCCGAUCUGAGCGCCCGUAUUGGCUAAAUAGCUCUCGGAUCAAUGCAGAAUUGACUAAUUGCCACCGGGGUAAAGAUUUGACCGGCUGCUAGCAAUGUUCAUGAUCAAGAGUUCCAUGGUGAAUGGGGCUUUGGCCGGUCAACUGUCGGAAGCUCCUGCAGACAAAACAAAUGAUGUUCACCCCCCCCCUUCCCCUCUGGCUCUUAGAGUGUGAUUGUUCUAUGUUGUGCAACAUACCUCCCCCAAAAGCGUUCUCCUGGCUGAUUGGGUAUUGGGAAAAAAUGGAGGUGGAAGAUGAUCGGGAGAUGGGAUCGGCCGAGAUGGAGUGCUAGAGGAGUUGUAGCAAAGUCCUGCUAUACACUCCUUGCAGCUCUCUGGAACAGUCAGAGGAGAUUCUCUCUUUUAUUAGAAUGGCAGGGUUGUUUGAGAAAGAGGUAUAUUAAGCAAAUUAUUUUUGUGCCAGUCUGAUCAAUGUUUCCUUGCACUGUGGAAAUUGAACAGAACUUUUUUUUAAAUGAAAAACGAAAUUAGGAAAAAUUGUCUAACACUACAUAAGUGUUAUUCUUCAUAUGGAUAGUGGCUCUCCACGCCUGCCGUGGAGAAGCGUCUCUCAUGGAAUUGCGAUCCACAAUCACUACAGCAACACCCAAACACCACAGUUUAUGCCUGUUCUGGUUCAGGACAGGUUAUUUACAUAUUACAUAACCUCUAGUCUCAAUCAGGAUUGACAUGGCUUUUUUUAUUUUUAUUUUUUUAUUUAAACUGUCUUCGUUGACGUUUUUCUGCUUUUAUAGGCAGCCGUGGUGCACACACAUACAAAGCCUGCAUUCCACAGUCCCUAUUAUUAAUUAUUUAUAAAGCACCAACAAAUUGCACAGCGCUUAUGGGUGUUAAGUUGUGCUAAAGUGAUUUAAGACCUGCAGGGGCUACACUGCCUUCUUCUGCAAGGGGUUUGCACUCCACACAUCUGCAAAGAUCUUUCAGAUUAUUAUGGCUCCAUUUUUAUUUAUUUUUACAUAAAUGCCCAAACAGCAGUGUUAUCUGCUUAUGUGACAUAUUGCCUACACCUAAGCCAAGUAAAUUUUUUAUGUUUUAGGGUUAUGCAAGUUUUCUUAUGCCUUGUUAUAACAUUUUUCCCUUUGACUAGAAUGUUGCCUGUGUUUUGAUCCUAGGAUGUUCAACCAGCAUCUGUUACUUAGCCAGUGAUGAGCCCCUGCCUGGUGGAUUUAAAAAUAUAUUGUACAGUCAAUGUAGUAGUGAAGCUGCAGAUUCAGCUAAGAGCAGAUGUGAGUUCUUUCAUGAAUGGGAUCCAGGAGAAUCUGAAACAGACAUUUCUGGGUGUCAGAUCAGCUACUCCGGAAUCCUUGUCCUGGGUUCAAGAAUUCAUCUGGACUAAAGAGAAAAUGGCAGGCAACACUUUCUCACUCUGAUUCUGACACUUUAAGUAGAUCUAAAUCCUCUUACCUCUGAGCUUACAGUUUUCCUGAAGAGAGCCCUUACCUCAAAGUUUCGAUUGUCAAGAAAUUUUGAAACCAGAUAAAUUAUUUUCCUUUUCACCCUCUGUUAACAUAUCCUCCAGAGAUGUCCCUUAUUCAAUAAACAGGUUUUAAAAUUAGGUAAUCUCUCUUGACUAGACAGUUGCACUGUUGGUUUGGUAAUCAUUGCAUUGAUUUGAGUUCCUUUAGUGUGGGACCAAGAAGUUGGUAUAUAAAAUAUUAAAUAAGAGACAAGAGGUACAGAAGGUCCUUCUCAAACAAGCUUACAAUUUAUGAGGAAGGGUAUAGACGAGGUAUGUUAUUAAACCAAAUUUGACAUAGGCAAAUUAGUAUGCUGGGUUUCAGUCUUUAUACGCUACUUUUAUUUAUGACGUAGGACCAACAUUGCAGAGUAAUAUGCAAAAAAAUGAAUUUAAAAAUAAAGAACAUAAAUACAAUAGAGUUUUUGCUGGCAAUAUGAAAGAGUCCCUUUUCAGAGCAGGAAUAGGCUUCCGGUCAGGUAACUCUCAUGCUGGUCUUUGGGCCUGCUCUUAUCGCAUAAGACUAUGCCCAUCAGGAGUUUAUGGUAUUUGUAGUUCUGCCCUUUACUGCAACCGUUCCAAUCAUCCAUUUGUAUGGGUGGAACUGCUGGUAGGAGCUGAUGUGUGGCCUCUAGCAGUCUGUUGAUUAUUGCAUUUAGAUUUCUGGGCAGCUGACUGAUAGAGGGAGGACUGUACACUGGGUUAGCCUGUGUUGUGAUCUACACUUACAGCUUUUUUUUUGUUGUUGUUUUUUUCUUUUUUAUAACAUGUUUGUUUUAUUGAGUAUUGGGAGACCUUGACAGUGGAGACCUGUUACUUGCACUAUGACCUACGCAGCAAGCGUAACUUCUGGUCCUUAUUGUCAUUUUUAACUUGGUCAAAAUUAUGCUGGUCUGGAAAACAUGAAAGCUAUAACAGUUGCUUUGUAUAAAUCCAUUACACAUAUUUUAAUUAAGUAAACUAUUUUUGUUAAUUGAUUCAAAAGGGUGGUGUAAGUGCUUUCAUGGUCUACUGCUUUCAGACUCUAGUUUAUAUGCUGUCUUUUUUUCCAGCUUAAAGUCCCCAAUUGGUAAAAUGAUUUUCUGAAAUUAAGAUUACUGCAGGCAGCAAGGCGAGCUCUGAAGUUUAAUUACUGCAACCGUUAAUUCUUUUAUAUACUAACCUUUCUGCCACAGAUAGAAACUUUUUUCCUUUCCUAUCUCUGCCUCCUGCUGAGACCCUUCCCUGGGUGGCCUGACCUCACUCUUGAACAGGUCAGUAACCCGUAGAGCUUCUGUCUGCAGACUACCACACCAGAGGCUGUGGAAGCACCAUGGUGUAGUGUUUACCACAUCAGAACAGUAGAGGCACUUAGCAAGACAUUUUGGGAUUAUUGUAUACAUAAGCACUUGUCCAUCUAAUUUUUCUGCUGCGAUGUUUGUCAUUUAGUCCCACUCCACUUGAAAAUAUUAUCCCUUAAACUUUUGUGUAAGAUUCCCAUUACCUGUCUUUUAGGUUGUAGGUUGAAAAUUUAGACAAAGAGGAAUAUAUUUAUAAAAUGCCUUAAUAUUCCGCAGCUCUGAAUGUAGGCUAAUGGUCCUUUUACAUAAUUACACACUUAUUUAGAAAUAUUGUGCAUUGGGGAUAAUACCGUGCAAUGGUGAUUUUACUCCUUUUCUAAACAUUUAGAUAUUUAACAUCUGCUUCCUUUUUGUAAAGAGUUUAUUUAGCAAAGUACAAGCGUGUUUAAGAAGGAGCAGUUAUGUUAAAAUGAUAAUCACAUGUGGCUAUAUCUGCAAGGGCGUUGAAUACUGCUUUAUAUUGAAGUAAACAAGACAUUUUAGUAUCAUGUAACAAAGAAGUGACAAGUCACACUGAAAAUCUAUUUAUGCAACAAAUACAUUCUUGACAUGGAUUACACUAACAAAUAUAUUUAACUUUCCUUUCUUUUAGAGAAGCCAGGGUUUAGGAAGCUGUGCAUGUGGGAUUUUGUAGGUUUGUAUGUUAGGCAGGGCUGAAAGAAAAUAGUGAGUGUGGAAAACGUUCUGUGGCCGUGGCACCAUACUGAGCUACAGGUCCUAAAACCUAUUCACUUUCUGUUUAUUCUAUUUAAAUAAAUUUAAAAAAUUUUUUAAAUACCAAUGAACUAUUAAAAAGUAAUUUUAGUUUUUCCUUUUUGCUUUAAAUCUGUAGACUGUGCACUAAUCUGAUCCCCAAACAGGAUGUCACUUAUUCAAUCAUGAUGCUCACUUAACAUUUUGCUGGUGUUCUCACAUAAGCAGUGCUGGGUACAGCAAAAAUUUAUGAAGGUUGUUGUCAAUUUAUGAAGCGGACAACUGCAUUAAAGGACCACUCAAGGCACCCAGACCACUUCAGCUUAAUGAAGUGGUCUGGGUGCCAGGUCCCUCUAGGAUUAACACUUUUUUUUUUUUUGGGUUAAUCCAGCCUCGAACUCCUCUAGUGGCUGUCUCAUUGACAGGCGCUAGAGGCGUUUGCGUGCUUAUCACAGUGAGAAGACGCCAGCGUCCAUGGGAAAGCAUUAUGAAUGCUUUCCAAUGAGACCUGCUGAAUGCGCGCGCAGCUUCUGCCGCACAUGCGCAUUCAGCCGAAGGGGAGGAUCGGAGGCGGAGAGAAGGAGAGCUCCCCGCCCGGCGCUGGAAAAAGGUAAGUUUUAGCCCCUUCCUCUCCCCAGAGCCGGGCAGGAGUGGGACCCUGAGGGUGGGGGCACCCUCAGGGCACUAUAGUGCCAGGAAAACGAGUGUUUUCCUGCCACUAUAGUGGUCCUUUAACUUCCAUUGGGUCCAUUCAUUACAUUUCGGCUUCUUUAUAGUAGCAUUACCGUAUCUUUAUUAGUGGAAUCUUCCUAUGUGGCUGUAUCAUGGUGUAUAUAAAGUAACCUUGAUUUGGAUUUUGUUGAGAGCACAUUGGACUUUUCCACUCUUGCUGCCACACAUUACCAGUGGAAUCUAAUUUUCGUCACAUACUCUUAGAUGUAAUAUUGCGUAAAGACCUUCUGAGUACUGCUUUUUUUUAUGACUGGAUCUUCUAAAGAAAUCUUUCCUUGAGACCCAAGUGAUUAAGUCGUGGUAGUCUUCCUUCAGUGCACCUAAUUGCCCUCAGGGGUGCGCACGUUAGUUGCUUUUUUUAGAAUCGUUAUAAAAACAAAGAAAUUAAUUAUCCCAUUUAAGGUUCCUGCAUCUUUUGGCGACCAUUCAAUUAACUUUUUAGUGCUUGCUGCUUAAUGUUGUGUUUGACCAGUGAACCAUGGAGAACGACUUUUCUUUGAAACUCAGCUCAGAUGUACAUAGCACUGCACUGUUCUGUUUUUUAGAGUCCCUUCCACGGCUCAUCAACAUUUUUCCCAUGGUCUAAAUGUAGGAACAAUUUCAGCUUCUGAGUAUCUGAAGUUCAAAAACCAACUUUAAUAAAUUCUUUCAUCCACAUGUAGUUUUGCUUUACCCCACUGGCUUCUAAACACCAAUUAAUACAUUCUGGUUGUGUCCUAUUAUGUUAAGCAUCACAAAGGUUUUGUAAUCCGGACAACCUUUUCGGCUAAAUAGAGAUUGGGGAACUAAGUAAUUUUAAAUCCAUUGCGAGAAUAGGUGCCUCAGCGCAGCUUGAUCUUUCUAUAUUCAGUCCUUCUACAGUGAAGUCGUUAAUCAUGAUUUUUGUCUAGUCAGAUGCUUCCUAUAGAGAAGUUUUGAGGACAUACCAUAAAUGUAUGGCAUUCUCAGUCAACCAUCAAUCCAAUGCUUCUCAUAGACCAGCAUUGGAUAUAUUUGUCUUCAGGUGUCAACAUACUUUGCAUGCUGCUACAGAACAUCGCAUAGAUGCAAUUAUCGAAUCUAUUUAUUUUGAAGCCCCUAUUGACUCUCUGAUUACUGUUCCUUAGUAGGUGUUUGCAUUGCAAAAUGGAAGAUUUUAUUUGCCCUGGCACCCACCCAUAGUCAUUUCUUAACCCUUUCCCGCUGUUAGGUUUUUCUAUGCUUUACGCAAAAUAAUGGACUUUAAAACUGAUGCGGUGGGGGGGCUAAACCUUUUAGAACAGAGUUCCUACCACCCCUUAAGGAAACUUUUAUUGAAAGUUUUCAAGCAUCAUUGUACAAACACGUACCAUAUGAAGAGCUUGCAUUAACAUCAAAGAAUUAUAUUGAUUUGUUCAACUUUUUUUUGCAGUAAAGUAGGUGUUUUACAUACAUGGUAAAUCAAAUUGUUUUGGACAUAUGCUUGGUAUCAUUGUUUCAUUUUAGAAUUAAACUGCUUACUUGUGUUCCCCGGGAAUUUGCUGCAUCCUGUUUUCUCAUGCAGAGAAGGAAAAUAAAACACACACUGGGAAAAAGAAAGCACACCUUCUUUGAAUUCUAUGGUUUUACAUAUCCGGAUAUAACAAUCAUCUGUUCCUUAGUAGGUCUUAAAAUUAGGUCAAUACAACCUUCGAUGAACAACAUCACACAGUGUCAAGUGUCAGAAGGUAUGGGAAAAUUGCUGUCCAGCUCUAAUAUCUACCUACCUGUUAUCAGAGGGUAACAUAUAAUUAGGGGAAGGAUCCCAUAGGAUGGGUAAUUAUUUGUGCAUACUGAUUGGCUACACUUAUUCCAGUACCUCCUAACAAUGUGUAAUUUACAGAAGUCCUUAAAAUGUGUCCAAGUUGGCUGAACAAUGGAAUGUGUUAACCAUAUUUGAAUAUAAAGGCAAUGUUUAUAUUGGCAAGUUUAUAAAUAUUUUUUUUUUAUUGUAGCUUUCUAACUUGGUGAAUGGGUUUUAUAGCUUUUUAACAAGUUAAAAUCUAAUCUAGACCGUGCAAGAGUGAUUACUUUGCAAAGUUGCAAGGAUUUCUCCUGGAAAACAGAAUUUAAAGAACCUGGUGCAGAAUGCAAAGGUUGGCCUGCUGAAUACAAAUAAGGCAUUGAGCAUACAGUUCUGGCUCACAGAGCUGGCGCGGGUGGUAAUGCUGUGAUAAAUGCACUGAUAAUGUUGAGGCUAGGAGUGCUGUUGCAAACGUUUGAAGAAGGCUAAAAAGUGUCUGACUGGAAGGAAUUGCAUUGCUUGGUUAAGUUAAUUCAUUGUAAUUAAAAUUUAUAACGUCUUCACUUCCAUUAUUGCUUGCUGUACAUUAAACCUUAAGCGUAUAGUUGUUUGGAUGGCUAAGUACCUGUAUGUGUUUCUGGAUCUUUGAUUAUCUCCCCUCUUCCCUCAACUAAAAUGUUCCUAAUGGAUUUGUAAGGUGUGUUGUGUGUGUUUUUGUUUUUUUUUUAAUCUCAGGGUAUAAAACUACACUGCUAUUUUCAGGAACAAAAUCAUAGUUAAUAUCAACAUUAUCCAUUGCUAGUAAUUCAUUUUUGGGCAAAUUGUUUAGAGCUUGAUAUGUCCCUUUAUGCUAAAUCUUAACAAGAACUAAGGAGGAGAAAACCCAGGCAAAAGGAUGUGGGUAAGUGUAAAUGGCAUUCUGUUACUACACUUAAGUAUACAUUUAUAUGAAAAUGUAAUUAAAACAUUGAGGCUGAUAAAUACAGCUGUACAUUAAUCCUUGUUCUGUAGGUAUUACCCUUUAACAUUCGGACGUGUCACUAAGUCCUAACUAUACUGGGCUUCAAUGCCAUUAGGGUGUAAUGACGCAUCCUGUGUUGGUGUGAGCAUGGUUAGAUCCUUCCUCAAUUGAUACUUGCGGCCUCCCUCUAUCAGGGCUAUUUUUAGUGGCCCCAUACGGACAUGUGAGCUGCAAUUCAGCGCGGCAUGCAGCUCUUUAAAUGGAGAUUGAAAUUCCCAUUGGCAGUGAUGCAGUGUGAGCAGGGUUAAAUCCAUCACCAUGUAAUUAGCUGGAAAAGCAUGCUUGAUUUAGUAAUACCUGAAAAUCUAAUACUGAAAAAAGCCAGUAGAUGGCAGCAACUGCUGUUUUAACUACGAAACACAAAUGCUGAUAUCCGUACUGACAUUAAAGGAGGGUUUUCUUGGGGCUUGUUGUAGGGUUAGUUUGUUUUAGGGUUAGUGUUGGGUUAUUGUUGUUGUAGUGUUGGGGAUAAUGUAAGGUUAAGGAGUAGAUUAUGUGUAUGGUUAGUGUAAGCACAGGAUAAAUGCUAUGAUUGGUACAGAGUUAGAGUUGUUGGUAUAGGGUUAGUAUUAACUGCCAAAAGCUAACUUAGAUUCUAGUCCUAUUAGGCAUUUAACUAUCAUGACUGAUAUGUGAAGCUAUUUUGAGUUGUUUUUUAUUUUUUUGUUUUUAUGUAGUUGCACGGAUGUGUAGUUUUUGUUUUCCUCCCCCAUUUUUAACAUUUUAUUCACAAUUAAUGUUGCGUUAGGUAUACAUAUAGGGAAUUAAAAUAAAUCGCUUUCUGUCCUUUAAAAAAAAAAAAAAACAAUAAAUACUAUGAUCUUCAGAGGCUGGCUUACCUGAAAGGGUUAAACCAUUUAAUUUUAACCUAAAAAAAAUCUGGUGCCUGUUACCUCAUCCCACAAACAUUUACUGCAAACUGAGGCUUGAGUCAUCAGCUGACACUCAAAGCUGGUUAGUCGCUCCCCAUUCACAAAAUGGAGUGAGGAAAAAUUAGUUUGUUUCUCACUAGGUUUUCUGAAUGGGGAUUGUAGUGUAUAUCAACGGCUCUGUGCGAUGGUUCUAAAUUUAAGCCUCAGACUUCAGCAGAUGUUAAUUGGAAAAGCUAAUGGAUGCCGGGUUCAAGACUUUACAACUUUUCAGAGUCAAAAUAUUAUGGUGCAAUGAGGUUCUCUGCUGUCAUCUUGCUUCAAGGGGUUAAACCACUAAUUAAAAUAAUCAUUACAGCAUGUCCUAACUCCUUCAUUAAAAUAAUUAAAAUAUAUCUUCAUAGAAUGUAUUUAAAAUCUAGCUAAAGUUGUUUAUGAAAUCUGUUUCAUCUUGGAUUUAUAUUACUUUAUUAAAUUUGAUAUGUUAAAAUCCUAUUUUUACAAUAUUUGAAAGCUAAAUAAGUUUAGACUACAUCAUCCCAUAAGAAUUUAUUCCUCGGUAACCUUUUUCUUUUGUUUAGUAGUUGUUAACAAGGUAACACUGGUCUUCAUUAUAUUGGUGUGUGCAGUAGCAGAUUGGUUUGCCUAUGGCAAUCAUUUGGAAUUUACCACCGAAAUUGACCUUUUCACCUUUCAGUGAAACUCUUUGGUCUUCUAUAUUCCCAACAGUUAUAUAGCAAUCCAAUUUUUCAAGGACUGCAUAGCCACUUCAUUUUCGGAAUGACUAAAUCUCCAUUUAAAAUCUCAAUGUUUUUAAUUUCUUUUUGGCACUAUGGAAUAUGUUGGCACUGCUAUUGAUGUGGUAUAUCACUUGGCAAGCAAAGGUAAUCCUUUCAGAUUUUUACUGUUAGUUUUGCUGUUCUACAGGGUGUUUCUGUAAGACACAGCAGGUUUUUAAGAGAGCAGAGAAAAAUGUUUUAUUCCAAUAAAUGUGAGUGCAUAUGUUUCCAGGUAUGAUGAUUCUUGUGUAUGAAUAUUUGAAUAAUAUAGCACUGACAUAUGUGGGGGAUUUUAAUGGCCUUUCCUUGUAACAUUGGAUCCAGUCUCUCAGAGUAAAAACCUGAGCUUUAUAUGUAUUCUCCCCAGGUUGCAAACCAAGCCUGUGUCUGUACAAGCAGAUAAGAAACCUGCAGGGACAAUAAACCAAUUAAACCAUCUUUAUUGAUUGAUUGCCAGGAAUCCUCUCUUGUGCAUCCAUCUUCCAGAUGUGUCACCUUCACCCACCAAACUGGUGGCAGAGCAGAUCAUCUUUUACAAUUUGGCUGCCUCUGCUUAAUAUGAAGGAAGCCUGUGUUUAUUUUAAAUAAAAUGAAUGAUUUUAAGUCGGAGAUAUCCACUGGCAGCAAAAAGUGAUUAUUUGUUAUUAAACAUAAACUUUCAUACGGUUUGACUCCCAUGGCCUUUAGCUCCAAUAUAUUGAAUGUGCUUUCAUAUGAUCUCAUAUAUGCUAAUCACGUGCCCUGUUGAAGUGGUCAUGGUGGUAGGAUUAUAUGUAUGUGCAGUGUUUUAGUUAGCUUGAAACCCUGCGCAUAUGGAGUUAUCUGCACUUUUUGUGUGCCAGGGGUUGUGCGAUUCUAGUGGACAUGGUUCAAAAGGUUAAAUGUUAAAAAAAAAAUUAGUUACGGUGAAAGGGGUUAUAGUAAUCCUUUAGGGGUGUGCUCAGUCACCACCUAUACGUCCCAGAUCUAUAUGAUGGUAAGCAAUUACUUGUAAUGUGAAUGUGUAACUUGGCAAACGGCAGAGCUUCUACUGUCUAGCUGUGUCUUUUCCCACAGCCGUCACUUGCAAGACAUGAUCCAUGGAGGCUCAUUUGGGAUCACACAUAGACAUCAGAGUUGCACUCUCAUGCACGUGCAAAGUAGAGCACUGACUUAGCUCAUGGAGCUGAAGAAGAAACAUGGGGGCAACCUCAAUUAAAUAUAACCUCCUUCAAGGUGACAAAAUCGCUUUUAAUCGUGAAAUUAUUUCAUGAGAUCUCAACCAACCUGUAAUGCUAUGGAACUCUUGAAAUAAAGAUGUAUGACAUUCACUCUCUGUAUUACUCCAUGAUAAAACUGAAAUGGCAGAGAACCGCAUAGAUGCCCAUUUUUAUUUAUUUUCUCCUUUCUCUUCAUGUUUAGUUACUUGGUUUUUUUUUUUAACCCUCCACCCCCUUUCAUUUUCUCCAUCUGACAGCUCUGCUAUAACUAUUAAAUUGUCCUUCCACAUAAAAUGUUAAAGCAUUCUUGUAAAAAAAAUAAAAGUCUGCAAUUAUUCUGUUUACCUUGCUGACGCCAAAGGAUUAAUAUCUGUUCAAAGUAAGUUGGCAAGAAGGCCAUUGCCAGCUUAAUGAGUGUCCCUGGCAGUUUGUGGAUCACUAUAUUCUUUUUUUUUUUCUUUUUUUUUUCUUUUUUUUUUUUUCUUUUUUUUUCUUUUCAUGUGAUCAUGGUUUCCCAGAAAAAUUAUUUUUUGCAAAUAGAAAAAAUGUUCAAGUUUAUUUUUGAUAACAAAUCUGAGGUUACUACAUCUGAUCGAUAUUGUAGAUAAGUGGAGUUUUGCAUUUUUCUUUUAAUUUAAUACACAAAAAUAAGUCCAGCGCUCAGACUUCCACUACUCCUGAGCGGCAGCAAUCAGCCCAAAUAAAUACAAUAAAACACAAAUAAGAGUUACUAGAACACAAUCCCAAAUCCCUAUGUUUAUUUAAAAAGAGGUUUUUAGUUCCACUAAAAUGGCCAUUAGGUAUAAGCCACGUCAAGGCAAACCUCUUAGGUGGGUCCUACGCUAACAAUUCACCUUGCUUCCUUCAGCUUUAGGUAAACAAAAUCUCGAAAGAGAGAGGUAUUUUUCUAAACCACUACAUACUUAUUAACCCUUAAUAGGAAACACUAAUGCAGGACUUAUUUUUGUGUAUUUGCUUUGUAUCACAAUGUGUUCCCUAAGUGCAACUGCCCAGCGUGCCCAUGCAUAAAUACGACCCUGAGGACUGGUGUGUCUGUGAAUGCAGGAAUGUAUAGGUGAAGUGUAAGUGUGUUCAUAAAUGCAGGGGUGUAGUUGUGUAAAUGCACUGAUGUAUUUGUAUGAAAUGUGCGUGCGUAUGCAUGCAGGAGUGUAUGCGCACCACUGCCCCUAUUUCUCCUCAUCUAUGCCACUUGGUCGUCCCUUUUGUACACCCUUUCCUUAUCCAUGCCAUCUUCAUAUAUACCCUUUCUUCAUCAAAGCCCCAUUUCUAUAUGCCCCCUUUUCUACCUUUCUUUCUAUGUUGACCCUUGCUCUUAGUUUCUGUCUUCCUGUGAUUCUACCAAUCUGUUAUCAUUUUCUAUGAGAUCUUCUUCUCCUUGCGGAAGGCUAUUGUAAAGUCCUGUUUGUGUCCUGGGUGUGUCACUAAAAGUAUGUUGUAAAUGCCACUUAGGGUGCAAAAGAAGCAACACUGUCACAAAUGGCGCAUACCAAUCAGUCUUAUUUCGGAGUAGGUUUACCGCUUUCCACUACGUAUGAAACAGGAACAAAUUAUUUGAAUUCUAUUGUUCUGUGUAUCCUCUGCUCAAAAUUAGCGUUGGCAUCCUUGAUUUUGUAGUAAACGAGCCGGUGAUGGUAAAGUAUUUAUUUCAACGUUCAACUGUAUUUUUACUUCAUUUUAUUUGUAAAUAUGGUAACAUUGGCUACCAAUAGUGUGAUCUUAGGAUUGUCAUAAUGUCCAAAUAUAUAUAGCUAAACCGGAAUGGGUGUAAUGGCUAUGGUGCUGGUUAUUUGAAAUACUUACCAUUUGCAGUCUAGUAAGUAACUAUGAUUUAAUUGAAGUGGUCUGGAUGCAUUGUUCCUGUCCCCCCUAUUCCUGCAAUGUAAAUCAUUAGUUUUUUUUAGAAACUACAAGGAUUACCUUACAGGAAUAAGAGUGCCUCUAGUGGCUGUCAAUCAGAUAGCUUUGUAAUCCUUACACUAUAGUAUCCCUUUAAGUGCUAGCUGUUUGUAUUUAUCAUGCUCUCUUCUUCAGUCUUCUCCUCAAACAAUAUUUUCUGAUGUUUCUCCCCGUCUUUUCCUUCAUUUCAUCUUACUUGUGUGCAUUCCUGCCCGUCUCUAUUUUGGUGCCUUUUUCUUUCAUUGCAUGUCAGUUAUUUCCUCCCCCUUCUCUCUCUCUUUUUUCUUUUCUGUUACAUGGAGGUACAUGCAGGUCUUUUUCCUCUCUGAGGAAUACGUGUCUUUACUGCCGCCACCCCCUGCUCCACAGAUCUUCAGAAGUUUCCAAGACUUGAGUCUUAGAGACUAAACAGUCUCCCACAUCCUCUGUCAAAAUCAGUAAAAGGCUCACACAUCACGUGUAAGUGUUCGCAGGCUAGGAAGAUCACAUACGUUGCUUCUAGAUUGGGUAACAUUUAAAACGUGUUAUGACUACUACUGUUGAUGUUUGCAUCUAUCAUACAAACUUUAUUUAUAUAGGAAAUCAUACUACAACACAUUGAGCAGCUCAGUGUUCUUUAUUCUUAAUAAAUUUAGAUGGAGAAUGCUUCUUUGGCUCCAUAAUAAAUAGUGUUGUAUCUCAAAAGGUAGGAUUUUUUGUGUUAUUGUACAACUAUUUAGAAAAUAAAUAAAUACACACAAACAUGGGCAUAGACAAAAGAUUCAACAAAAUUACAGCAAACUCUAUUAAGAUUAAUUUUAGUAAAGUAAACAGUUGCGUUUAAAGACCCACAGCGACCUGUUUUGUAAUAUUAUCAGAAUUUAGUGAAGAAUUGCAGCUUAUUGGGUUGGCAAUGUAUUAGAAACUUUAUUUUGCAGCAAUAGUAAACUGACCCACCAGUUUUGCAAGAAACAAAUCUGUGUGUAAAAAAAAAAAUCCUCUGAGAUUAGUAAAACAAUUUGCAAAUUCAGGCUUUCUGAGUUUGGGGCAGCAUUUCUCCUAAAUGUUUCUUUAUGUUCUGUAAAUGAACCCGGUCACCAUAUCAAAUGAUCGCUUCUCAAACAUGGACACACAUCAUUAUGUGUUCAGCUUUGAGCCAAGCUUUUAGUGUCUACUAUCGGUGGAAUAUAACAAAGAUCAAGGUGCCGUCAUAGAAAGUGUUAGAGCCAGGGGGUAUAUGGAGUUUAUUUUAAAUGCCUCGUAGAAAGACUCAAUUGGUUUGCGUAAAAAAAAAAAGUUACGAUUGUCCUUUCAAAGUGACACUCUAGACCCAAUUAGUGUUCCGCAAGAACAAAAUUGGUGGUCCGCAGCGAUUUGCCAGCCAGGUGGCCCAAGCCUUUAGGGCCACCCGAUGGGUAUCGCUAAACAGGGGUCCGGUCAGGUGCCGCGGGCAUCUAAGACAGACACACACACACACACACACACAUAAAUACAUACACUGCGUGUCAAGGUGUGUACCUGUGUGCCAGAUGCAUAUAUAUAUAUAUAUAUAUAUAUAUAUAUAUAUAUAUAUAUAUAUAUAUAUAUAUAUAUAUAUAUAUAUAUAUAUAUAUAUAUAUAUAUACACACACACACACACCCACUGGCACAUACAAUAAAAAGGUUUAUACAACGGCGCAAAAUUGUUUUUAAGGGGGAAGAGGGUGAGGUGGGUUGCUUGGGUAGAAAUGCCAAGAUAAUUGGAGGUUAUAUGUAUGCAUCACAAAAUACACAAACUAAUUCAAACAAGUAAAUAACUUUUUUGUCUUCUGACUUUCACUAGCUCUUUGGAGGCAGCCAUCUUUAUGUCCUCUUUGAUCGUUGGCACAUAUUUUAAUAAUAGAUCAUGCAGGUAAUCAAGGGGCAGUGACAUCAUGUGCCAUUCAAUGUAUGCAUAAUCUUGGAAAAUAAGUAGUGCUUUUGACCAAGAGGACUUAACAAUGGCUGCCUCAUAACAAAAGAGCUAGCCAGAAGAUGCAAUGAAAAGAUGUAUAGAAGAUGUAAGAUAAAUGUGUUUGUUGUAAAUUAAUGCAGAGAGACGCUAGAUUACAUGUCAUCUUUUAUUUCCAGUAAUAAUUUUGUUAUUGAAGUCGGUUUUAAUAUUUGUGAAAGGUAUGCAAGGCUUACGAUGUAAGUGUUUUUCUCAUUUAUCCUGGAAAUGUAUAUGUUUUAAUGAUUAUUACUUAAUUUCUAUGCCUGGCCAUUGUUAAUAUAUUUGCUGGCACUUGGCUUUUUUUUUUUAUUAAAUAAAAAAAAUUAUUCUCUCUGCCCCCCCGCUUUUCUUUGCUAAUCAGAAUACAGUCCAUUAAAUUACGUUUUUGGAUAGUUUCACUUAUCUGCGGUGAUUUUAUUGCUUUAGGGAGUAAGCACUUGCCUUCAAGCUGGUAUUGUGUUUGCAUGUGUAAUAUUACCCUAAGCUCUUCUCUUAUCAGUUUACAGAUAUAACUGAUAAAUGAUUGAACGCUCCCUGUGUCACCCACAAAGCAUCCAUCUGAUUGCAUUGAUUUCUUGUGUGCUUCAAGUAAUGAAAUGGAAAACAGCCUGCAUUUUUACCCUCUCCAGUGGGUUAAUUCAUUUUUUAAGAGAAAAGGCUUGUCUACAUUACGUGUGUGUGUAUUUAUAUUCAUUAUGAAGUGCUAGUUAACCCCUUUGGCGCAAGUUAUCAGUCUUCCUGAAACAGAUGUCUUUCGGCUCUUUUUAGUGGAAUGUCAAUCCAGCACGCUGUAAAAUACUGUAUAGUUUAAUUUUCAGACUCAUAUGCUCAUCAUUACGGGUGGGGUGUGUGUGCAGGCAAAUGUGAAUCUGGACAUGUCCCUUGUUCGCACUGUUGUCGUCUUCUUCUGGCAUUUUCUCUUCUGCUCCUUAACCAGUAGGAGCCGAUGUCACUGCUGUACUGUAAUGCAUGCACAUGAGUAGAGCAUUGAAGUUUGUGGAGGAUCCUGUGAGCCUUGCUGAUUCUCCAUAGUCUAGUCCCUGCAGCCAUCAUUGGUGACAUCUUGGGGGAUUGACACUUCUAAAUGGCGGUAGCUCCGCCCAGUCUCCUUACUUUUGUCUCAGUAUAGCUUUUGACAGGGAUGGAAUUUCAGUGAAAUUCCAACACAGUCAAUAUGAGUAUUAAAUAAAGAUUCUAUAUUUAUGAAAUACUAACUUUUCAGGGGAAGUGGCAUUGCACCUUGAAAUGUUCAGAUGCAAAAAUAAUCUGACAAUAACAUGGAGACUAUCAUUGCACAUGUACUCUGAUUACGAUCUAUAUAUUUCUACAUGCUAUUCCAAUGACUGUCAUUGUGUCAAGUUAUGAUUUACAGCUUAAUGAUGAACUUAAAGGGUGUUGUUUAGGAUUAUCAGUCAGAAAUUGUAAUGCUUUUACAUCCUUAUUAGUCUACAAUAUGAAAAUGUCUGGUAUAUGUGCGGAAGUGAAUACAUUGCAUACUUUUGCUUAUCUCUUCUGUAGAUCUAACAUUCUUAUGCAAUUGUACAUUGUGUACUUUUGUACAAGGGAGUCAAAGUGGUGAAAGUGUAGAUUGCCAAGGGACAGUUUUUUAGGACCAAAUUAACGUCAUCUCCCUCUAAAGAUUUUGGGUCCUAUAUGCUGCCCAGCAGCCAUGCAAACGAAAACUGUGCAGUCUUGGGGAAGCAGCACUAUUUACAUUUUAGUGCCCACACUUUCUUUUGGCUGUCGAGCAGGUGCUAGGGACAAUUCUUGAAUCUGACAUCAGAAUGGAAUGGGCUUUCAAUGUUUCCCUAUACAGGGUAGGUAACAUCCAGUGCAAUGGUUAAAUUACUGGGUCAGUGCAUCUCAAAAAAGUCAAGUCUUGUGGAGUGUUCUGGAAUGCAUUUUCUAGUACCUACCAAAAGUGGUGCAAGGAAGGACUACAGGUAAGCCAGCAUCAGUGCCAUGGGCUCCCAAGACUCAUUGAUGCAUAUGGCGUGUGAAGACUAGCCUUCUGGUCCAAUCACGAAGAUCGGCUACUCUAGCUCAAAUCGCUGAAAAACAUAAUUGUGACCGUAAUAGUAAGAGGUCAGCUCUAAAAAAAAAAUGUUUUACACAUAAUGCAAAUCUUCCCAUCCAGUCCUUUCACUGUAAACUAGCAAGAUCACCACUUAUCAUUUCCACGUGCCGCACAGAAUGGCAUGACUGGUCUCCAAUCAUGUAUGUGUGCGUGAGUCAAGUCUUGAUGCAUACUCUCGGCAUAUGAAGGCAAUGACAGUACAUCAGUGCCAGUAACUUGAAGAUUGCGGCACCUUGGGGUGAAGGACCCAGCACCGCAAACCUUAGCAAAAACAAAAGCUGUUUGGGGGUACACAAAGGACUUGUGGAGUGGGGAGGUGGACCAUAAAAUUAAAUGGGGUUAGGCUACGUUAAGAGUCGGUACAGUAAUAAUAGUGUGCAAUAUUUUGAAAAGCAUUAUUUGCUAGAACUGUUUAAAUGAGGAGAAAAAUUAUUUUACACUGUUGCAAUUUAAUUCCAGGGCCUUUUCAUGCUGUGACCUUCCAUGUGAACCCUGAAUGAAUGUAAACAUUUUCUGGUGAUGUUUCAAUGCAGACCCAGCAAAUCUGGAGAGUAUUAGUGGCACAGUGUUUUUAGGGAGGCUUUAUUCCCUUGGUAUUUGUCAGGAGCCUUUCCAACCCUAGAUCUAACGUUUGUUUAAAGUUUUCUAGGGUUUGUUGCUAAUGUUUUGCUUAGCUGUCUUUCCUUUUUUUCUCUCUCUCUCUCUUCAUUAGAUAUAAUUAGUAAAACAAAUGGCUUGAUUUGAAAGCAGAAAACAAUAGAAUGUACAAAGUAUAUAAUUUGUGCUCUAAAUAAAAGAUUUGUUCUAUAUCCUUCUUAUGCCUGUGGUAAAUCACAGUAUGUGUACGGCAGGGAAUGCUCCAUUACACAAGUGGAUCUUCUAUUCAAUGGGCAAAUACUGCCUCUUCCAAACCAGUGUGAUUGUGUUCUUUGGGUGGUACGAUGAGUAGCGUGUGAAUUGUUUUACUGCCUUAUUUAACAUAUAUUUAGAGGCCUUUCUCUUUCCUCCUUGAUAGAGAGAAAUAUAUAUUAUUUGUUUAUUAUGAGUGUGUUCAUUAACCCUAGAAAUUCGUAAGAAACCUACUCAUAAUUUUCUUCCUAGAAGUAGUUUGUUUUGUUUAUUUCGUUUUUUUGUGUUAGAGGGAUUCACCUCGGGACUGUUUUUAGGGGAUUCACCCCAGGACUUGGCUUCUUUUCGGCAAAAUCCUUGUUCUCACCAUAACUUACUUCUGUCCAACUUACCCUCCAAGUCAGAACCCAAAAACCUGGUCCCAGUUUUUCUCAACUGGAUGCAUAAUAUUAAGACCCCAGUCAGUCCCUUUACAGAAAUAGAGAUAAUCGGAGCUCCCCAAAUAGACCUUUAUUGUCUUCUCAGUGCUGCUUUUACCAAGUAUAACUGGAGCAGCACUCUGUGUGUAAAAAAAUAAAUACAAAACAAAUUACUGUACAUUUGUUUUUUCAACCAGCCUUUGUGCAGCAUUGCUAUUUUUAUGUAGAACAUCAGAUUUGCAUAGUAUGUUUGACAGUUUUAUUGUUAAAAUAGUUCUCUAAGCGGGCAAACUUGAAAUGAUGAAACCCAAGCUAUUUUUAUUUUUUUUUUUUUUAUUUUUAUUUAUUUUGUGCAGUAAAUCAGAGCUUUUAGUAUUCUGAAAGCUAGUUGAGUAUAUGUAAUUUUAUUGCUCUCUCUAAUAAACAAAAAAAAGUCAAGAAAUAUUAUUUGAUUUGGUAGUUUCUAGUUAAAGAUCACUCGUGUGAAGCCGUGCAUUAUGUGUUUUGGCCGCUAUUAAUAUUCUUGGUUUAUCAGUAGGUAUUACCACUUUUCCAAAACACAAAAAAGGUCACAUUCACUCCUGGGAGAGUCAAGACUUCACGGGAGUAGUUAAGAAGUAACAGACCAGAAAAAAGGCUGAACAAAAUGGGAAAAGUUAAAAGAAAGAAAACGAUUAUAUAUAGAAUAUAUCUCAACAUCUGUAGUGGACAUAACCUGAAAACAGACAGGGUUAUUACUAAAGAGAGAAUUAAAAGUGAAUUUAAAAUUUAUGGCCAAAGUAGCCACACUGAACCCCAUGGAAAGGAUCUUCUCCAGCUCUCCCAAUGGUAGGGAGGCUGGAGGGCAAAUAAAGUGUGUAAAAGGAAUGUCUGUCUGUCAGUGACUGUCUGUUUAGGUGACCACUUCGCUCUUAUUGCAUGAAAGGUGUCUUUACUCACCCUUUUCCUGACACCAUGCCUGUUUUGCAUUGGCUGGCUCCUCCUACAAUGCUGAGAAUCAAUUUUGAUGAUCUCAUUGGAGGCUAUUGCAGAUGCGCAACAAAACAGUGCUACAGCGAUCAGCAUCUCCUCAUAGAGAUGCAUUGAAUCAAAGAGGCGAACAUUCAGCGCCUCUAUGCAGAGCAGCACUGGACUUGGAAACACCUCUAGUGACUGGCACUAGAUGUAAAUACUGCCUGCAGGGACAAGCUAUAUACACCAGAACCACUAUGUUGAGCUGUAGUGGUUCUGGUGACUAUAGUGUUCCUGUAAGAAUUACAAUUUUGUUGUUGAAAAUAAAGCUUUGUUGGUUAACAAAAAUAAUAAAUACCUGGCUGAUAGCUUUUUAAGCUGGCUCAUAGAUUCCAAGAAAAUUUGUCAAGACCUAUUUUAGGGCAUUUCCCUUCCGAAUGAAAUUUGAAAGUCUAGUUAUUUGCAGUUACUGAUACAACUAAGCCAGCGUUUCCCAAUUGGUGUUCCGCGGAACUCUGGGGUUCUACAGAACACCAAUUGGGGUUACUCCAAAAGUUUAAAAAACAAAAUGGCCACGGGCGGCGAGGGAGCAGUGAGCGGUGAUCUCCCUGCUCAGCUCCCUCACACGCACAGCAGUGAUGCUGGAGCCGGAACAUGACGUCACUCCGGCAUCACUAAGAUGCGCGCAAGGAGCUCACCGCUCCCUCGCACGCCAGCCGUUCAGCAGCCCCACUGGUCUCAAGGGACUCCAUGCCAGCACUCCUAAAGGUAGGGGAGCUGGGUGGAGUAAAAUGUAAAAAAAUAAAUAAAAAUUGUAUGUGUGUGUUUGUCAGUGUUCUUGUCAGUAAGAGUAUAUGUUUGUAUGUGUGUCUGUGUCAAGGUUUGUGCAUGUGUCACUGUGUAUCUAAGUGUGUAUCAGUGUGUUUGUAUGUGCCAGUGUGUAUCUGUGGGUGCAAGUGUAUGUAUAUGUCACUGUGUGUAUUUGUGAGUCAAGAUGUGUGUAUCUGUGUCAGAUACAUAUAUACACAUGCACACUGAUACACACACACACACACACACACACACACACACACACACAUACACUGUGUCAGUGUGUAUGUGUGUCCGAUAUUUUUGGAUGGGGGUUCAACGAUGAUGAUACACUAUGUCAAAGGGUUCCACUGGAAAAAUUAAUUGGGAACCCCUGAAAUAAGCUAUACAAAUUCAUGCUGUUAGAUUAGUUUUAUGUUAAGGUGCAUAAGUGUAAUGUUGAACUUGUAAAUCUGUAUCAUUAGACUGGUCCAUGUAUUUAUAUGGUAAUGUUGUUCACACACAGAUGUGCAUUCAAAUACUCAUAUACUCAUGCGAAAGCAAAUAAAGCCUUAAACCAUUGUAUGAAAAGGGUGCAAAUUGGUGGAAUUCUUUCUUGGCUUGUGUCUGUAAUACCAAUAUUAUGCCAUGUAUCAUUCCACCGUUGGCAUUAUGUAAUGGCCUCUUAAAAUUGCUGGUGAUGUCCCACAAUAUACAUACAUAAAUCAGGUGGAGAUUCUUAAAACAGUAGUAUAACAGAUAUUCUGUAAAAUAAAAUUGAGACCAUAGUGCAAUACAGUAAUGUAAAUAUGAUUAAAAAUAUAUAUGCUGCAGGUUAUCCACUCACAAGCCUGGAGUCAUAAUCUCAUAUGACUCGAAUGGUGUGUGCCUUUGGACCAUUCCAGGAUGUCCAAAAUCCUUUUUCCAUGCAGGGCUCUGUUGGUGGUCACUCACAGACAAAGGCUGUCAAAUCAGCAAUGGGUUUCCACAAAAGUAUAAUUUUUUUUAUAUUCAAAUAAAAUAAAAGAAUUAUUAAAUUAAAGAUAGUUAAAAACUUAAAUAGGGCUAUAUAGUCCCUUAAAAUGCUUUAAAGUUGCCAAAACGCGUUUCGCCUGAUACAACAGGCUUCCUCAGUCGGCUUUAUAUUUCCCACAAUGGCAAAUUGUCGCUGCUGUAAACUUGGCUUCCUCUAUCAAUCUAUAUGUUAGUGAUGCCACUUGUGUACCAUGUCUCCAGUUACGUGUUGGCCCUCCUGGAACACUGAUACGGGAAACAUGGUUUCUAAAACAGAACAAAUGUUUUUGUUUUGUUUUUUUGUUUUGUUUUUUUCUACUUCAUAAUUGCUAAAUAUGUGGUUACCCUUAACUUCAACACCACCACUUAAUAAUGUAUUACUAAACACCAUGACCGCUUCAGUGUUUUGUAGUGAUCAUGGUGCAAGGGCAAUGUAUAUGCACCUUUUCAGUAGACUGCCCCAGAGCAAAAAUGAUGGGCUGGCUGAUGUUCUGUUCGCACACACUUACCCAGUGAAUAAGUGGUUCGAUCAGCAUUAGGCUUGUGCAGUUCUACAUCAGCUAGAUGCUGUUUAUUCAGAAUGAAAGGAGGCUUGGAGCCUGGUGAGACCAAGGUAAUGGAGUGGCAAACCAUUUCAAAAUGUUUUUUCCCUUUCCCCAAAACCACAACAACAGAUUGCCAGCAGAUUGCAGUGGUUAUAAUACUUGGAUACUCUGUUUAUUUUCCAGAAUGCAACCGUCUUUUGUUUGGCAUACCAAUACUUGGCAAUAUUAAAGGGACACUAUAGUCACCAGAACAACUACAACUUAAUGUAGUUGUUCUGGUGAGUAUAACCGCUCCUUCAGGCAUUUUCAUGUAAACACUGCCUUUUCAGAGAAAAGGCAGUGUUUACAUUGCCCCUAGGGAUACCUCCAAGUGGCCACUCCUCAGAUGUCCAAUGCAGGGGCUUCCUGUUAUUCAGCCCUGUUAUUCAGCUUCCCCACGCUCUGCAUGGGGACGUUGAAUUUUCCUCAUAGAGAUGCAUUGAUUCAGUUACUUACCUUAAUCCAGCGCCGGCCUCCCUCAGCGCUGGUGACCUCUCCUCCCCCGUUGACGACUUCAGCUCCCCCAUCUGACAUCAGUGGAGCCGCAUGCGCGACAAGUGCCGCGCGCGUAUUUAAAGUGUCCAUAUGAAAGCAUUUCUCAAUGCUUUCCUAUGGACGCUCUGCGCGAUGGAGGCAAAAUAUGCCUCCAGCAUCGCAGAUGCGCCUCUAGUGGCUAUCCGGAAGCUGAAGUGGUCAGAGUAACUAUAGUGUCCCUUUAUCCCAUUCUGGGGGUCUGUGGGAGGGUAAGGUAGGGGGCAAGCCACCUAAAUGGUGAAUUUUCACUAUAGGAUCAGGAAUACUUGUUUGUGCUCUUUUGACCACUUAGCUGCAAUCUAUCCAAAAUAUAUUUUCCAGAUUCAAUUUACUUAUUUGAUACAUAUGCAACUUAAUUUUGUAAAACCCUCAGGGUGCCUUUCUAUUUCCUCAAUCAUAGAAAGUACAAACUUGAUCACAAAAUACAAUGCAUUCUAAAAUUUGACUCUCUUAAAUUUCAACCCAGUCAAAAGAUAUACUGAGACAAAGUAGGGACUACUUUGUCUCAGUAUUUUUUCUAGACACUGGGCGGAGCUGCCACUGGUAGAAGUGUCUGUCUCCCAGCCGUCAAAAGUGAUUGCUGCAGGGAAUUUGAGAGAGAUAGAUAUAGAUAUAUAUAUAGAUAUAUAUAUAUAUAUAUAUUCUGUAGGUUUAAUGGUGCACUGUCGCAAUACGUUUGUCCAUAGUGGAACAAUGCGAAAACAUUGUAAUGGCUGAGAUAAUCAGCAAUGUACUGAGCCAGGUAAAGAACGAUGGCCAAAUGGAGCCAGCGCUCCGUGUGACUAAAGGUAAGUAAUAAAGCUCUGAUUUAUUUAUUUACCAGGGUGCCGUCUGUAGUAAUUAGGAGAACUUUAUUUCUAACUUUAUAUUCCUUUAAUACAAAUGUAAAUAAGUAAUGAUAUUCCAUAGUUUCAGUGUUGUUACUUUGUACUGGUUUUUAGCCUUACUUAGGAUUUAAAUUAUUUAAAGGAAGUCUAUAGGGUCAUAAACACAAAUGUGUUAAAAUCACCAUUACGGUGGCUUGCCACCCCUCCCAACGCCAAAUGCCAGCCUGGCCAAUCAUUGAGUCCGUGCAUCUCUAUGGGAAAAAGUUCAACGUCUCCAUGCAGAGCGUGGAGAUGAUGAAAGUCAUUGCUGAACAAGAUGCACGACUGGCCCAGGAAGCACCUCCAGUGGCCACUGGAGGUGUCCCUAAGUUUUAAUGUAAACAAUGCCUUUUCCAUAAAAAGGCAGUGUUUACAGCAAAACACCUGCAGGGACGGACUAUACUCACCAGAACAACUACAUUAUAUAGUUGUUCUGCUGACUAUAGUGUCCCUUUAAAAUUGUGUAGGCCAUAAUGAAUCAAAAUGCAUAAUUUAUUGCUAUAUAAAAUUACAUUUUUGUGUGGGGGAGGGGGGUGACUGUUUGCUCUUUUUUUUUUUUUUUUUUUAAAUCAAUCAUGACAAACAGAAGGGUUGUUUAGACUCUGGGUAUAGCAAAGCAUUUAAAAAAAACAAAAAACUUGAGUUUGGUUGCAAUGACUGCUCUGUCAUCAGCUUUAGAAGAAACCUUCACACUGCCGAGGAUGUAACCUGUGAAAACAAUGCAUCACCUGAAUAUCCAAAUUCCACACAUUAAAAGCAGAGGGCAUAUGAAAGUCAUAUGUCAUUAGUGAGUCUGCAGUUCAAGCCUCAGCCCAAGUUUAUUAUUUACUGUUCUCAGCUGGCGCCAGACUCUGACAGAGGAGGAUAAAAUGUAAAAAUAAUAAGAAAAAUAAUAAAACAGAAGCCAGCGCUGAUUUUAGUUUGUAUUUUUUUUUUCUCCUUUCUUGUUAUGGAUGAGUUAAUCUGCUUUGGUAAUUGUAAUUUAAAGGGGGGGUUGGGAUCUGGUUUGGAGCAGCAAUUAUAUGUCCCAUAGCAGCUGAACAUGCAUUGAGAAUGAUGGUUAUAAAAAGUCGCUAUACAUGAAACUCCUGUUCCAUUAUAAUGAUGGGAUGAAUCUCUCCUAGUAAAGCGAGAGCACAUCCAAUUUUUCUCAAUCUACAUUACACAAAGCUACCUUUAGUAAGUUUAUGCAAAAAAUAUUUAGGAAUGUUCAGUGCUUGCACGGGACAAUGUAUUGGAUAAAAAUGAUAUAACAACGCGUACAGAACUUAUUGUGGGAAUUAUGUUAAAUCUGCGGUGUUAAUCCCUGGUGUACUUUUCGAUAUUGUCUCAGAAUAGCUUUAAAAAUAAUCAUUUAUCAUAGACAUAAAGUAGAUUAUUCCAUAAUUGUCUCCAAAAUCAAUCUAAAUGCUUUUUACAACACUUUACAUUGUCUUGGUUGAAGCAAAAUGGCUAGUUAUGCCACAGUAGGUUUUAAUACGAACAAACGCAGGACAAAAUAAAAUAAAAUCCGUGUACCAUCCUUUCCUGUGUCUAAACCGUUAACUUAAGGUUAUAGUUCAACAAAUACAAUACAGACAGUUACGGUGGCAGUUUUGCACUCCAGAUCUUGUUGAAGUCCUUGAGUGCUGGCUUUCUUUUUGGAGAAUAUAUAUAUAUAUAUAUAUAUAUAUAUAUAUAUAUUCAUUCCGAGGAAAGUGCACUUACAGGACACAAUAAAUGUUUGAAAAUUUGUCUACUGAGUCCUGUGAGUGCAUUUUCCUCAGUGUGUGUAUAUAUAUUUUGUUUUAAUGUGGCAUACUUUGUGUCACUUAAUCAGAUGUGUUUUGCAUGAAUAGGCAAACUUCUUUUUCAAAUAUUUUUGAGUUUUUCAAAUAUAUAUACAUGUAAUAUCAAUGUGCGUUGUCGAUAUGUUUAUUGUUAAUACUUGAGUUUUAACGAGUCUACAAAGUUACCAACAAUAUAAUGACAAUAAAAACAAAUUAAAAAUUAUGAAAAAUAAAAUAAAACUGGGGGGAUAAUAAAAAGAAACUAAACAAUAAAAAUUUAUAAAAAUAUGUAAAAUCAUCCUUAAAAAUUAAAAUUUUAAUUAUUUAAUAUAUCCUGUUUACAAAAUGACAGAACGUAGUUGCAAUAUUAACAGUAUAUAUUUACAUAGUUUGGUUAAAUGGAUAUCCUAUUACUAAAUUUUAUUUGCUUCGAACUUUUUUUCCCAUUCAUUCCAUUCUUGUCUUAAAAUAUUAUUUUCAGCGUAUACACGGUAGAUUAAUUUGUGAUGUUUAUUAUCUAGAAUGGAGUAUAAAAAUAUCUUUAACAUCUGGCAAGUCCCUAGUUUUCCAAUAUCUGGUUAUGGUUGUAAUUGUUGCAAUUAAAAUAUGACCUAACAUAACUUUUGGUGUUUUGGAGGUGAUUUGGAAUUCUUUUAAACACACAUUUCGGGGGUCAACUGGGGGAUUGAAUCUGUGAUUGUAUAUAUUAAUUUGUGGACUGAUUUCCAAUGUGAGUCCACCUUGGAACAUGUCCACAGUAUGUGACAAAAUGAGUCCACCUGUCCACACCCCCUCCAACAUUUAUCUGAAUUAGUUCAUUAAAAUGUGUGUAAACUGGGUGGGGGGAGGGCAUAUUUAUUAUUUUAAUAUUUUAGUCUAGUUCUUCUAAAAUUAAAAUAAUGCCAAAAAUAAAUCAGAUUAUGUAUCUUUUAAUACCAAUAAUAUCGUACAGUACUAAGGGAUGAAAACACUCUCACUUUAGAGGACGCUAAGAAAAUGCUGACAGAGAUUUCCUCGCAUCAACAGACUGUAAAAGCAAAGUGUUGGACAGCAUUUAGAACCCAGAAUUAUGCAGUUGUGCACCUUGCAUAACUAGAAACUUUGCAAAACAAGCGUUAACCCUGCUGGCUGAUUAUUUAAUUAUUUUUUAAAAAUUUUAAUAUUUUAAUUAUUUUUAUUUCAUUUUUUUACUGGGGGGGGGGGGUGCGGGCGGGAGUGAGCUGUUACUUAUCUUUGUAGCAGCUCCGGUCAGCUCCCUUCACCUCCGUUCAGCUCACAGUGUAAGUCUUGCGGCCUGCGUGCCGUGCGUAGCGUUGCCACGGUAAGCCGUGGCAACACUCUGACAGCCGUGGGUCUCGCGAGACUUACGCUGUGAGGUGAAGGGAGCUGACCGGAGCUGCUACAAAGGUAAGUAACAGCUAGCUCCGGCCCCAAACAGGACCGCCAGGCUUAUGAGCCCGGCGGUCCUGGUCUGUAUUAUGGCAAUGUAAGUUGCCAUAAUACAGACCAUGACUCGAGUAUAAGCCGAGUGGGGCUUUUUCAGCAAAAAAAUGUGCCGAAAAACUCUGCUUAUAGUAGAGUAUAUACGGUACCUUGUUUCUAGCGCCUAGAGUCCUCCACUGCAGCCUCCAGCUCCACCACCAAUGAUGUCCGCAUACAUGGAUUGGAACUAGGCAUGGGCAGCAAAGUUCUGUGCUCCUCCAAAACAGCAUUUGAUUCAACGAGUAGGAAGAGCCUCUAGUGUCAGUCAGGAAGAUGGCUACUAGAGGCUUAUUUAAUCCAGCAUUGUAAUCAUUGCAGUCUCUACUAAACUGCAGUUUUUUACAUUGCAGAGUUAAAACUGUAGGAUCCCUGUACCCAUACCACUUCCCCCAGGACUAACUCAUAGGAAAAGAUUGAAUCAAUGCUUACCUACUGGGUUUUAGCGUACGUUGGAUGUCCUAGUGCAGGGGUAGGCAACCUACGGCACUAGUGCCAUGCACGGCACUCAGUGCUGCUAGAGCCAAACAGGCUCUGGCCUAUCAGGAUUCCUAGUAAAACUUCAGAUAUCUGCUAAUACGAAGAGAUGGUGAAGGACAAUCCUCAAUUUAUGCAUUGCAGCACAUAGAUGAAGUGAUCACAGAUCACUUCUUCCCAGCUCUUGUGAAUGGGAAUCCACACUGUAGUAGAGCAGCCCGCAGCUGGUGUUGCAGCUCCUGUCCUUGACCUGUACCUGGCCAGCCUGGUCCCCACUGGAACCCAGGGAAGCCACCCACACUGCUAGAUAUACACAGAAAUGCAGAAUAACAGCCCACUAACAAUCCACACAUAUGCACACAACCUCACAUGCAAUACCCCAAACAGGCCCCAGACACUACCAAACACACAAUGUGACAUAUCCACACACAAUUCCACAAGCAGCCCACAUUCAUAUGUAUCAUACACGAUACCAUAAACUACUAAUGAACAUAUACAAUAUAAUAGCUCACAUACGCACAAAUACCACGAUACAAAGCAAUUACAGUAAAAAUAACAAAAGCCGAAUACGGCAGCAUACACACCUCAAUUUAUAAAAAUAGGAUCGGGACAUCACAAUACUAUAUCGGCACAGUCCUGCUACAGGUUGCCUACCCCUGUCCUAGUGCAAAGUGUGAGGACGUCCAGUGUCAAUUAGCGAAUAAUGGGCUGUCUGGUAGAGAGUCACUAGAGGUGGAGUUAUCCCUGCAAGGUAAUUUUUGCAGUUUCUCAAUAACUGCAAUAAAUACAAUUGCAGGGUUAAGGAGAUAGGGUCACUGCACCCAGACCAUUUAAAUAAGAUGUUGUGGUCUGGGUGCUUAUGGUGUCCCUUUAAUCUGGUUCAUAGACAAUAAUUUAAAUAAUAAAAAAUAAAUAAAAAAAUUGUACUGUACCUACAAUUUUAAACUUGUGCAAUUGUCCUUUGAAGCAGGGUAGGUGAAAAACAUGUGUUUAAUUAUUUUCUUCAUUAACUAUUUAAAGUAUCUUACAUUCGCAACCCUUUAAAAUAUUAGAAAUGGUUAUUAAUGUUAAAAUAUUGAAACAAUUUUGGACAGAUCAGCCAAAUGGAAAGGUUAGCUGCAUUUUACCUAGCAAUUUCUAUUAUCGCUGGAAUUUUAACACUUUAAAUACCAAUAUAAUGGUUUAUCCUUUAUAUGACCUCUGACCAGUUUAACAUCUAAUUUAUAUUUCAGCUUUUUAUUUCAUUUUUUUUAAAACCUGUUUUAGGCUUUGAUUUAUGGACUAUAAUACCUCUGUAAAAUUCAGUAGUUGGGGGGGGUGGAAGGAGGGGGAUGUUGUGAUUGUUCUCAAAGACAAAAUAAAACAUAAAGAAAAUUCGCAUACCAAACCCUUGUAGUGGAGACAGUCUGUCCAGGGCAAACAUGCAGGUAUUUUCACAGCCUUGUGCAGUUAUUGAAGUCCUUUGUCUUAUAUUAUUUUUUUUUUUUCUUUUCUUUGAAGUGUCGUGAAAACCCAUGUCAUAUGCAGAUAUUACCUCCUUAAGUUGAUUUAAAAAAAAAAAAAAAAAAUUUAAAUUUUUCAUUUUAAUGCCAUCUUUUUAACAAAGGAAAAUGCAGCAAAGCCUCUUUGACCAUUAAAUAUUUAGGGCCUUACUUUAUAGCCAAUCCUAAUUUGCUCGUGUUCCCUUUGUAGUAAUACACGUGCAUUACACUAAUCGCAUAGCUGCUGAAGGGUUAACCUCUUAAGUAACAGUGAUUCCUUAUACCAUUAACACAACUGAACUACAAAAGACUUUUUUUUUUUUUUCGGUAUUGAGUGCCUUACUACAUGUUUAAGUAGGGUCCUCUUUAAUGGUGUGUAAUAGGUUUUUCUUGUUAAAUAUAUAUAUAUAUAUUUUUAUUUUAUUUUUUAAAUCCUACUUCUGAGCCUGAGUUGAUAAACUGAUCAUUCUCGAGACGCAAAUAUAUAUUGCCUGCAUGCAGUGUCAGUGGUCUUGAAUGGCUUUAUCCAUUUUCAUUCAAAUACAUUAACAUUUCCUUCGCCUGUUUGGAUUUUUAAUAUUAUAUAAUUCUGAUAAUAAAAAUAGGCAAUUUAAUUGUAUUGCUGCCCAUAUAGUAGCAUCAUUGAUGCAUUAGUAUCAGGAUGAAAUUAUGUUGUGACAUUGGGGCUUAAGUAUAAAGGUACCAUUAUUAAUGCUGGGCAUUGUACUUUGUGUGUAUGUAUAUGUGUGUAUAUAGACAGGAAGACUCCAGCUAAGAUAUAUCUGAUCAAAGACAGUUUGACUAUUUAAAGUUGGGGUGUGCCAGGGCAUUCCUGGUAUCAUAAUCACUAUAGCUUAAUGUAGAUAACUUAACUUUUGGUCGGGUUUGUACAAUUUACAGAAGCCUUGAGCUAAUAGCUGCCAAAAAAGGUUGAAGGAGGAAAGAAAAAUAAUAUAUAUUUUUAUAAAUAAAAAUGUGUGUAUGUAUUAGAUUUAGUUGUUUUUUGGUUUUGUUUUGUUUUUACAACCAAUACAAUUUUUUUGAGAAAUGCACAUCCACAAAACAGCAGUUAUGUUGGUAAAACGUCAAAUACUUUGCAGUCAAUGGUUUAAUUUUUUUACUCCGCCUUUAUAAUUUAGAAUGCACUUAAUUUAUAAAAGUUCUACUAUCUAUUAAAAUUUUUAGUUUUUGUAAAAAUGAAAAAAAAUCACUCCUUACACACAUUUAGUUGUAUGGGGUGUCCUUUUAACAGUCGCAUUAAUAUGAAAUUGUCAGCAUUUUCUGUCCCUAAUGAUCUCUAAAUGUAGACUGUAGAAAGCUCUAUAGAAAGAGCUAAUUUCCCUGCAAAUGAAUAUUAUGAGCAUUUCAUAAGAUUCUAUCUUUAUAAAAUACUAAUUUUUCAGGGAGGGGUGACAAUGCCGCUUUAGGCUGUAGUGAUUAUGGUACCUAUAGUGUACAAUUAAUUCUAUUUAAUGGAACCCAUUUGAUAUAAACAGAGGGCUGAUCACUUACUGUUGCAUUGUUGAAAUUUCAAGUUUACACCGAAUGGCCUGCACAGAAGUUAACUAUGCUGAUUUAACAAUGCAACAUUUUGAAGUCUAUACCAAUGCUUUAUUAUGUGUGUAUUUUAGGGAUGCAUCAAAAUUUUUGGCCAAAAAUGGGCCUAUCCCGUUUCGGCCGAAAACUUGUCAAAAAUAAUAAUAAUUACAUGGUAUAUAUAGUGUUCAAGUAGAGAUUGUAGCCGUAUUAGUCCAGUGAUGUUAAAAUAUAUAUAUAUAUAUAUAUAUAUAUAUAUAUAUAUAUAUAUAUAUAUAUAUAUAUAUAUAUAUAUAUAUUAUUUUAGGUUUUUGGGGAGGUACAGAGGGGAAAGAUCAUUAUGGGACAGGUGUAGGCAAGAACACUAUAGGACAACUUGGGGGAGAACACUAUGGGACAGACUUGGGACAGACUUGGGGGGAGAACACUAUGGGACAGACUUGGGGAGAACACUAUGGGACAGACUUGGGGGAGAACACUAUGGGACAGACUUGGGGGAGAAACACUAUGGGACAGACUUGGGAGAACACUAUGGGACAGACUUGGGGGGAGAACACUAUGGGACAGACUUGGGGGACAGGGGAGAACACUAUGGGACAGACUUGGGGGGAGAACACUAUAGGACAGACUUGGGGAGGGGGAGAACACUAUGGGACAGACUUAGGGAGGGGAGAACACUAUGGGACAGACUUGGUGGGAGGGAGAACACUAUAGGACAGACUUGGUGGGAGGGAGAACACUAUGGGACAGACUUGGUGGGAGGGAGAACACUAUGGGACAGACUUGGUGGGGGAGGGAGAACACUAUGGGACAGACUUGGGGGAGAGAGAAUACUAUGGGACAGACUUGGGGGGGAGAGAACACUAAAAAAGAGGGAGGGGAGAGGAACAUUAAGGGGGCUAGAACACUAAAAGAGAAGGGAAGUUUUUCAUAUUAGAUUAAAUUCUUUAAAAAGUCUAAUUUUAAAAAAAUUAUAGGAAAAAAAACUUUUUAAGAAUCAUUUGGGGAAAAAAGUUUCGGUUUUUGGCCAAGGGCAUCCUGAAGUUUCGGCCCAGAAUUUUCAUUUCGGUGCAUCCCUAGUUUAUUUGGUUGUGUAUUUGGCUGUGUAUUUUUCAGACUAUGUGAAUGUAUUCAUCCUCAGAAGUCUAAACAGCCAGAUUCCUAAAAUUGUAUGGCUGACUCAUGUAUUCACUUAGAUUUUCUGUACCCCUAUGAAAUGGAGAAUUAAUCUAAAAGGCAUUUUCAAUAUACAGGUACAAUAUAUAAAGGUACAACUCAUAUAUUACUUUGCAGUCGUUUACCAACCAUAGGAAGGUACUAAACCACCAUUUUCAAAAGCAUUUGCCUUUAUACUAAUGUGCUGAUUAGUAAAAUGGCCAUAUCUUUAUUGCAUGUGCAUUGGUUCAGCGAUACCAUCUUCAUUUUAAUGUCAUAUGUUGGUUUGUGAUUGGAACAGAUGCAUUUGAUCAGAGAAGAAACACUUUGAGUGCAGUAAUGUAUUAUAAUGUGCUCCUUAAAUGAUUCUGUGCCCAGAACAGUGUGCAUACACACACCUUUGGGACAAAUUAAAGGGAGUAGUUGUUUUGGUGCAAAUAAACUUGACCCUGCACUCUUGACUUAUGUAAACAUUUGCAUUUGUGAAAAACUGUUUGCAUUUCUCAAUAAGGAUGGCAAGUAAUCCAAUUGGUGGAGCGCACAUGUCAAUGGGCUAUGCUUCUACAAGAGAAGCAUGGAAUAGCCUCAAGAUCAUUAUUCAUGAUUAGUGAUGUCCUGAACGGUUCGCCACGGACUCAUUAUUGAGUAAACUUUGACCCUGUACCUCAGUCAGCAGACACAUUCCAGCCAAUUAGCAGCAGACCCUCCCUCCUAGACCCUCCCACCUCCUGGACAGCUCCCUAAGAAUGCAGCUUCACAAUGGAUGCUGUCCAGGAGGUGGGAGGGUCUGGGAGGGAGGGUCUGCUGCUGAUUGACUGGAAUGUGUCUGCUGACUGUGAGGUACAGGGUCAAAGUUUACUAAAUGAUGAUUCCGUGGCGAACCGUUCGGGACAUCACUAUUCAUGAUCUCACAGCAGAGCAGCCACGGCACCUCUCUAGAAUUUUUGUAAGACUUCUGUCUACACCUCCAUUGUUAUUCAUUCUUUGUUAGAACUGUAGUUUAAUUCAAGGUGAAUUUAAAUGGAAUUUUAAAGUAAAAUAGUCUAACUGGAAAAAAUCUGUUUCUCUGACCUUAAAUAUGAUAUUCACUUUCUAUUCUCACUUUUGUGUUAGAAGAAAAAAAAACCCUGUUCAUGUGUUCAAAAAGGAAGAAAAGCUUAUAAAGGAAGAUACCUCUCAUCAUAACAAUUUCAUCAAAAUAAUGUUAUGGUGGCAGGAGGCCCCAGGCACUUUAAAGUACUUUUUUGAAUGGUGGCUUACGGUUUGGUUUAGAAUGUUAGCUGACCCCGCUAGCCUGGCCGGUGGCACUCUUUGUAACUUUGUAACUCAAAUUUAGUAGCCCGAUGCCGCCUGGGGGAUCUGGAGAUCGGUGCUGGAGGCAACUGUUUGGGUAAAACCAUUCGUGCGUUUUAACCCCUUAAAUGGAUCCUACAGGACCAGGAAAACAAAGCAGUUUUCCUGGCACUAUAGGGUUAUUAGCUCUCCCCCUCCUUUGGGGCCCCCCUCCCAUGUCGCUGAAGGGGUUAAAACUCCUUCGCUCAAUUGUAAAGUAUGUUUUUUGGGUGCGCUAGAUUUCAAAUAUAUUAUUACACUUAUUAUUAUACUGCACAUCCAGGACUGCUCCACUUGUAUGAUUGUACGUUUCCUCUUGCGAAAAAUUUGUAAACCGAAAUGCGGUUUCCCAUUGGAAUGCAUUGAAAACCAAUUAAUCGGUUCUGGAGGUCAGAACAGUCAAAAUGAGCUUGCAUGGAAAGCAACCCACAAUGCAGAACACACAGUGAAAGGCAUGCAAAUGAUGAAGCUCCGCUCCCUACCUUUCCACCGCUUGAGCUAUGCUCCAAAAAGUCCCCAAACCACUGCAAAAAAAUUCCAGAAUGGCUCCAAAACUCGAUGAAAAAGCCGCUCCAACACCUCCACACUCAGGUCACGUGCUACCCCGAGGCGUUUGUAAACCGAGGUACCACUGUAAUUUCCUUCCAUUGGUGAGAGACAACCGUUCAUGACCUAUGGGAUAAAAUCCCUUCCAUACAUUGCAGAUACAAACACCUGUGAAUUACUAGAAAUCUAAUUUCUGUUUCUGCCUCUGAAGAAUAUGGAUGAUUUGGAGCUUUGAAAUAAAAUAAGUUGUUUUUUUUUUUAAAGUCUGAAUAAAUGUGUUAAAUAUUAAAUAUUGUGGGACACCCGGUUCCCUUGCCAAGUCCUAUUUGGCUCAUGGGUUGACCACCGUAAUUGUGUUAAGUGUUCCCUGCCGGGCAGCAUGUAGGGUCAUCUACUUUCCCAUGCCGUCCAAUGAUUCCUCUUUAUGAAGUUCCUUUGGGUUGAUGCCUAUUGCAGACUUAAAAUUCAGAAAACCGUAUCUUAUGCAAGGCAGUGAAGACUUUGAUUCCUCAAUUUACAGUACUUCCAAUUCCUUAUAUUUUAUAUACAGCGGUGGCCUAAAUUGUGGAAACCUUCCGGAAGUUUUGCAUAUCUAACAUUUAGCUCGUAACAUUUUUUAAUAAUGCCAUAAAAUAAAAACAUUAAGAAUGUAAUGCAACAAAUGUGUCAAUUUAUCCUCAUUCUUAAGUUAUACCUAAAUGACCAGAAAAAGAAAAUGUAUGUAGCAUGAAGUGAAUUUCCUUAGUAAAAUGAGACUGUGAGCCAAUCAGGUCUUAAGACACUAUAUGAACCACCGCUCGUCACCCUCAAGUCUUAACCCAAGUGCUGUAUAUUUUAAUAGUUUAAAGGCUUGGAACCAUGGCUUCAAACCACACCUCCAAGCCGGCUGAAUAGGACUGUUAUUUCCCUGCUCCCGUACCCCAGAAUACCAUGACAUUACGUACACAUGUAUUCCGAACGUUGGUGUCACUGUUCCUAGUGGUAUGAGGUACUACCCUCUUCAGCAAAGAAGGAAUUGAAAACCCUUAUUUACACACCUUGUGUCGAGGCUCCCUUUGUGCUUCUCUGCUCUCCUCCCCAGCGAUGUCACAGAGGAGGCAUGGCCUCUUCUGUGAUGGUCCAAUCCAGUGCUCCUUAUAGAGUAUUACACAUCAACUGUUUGGAGUUGAUUGCAGGAUAUUUUGACAUCUGCAGUUCUGUUAAUGACUUGUCGAAACGGUUGCUUCCUUUUAUGGAUGGACAGUGUCUUCGCUGUUCAUUCUAUGAAUUGUCUAGGACAGGGGUGCCCAAAAGGUUUACCCAGAUGUUGUAUAACUAAAACUCCCAUGAUGCUUUGAGUACCUUUAGAGUGGCAAAGCAUGAUGGAAACUGUAAUUUUAAAACAUCUGGGGAUCUACCUUUUGGGCACCCCUGGUCUCAAAUUUUGGCAGACCUUAUGAAAGCUAUUUAUAUUCUGUCCCGAGUUUGCUAGCUGGUUAUUACAUUAAAAAAAAAUGUUAAUACAUUUAAAGCCUGUGGGGCGUCAAAAAGAUGCCCAUAUAUUUUAAAUGGGAGCACAUCUAGCGACAUAAGGUUGGUAAACCGAUCUAAGGAACUCAGUUGGGUUGAGCUCCUUGUGAGUGAAUGUGGAUUUAUCUUUAUUUUUUAUUUAUUUUUAUUUAUAUUCAUUUUUUUUCUUUUUUUUUCUUUUUUAUUUUUUUUUAAGAAGUUUUUAUCUCGUGCUCAGUAAAUUGAGCUUUAAUCACUCCCAGAGGCUCCUGUUAGGUCUAGAAGAAUAUUAGCAGAGCAGGAGGUGAGGAAUUCUAAAUUAAACAGACUGUUUUUCUAGACUGCAGGUGCAUGAUCUGUGCACUAAACUGCUUCAUUAAAGUACAGUUGUUUUGGUGCCUAUAAUAUCACUUUAAGAUGACAGAUCCAAGGUGCUGGAUGAACUUUUGAAACUGCCCAUGGUAGCACCCUAGAAUUAUUCUGAUCUUAAGGGUAUUUUGGCCUUGGAUCAUGUGCACACACAAACUGGCUUACAGGAAUCCUGAUGGAACCUUGGCUGUUUAAAGGCUUACUCUACACACCAAAACAAUCUUAAAGAGACACUGUCGGUACUGUAACUUUUUCAUCUCAUUGCCAUGGCUAUAGUGUCUGAAAAGGAAGUUCCCAGCAUCCCAGUCUAUCACAUGAUGUAUCCCUGGAAAGCCCAAGAUGUCAUCUUUACAAUACAGCAGGGAUUGAUAGAGUAGCUAAAAGAAUAAAAGGAGAUGCAUGGGAACGAUAUGUCCAGUACAGAGGACACAAGUUAAUGGGCUUGGUCUCAGGAGGAUAACACUUUGUUUAUGUGGUCCUGGUCAUAAACACACUCUGACACACACAGCCUCCCUACAUACUUCCUGAAAAAUAAAAUCUAAAACUGUGCUAUAAAGAAAUCUAAAAUCUUUAAAAUAUAUCUCCUGCUCUGCUUAGAGCCUGGUAGAUUAUGCAGGACCCUUCUGUGUCAUUAAAAUUCAAAUGGGGACCAGGAGAUAAGAAUUUCUCUCCAAGUUUCACUACUUCCCACUUCCCUUUCAAGGCAAGACCCUUUUUCAUAAUGGUUAAUGGGUUUUUGGUUCUCUUCUAACUCUGCAUCCCAGUCUUUUAGCACAGCAAGGCCUGUUGGAAGAAAAUUUAAGCAGAUCAAGUUGCUACCAGUAUGAAGUCCGUAUCGGUGACAGUGUUAUUCCUUCAGGAAUCACUUGUGGGCAUUUGUUUAAUUAGAUGACAGCCUGACCAAUAUAUGAGCUCAGGGGACUCGAGUGUCUCAGGAGGCAAGGCUUCCAAUCAGUGUUCUCAAGAUCAGAAAUAUUUAUCUGGCUCAUCCAGAACACCUACAGGAGCCAUAUAUCCUCUGAAUUUCCCACAAGAUCUUGAAGAUGGAUGAUGCUGUCAGUAAUGCACAUAACGAUGUAGACAUUUGUGAAGUGGACUGCCUCUUUUGCCAGGUCUUUCACCUAGAGGAGUGGAGUUUCCAUCUUGGACUCUUCUCUCGGCUUGGUCAGCUUCCACUUGAUCUGCUUGUUUCCUGUGAUCCUUUUAUUUUACCUCAAGGGAUGGUCAGGACAUCCUGGAAUCAGCCCUGGUACUGAUAGCUCCUGCAUUGGUGUGCAGUACCUUAUGCGAUUGAUAGAUAUCCAUGACUGAACUGCUUACACUUCCUCUAAGUCAGGGACUUAUUCUCUACUCCUAUUUUUAUUCUUUUUAAUUAUUAUUAUAAUUAAGCACUUUUACACUGACCUUUUUACAUGAUUUUAAGUACUGUUAUUUCAGAAUGGAUAAUUGCUUGUUCAAGUGAAAAGGACGCCCAGUCAUGCUAUUAUGACCAAUGGCUCUAUGGAACACACAUUUGAUCCCUUCUGCCUCUUAUUAAACCUGUAAAUCAAAACCAGAUAGAGGAUAAUGUGGGAAUUAAAAACUUCUAGGUACUAACAUCACAAAUAUUUAGAUCAAGCUUAUAAGAUCAAGCUUGUAGCCCAAUUGCAUGCAUUAUACAUUAGUAACGCAUACGUUAAAAAAAAAAACAAUUUGUGUACCUUGCAUUUUAUUUAAAUGUUCUCUUAUAUUUUAUAAGCCAUUUUCACUGUCUUAAUAAGGUUUUGAAAACAAUUAGUGUAUCUUUCAGAGGAGUAAACUUGAUUAAAUAAUUAUUCCAAUAAUGACUAGUAAUGGAGUACGAAGGGUUAUCUCAAAGCUAAUCCGUAAGUAAUGGAAUUGGUAUAUCUCAGAUUUUUCUCUUUGCCAUUCCCAGUGUACAGAGGAGAGAGACAAGCAGUUAUGGGAAAUGGGGGUUUGCCACUAGAGGCCAAAGAAGAAAACGAGACCUUAUCUCAAGCAAUUAAUCAAGAAACUCAUAUAUUGCGGGACAAUUAUCCAAAGCUAAUUUUAAAAUAGCUUUAGUGCCCCGGGUCCUGAGAUACUUUUCCAGAAUUUUUUGAAGGUCAUUGAGAGCAGUGGGGUAGGUCCUGCAUGGAAAAUAAGGCAUCUCUGCAAGUGGCAAACAUUGAUGCAUUAUCACCUAUUUGUUUUCAGUGGAAUGCAGCACGAGUUACAAUUGCUGACAAAAUAUUAGUCUCAUUAGCAGCUAAAUCCAUUUAUUUCUUUUAAAGAACACAGAGAGAGAUUUGGUGCGUGUAACUAAGAUUAACCUCAGAUCCUGUUUACUUAUUGUGAAUUAUUCUAAUACGAUUAAGUCUACAUGUUAUAAAAAGCAAGUUCAUUUUAUUUUUUUUUAUUCCCAAAAUUUGUGUUAAGGUCGUGCAUGGAAAGGUAUGUUUAGUUUUAUAUGCAAACGUGUGUGUGUGUAUAUAUAUAUAUGUAUAUAUAUGUAUAUAUAUAUAUGUAUAUAUAUAUAUGUAUAUAUAUAUAUGUAUAUAUAUAUGUAUAUGUAUAUGUAUAUAUAUAUAUGUGUAUAUAUAUAUGUAUAUAUGUAUAUAUAUAUAUGUGUAUAUAUAUAUGUAUAUAUGUAUAUAUAUAUAUAUGUGUAUAUAUAUGUGUAUAUAUAUAUGUAUAUAUGUAUAUAUGUAUAUAUGUAUAUAUGUAUAUAUGUAUAUAUGUAUAUAUAUAUGUAUAUAUGUAUAUAUAUAUGUAUAUAUGUAUAUGUAUAUGUAUAUAUGUAUAUAUGUAUAUAUGUAUAUAUGUAUAUGUAUAUAUAUAUAUGUAUAUAUAUAUAUGUAUAUAUAUAUAUGUAUAUAUAUAUAUGUAUAUAUGUAUAUGUAUAUAUGUAUAUAUGUAUAUGUAUAUAUGUGUAUAUGUAUAUAUGUGUAUGUAUAUAUGUGUAUAUGUAUAUAUGUGUAUGUAUAUAUGUGUAUAUAUGUAUAUGUAUAUAUAUAUGUAUAUAUGUGUAUGUAUAUAUGUGUAUAUAUGUAUAUAUAUGUGUAUAUAUGUAUAUAUAUAUGUAUAUAUGUGUAUGUAUAUAUGUGUAUAUAUGUAUAUAUAUAUGUAUGUAUAUAUGUAUAUGUAUAUAUGUGUAUAUAUGUAUGUAUAUGUAUGUAUAUGUAUAUAUGUAUAUAUAUAUAAUAUUAUAGAGAGAGAUAUAUCCCAUGCACUCACUAAUCACCAACUUUUUUUUUAUUUUUAUUUUUAAUUUUUUAUGGUACUUAUUUGCCCUUAUUUCAUCAGUGAUAGUUUGCAUUAUAUGGCUUAAGGAGUCUAAACUAUCAUUUAAGGCUUGACGACAAGUUACAAUGCUUUUGCUUUCAAAAAUUGGUGGUUUAUCAGCUUUUUACUAAUUUAGAUUUGUUUUAGGCUCAAGUUUCCAAAUGAGAUGCUCUGACAAUCAGUGCUCAAUUUAUUGUACAAUAUAAUGUUACAUGUGUAAAUAGUACUUGUGAUCUGGCCGCACAUUUGAUCACAUUUUCCUAUUGAUCUGUGCUGCAUUACUUUGUUUAUUUUUUUGCAACUUUCCCAACCUUCACUGUGAUUUUGAAGGGGAAAAUGCACUUAUUGCCAAGACAACCACUAAAAAAAAUCUCAUGUGGUGUGUGCAUACACCACAUGUGCACCAGGGCUGUAUUUACCACAAGGCAUUUGCCUAGGGAGGCACUGCCACCCAAGGCUCCUAGGCAAAUGCCUUGUUUGCCUCGUGUCCUGGGGCUGUCCUCCUUAGGUCCCCAUCACCCCCUCGGUGUUAAACUACUAAUAUUAUAACCGGGCAGCAAGGUAGCGCUGUCCUCCGCGCUUCUUGCUCUCUCACGCUCUGUGUGUCUGUGAGUAAAUGUAGUUGUCUGUGUGUGUCUGUCAGUGUGUCAAGUCAGUGAGGAGGGUGUGUCUGUCAGUGAAAGUGUGUAUUGGUUAAACAGUGUGUGCGCCUAUGACUGUAUGUGUGUGCCAAUAACUGUGUAUCUUUCAUUGAGUGUACGUCAGUACAUGUAUCAAUGAGGGCUCACUGUGUCUGUCGGUCAAAAAAAACUGGCCUUGACACGAAUUGGGGGGGCAAAUCUAGAUUUGGGGGAUGUCCGAAUUUAGUUGUGCCUAGGGCAGCACAAAUCCAAAAUACACCACUGAUGUGCACUUAGGUCUCACCUACUUUUUGAUAGCUGUUUGCUUUCUCAGUAGUUUUAUUUUAAAGGGACACUAUAUUCACCAGAACAACUACAGCUUAUUGAAUUUGUUCUGGUGAGUAGAAUCAUUACCUUCUGGCUUUUUGCUGUAAACAGUCUUUUCAGAGAAAAUGCAGUGUUUACAUUACAGCCUAGGGAUAACUUCAUUGGCCACUCCUUAGAUGGCUGUUAGAGAUCCUUCCUGGGUCAUUGCUGCCUAAAAUGCAUCCAAACAUUCAGUAUCUUCACCCUCUGCAUGCAGACACUGAACUUUCCUCAUAGAGAUUCAUUGAUUCAAUUCAUCUCUAUGAGGAGAUGCUGAUUGGUCAGGGCUGUGUUUGAAUUGUGCUGGAUCUGCCUCUUUGUCAGUCUCAGCCAAUCCUGUGGGGAAGCAUUGUGAUUGGAUCAGGCUACCACUUCUGAUGAUGUCAGCAGGCAGUGGGCUGGUCUGAAGGAAACGGUGACAAAGCUCCAGACUUGAAUACAAGUAAGAUUUUACUAUAUUUAGGGAGGAUGCAUGAGGGGGGCUAGAUGGUGGUUUUAACCUUAUAUGGUCAGGAAUACAUGUUUGUGUUCCUGACCCUAUAGUGCUCCUUUAAUGAAGCAGUUUGGAUGUGUAGAUCAUGCCCCUGAGUCUCACUGCUUAAAGGACCACUAUAUGCACCCAGACCACUUCAGCUUAAUGAAGUGGUCUGGGUGCCAGGUCCAGCUAGGUUUAACCCUUUUUUUCUAUAAACUUAGUUUCAGGGAAACUGCUAUGUUUACCUAUGAGUUAAUCCAGCCUCUAGUGGCUGUCUCAUUGACAGGCGCUUCUGCGCUUUUCACUGUGAUUUUCAGUGAGAAGACGCCAGCGUCCAUAGGAAAGCAUUGUGAAUGCUUUCCUAUGGACUGUCUAAAUAUGCACGUGCGGCUCCUGCCACGCAUUCAGCCGAGGAGGAGGAGAGUCCCCCGCCCGGCGCUGGAGAAAGAGGUAAGUUUAACCCCUUCAACCCCAUAGAGCACGGCGGGAGGGGGACCCUGAGGGUGGGGGCACCCUCAGGGCACUAUAGUGGUCCUUUAAUUCUCUGCCAUUCAGAAAUUAAAUCACCUUUGUUCCUGUUUCUGUAGCCCUCGCCCCACCUGCCAGCCUGCAUAGGGGGGAAAGGUUUCAUUUUCAAUCGGAUGUUAACUUUUGAAGUUUUUAUCUCUUGAUCUGUGAAUUGAAUUUUAAGUAAGUCUGCAGGGGCAUAAUCUAUACACCAAAACUGUUUCAUUAAGUUAAGCUUGUUUUGGUGACUAUAAACUGAGCAAGAGAAAUGUCUGUAGUAACAAAAUACAAUUGGUCUAAAUGGUAAAAGCAAAGAUUCAAUCCUCUUGAUUUAUUGGGAGACCACAUAAAUGUUAUAUUGAAUAUGGGCAGUAUUUGGGAAUGAAAGGACUUUUUGACUCACUUACAUACAAAAGUCAAUUUGAAAGCAAUUGCUAGUUCAGCUAAAAAAAAAAAAAACUCAUGUCAUGGUUUCUGCAGACAGCUGGUAUUUGCCAUAAACCCUGGAUUUCAGAAACAUAUUUUAUUUAGGGUUUUUUUUGUUUUUUUUUUUUAAAGUGUGCAGUGUCCAGUGCCCUAAACUUUUUGCCUUUUUUUUUUUUUCUUAUUUGUCUCUGGAUUGCAUGCAUGUUGCAUUUUAUGCAUGUAUGUCCUAAUGGAGUUAUUGUGCAUUUCAGUUUUAUUAAAAUCCCCCAUUUAAAAAAAAUAAAUAAAAACGUGCUUUUGCUGUUUGAUUCUGUAAAGCGUGACUGUGAUUACAAAUUGUUAUGAUUAAUGAUUCUAAUUUAUUGUAUCUGACAUCCAGUAAAAAUAGGUGGGUAUGUCCUUAUCAUAACUCAAAUCUUAUAUCAUAAAUAACCAAUGAGAUGCACUUUUAAUACUCAUGUGGUGUCAGCAAUAAGGCUCUGUAAACACACUGGGUUGGAAUGUAGCUCUAAAGUCAUACUGUUAUCUGGGGCUGCUGCAGUUACGUGAUACACUAAUAUUACCAUAUAGAUUAGUCCAUUUAUAAUACAACUUGUCAUUUCUUAUUUUGCUUCUGUGUGUGUAUAUAGCAUUUUAUCAAUAUGUCUCUGGAGAUAUUUGCUGUGUGUGUGUGUGUGUAUAUAUAUGUGUGUGUGUAUAGUAUUUAUUUUAAUGUUAUCCUUUGUAGUUAGUACAAUUUAUGUUGUAAUUACAUAUUAAAAUUAAUAAUUUGAAGAAAAUUGGUUAGUACAUUUUUUCUUUUGUAUUACAGAGGAAGAAGAGGAACAAGUGCCCACAGAUGGCGGGACCUCCGCGGAAGCCAUGCAAGUACCACUGGAAGAAGAAGAAGAAGAGAUGGAAGAUGAUGAAACUGUAAACGAUGAAAACUAUUUAAGUAAAAGACCAUUAAGUAGUCCAGAGAACAUGGAAAUGCCUUUUGCAAAACGCCCACGGUUGGCAAAUAUUAAAGGAGAUGUUUUAGAUGGUAAUCUGGAACCACGAGAGCCACUUAGUUCAAUAAACACGCAGAAAGUCCCCCCUAUUUCACCUACUCCUAUACAGGACAAUGUAGAUCUGGCUGACUCUUCAGAACCACUAACCUUGCCUCCAGUUUCAAAAUCUCAGCCUGCUCCUUCAAAACCAUUAGAAUCCAAAGCAUUGAACUCCAAAUCAAAAUCAAAAGGUGGCUCACCAGGGCAGAAAACUAAAUCGCCCAAAUCUACUCCAGUGGCUGCCGUGCUCGGUAGCCCCAUGCGGUCACCUAAAAGUGGCCCAAAAGAGAAGAAAUCUCCUGGACGUGCCAAGAGUCCUAAGAGUCCCAAGAGCCCCAAAGGUCCUGCAGCUGUACCUGUUAAGGCAGAAACACCAGUCCGGACGCCUCUAGCUGCAUUGAGUGAAAAGAUUGGAAAGGAGAAUAUACAGAUAAAACAGACUUUAGCCCCACUUGACACUGAGAAAUUGAACCCUGAGACUCCAUCAAAAAAACCUUCAGUGACUGAUAAUACUAUUGAAGACUCAAUUGACGCUGUAAUUGCUCGUGCCUGUGCAGAGCAAGAACUUGACCCAUUUGAGUUUUCCUCUGGUUCAGAGUCAGAAGAUGAAGUUUUUACAAGUCCAAAAAGACUUACAAUAUCAGAGCCUACCACUCCUAAGGUUUCAUCUUCUAGCAACAGCCUUGCAAAGCCUGGAAGUAAUCCAGCACCUCCUUCUGGUGGUACAUCAAGUUCUGAUAUUUCAUGGACAAUGGAUGACUCUAUAAAUGAGGUAAUUAGAAAAGUUAACCAAGAAACACCAUCAAAUAUACCUGGCAAUCCUCAAUGCUUCUCUUCUCCUUCUGCCUCACCACCUACUCCAGAACCCCUUCUAAAACUCUUUGAGGACAAAGCAAAACUAGCUUCUCCAGUGGAAGUGAAGAAAAAGGCAAAGAAGGAAGUGAAGGCUAAGAUGAAAAAAAAGGACAAAGAAAAGAUCAAAGAGAAAGACAAGGACAAAGAAAGGACUAAGGACAAAAAUAAGGAGAAAAACAAAGAGAAGGAAAAAGAUAAAGAUGGGGGCAAAGAGUCAAAAAGUUUGUGGAAGGACGCAAUCCGGGAUGAUGAGACAGAGAUGCAAAGAUUUAAGCUCAAAGAUUUUAAUGAUCCAGAGGUAAAAUCGAAACAGAAAGAAAAUUCUGGAAAGAAAGACAAAGAGAAGCAUAAAGAUAAAAAGAAAGAUAAGGGUAAGAAGGACAAGGAAAAGAAAGACAAAGGAAAGGAUAAGAAUAAGGAAGACAAGCUGAAAACGUCUGCUCCUAUUUUGUUAACGCCUAAGGAAAUUGCACUACCCACAAUUAGCACCCCCAGCUCAGUCAGACUGCCAUCUUUACUUUCUACCAUGUCACCGCUUCUCCCUGAAAAACUAUUCGAGGAUAAAGAGAAACCUAAGGAGAAGGACAAGAAAAAGGAAAAGAAGGAGAAGAAGAAGAAAAAAGAUAAAGAGAAGGCAAAGGAGAAGGAUAAAAAAGAAAAGGACAAGAAGGAGAAGGACAAAGACAAGCAUAAGCAUGAGAAAGUAAGUUUUCUAAUUUUCAUUAUUUGUUUUCUUAUUUAAUAUUUAUGGUAUAAAAGCUUCCCUUAAACCUUUUGAGGUGCAAGCAAUACAUUGUAACAAGCCACUUUUGGUACUCCGCAGAUUAAAAUAUAUCUAUUUGUACAAUGUAAGUACUGUCUGAGAAAUUCAACUCUUGGUUGUUUUUUUUUGGUUUUUUUAAUGUAGUUAUGGUCUUAUUUUUGGGGGGGCGGGGGAGAGCGCAAACUGCAAUGCAAUAAUAACGGUUUAAAUUGACAGGACUGCUCAGUAGCCAUCAAAAAGCCCAUGUCAAAAAGAUAAAUUGCAAAGCUCACAUGCACCAAAGAAUCCCUGUAUUGAAUUAAAUUGUAAAGCUGAUGAGCGUCUCCUAAAUCUUUCUCCAGCAAGAUUGUAAACCCAUUCCUCGUUAUAUUGUCCUUCUGCUAUUAGAAUGUGGAGUACUCUAGUAGGUUGCAUAGUUGUCUCAUAGCCAGAUGGAUGCAUUGCUAAAAUGGCUUGAUUUUAGUGUAUUUUGAAUUUUAAAAAUAUGUAAAAAAAAAAAAAAAAUUAAAAAGGGACUUUAUCAGUUUGUGCAUUUAGACUAUAUUUUUAGCUAGUUUAAAAAAAAAAAAAAAAAGUUGUGACCAUUAUGACUUUACCUCUAUAGCAACUCCAGAAGCUUAUAUACCCAAAUUGACCCAAGUUUUCUAUAUAUCAUUUUUUGUCCAAACUCCUUGUAGUGAGAUUUUGCCCUGCAAAACCUUUUAGCACGAAGGUUCUAGCCUGUGACAAAUAAAAUGAUAGUAGAAUGGAACUGUGAUUAAAUCUUAAUGAAACUGGAGAUAUCGCAUUAACAGAGCAGCAGUGCUAAUGAAAAUGUAAAUUAGAUUAUUUUGUAGAAAUAAUUUUUAAGCCCUUACAGAAAACCUAACAUAAUGCACAUGAGCUUUGAGAUUGUGUUCAGCAAUGCACUGCUAUAUUCAACCAGAAGUAAAAAUAAAUAAGUUGUACUCACAUUUGCCUGAGCAGAUAGCCCGCUCACUGUAAUCAGCAUAGGUGGUAUAAUCCCCACCUGGGAUACUUGGUGAGGUCCUCUCUGGAAAGAUAAAAACUGGAUGUCGGGUAACAAAAGGGGAAAAAGGUAUAUGGCACAAAUAUUGGUAGUAAACAUGACCAAAGGCUUAUUUAAACAAAAAAAGUAAUAAAAUAGAUUCAUAACGCGUUUCACCCACAAUGGGCUUUUUCAAGUGGUAAUCAAGCAAAUAAGGUAUUUGCUUAAUUACCACUUGAAAAGGCACAUUGUGGGUGAAACGCGCUGUGGACCUAUUUUAUUACGUUUUUUGUUUAAAUAAAGGUUUUGGCCAUUUUUACUACCAAUAUUUGUAAUAUAUACCUUUUUUCCCUUUUGUUGCCCCUGUUGCACAUUUUUGUAUUUUUUUCAAAUGAUUCUCAUGUAAUCUGGCAUAAUAAUUCAAAGUCUAGCCAGAAUACAGUUGUAAAUGAUUUAGCAGUUUAAUUGUAUGCACAAAUACUGUAUUUUAAUUUACUUGGUGACUUGUAUGUUAUGUCCUAGGACACUUAAGCUUUUAGGCUUUUUUUUUUUUUAUAUAUCACUUUAAGCAUUCUUUUGUGUUUUAAGAGGAAUUGUUACAAAUUGGAAAGUGCUUCAAACUGUUUUUUAUUUUUUGUUUCAUCUCCGCAUCAACAGCAAAAACAGAUGUGAUGCUGAAUUUUGAUGGACCUAUGUCUCUCUUCAGCCUGUGCAACUGUCACUUUUUUCUGUGAACUGCUAAAUUAAACAAAACAUUACAAAUUACCUGUUCAUUUUUUUCAUGUGGGUCAUUUUUCUUUAACUCUCACCUCCAAGUUUCUCCUAUUGUUUCCUCUUUUCUUCCUCUUCCAGAAUCUGUUCUUUUCUUCAUUUCUGAUGUUUCUCUUUGAAUCUGAUGUUUCUGAUGUUUAAGAUAGAGCAGGCACUUCUUUGCUAAGAUUGUCAAACGUAGGAAAAAUACAUAAGACAAAGGGGUGGAGCUUAAUACAAGUGCCAUUAUAUUUAGAAGGGAAGUGGGACCUUGCUUUGAGCUCCACUCUGUCUUAUGUAUUUUUCCUAUGAUUGACAAUCUUGAUAAAAGUAGUCCAAGGAAAAAUAAACAGGUCAGAAAUGAAGGAAAAAUAAAACGGAUUCUGAAUGCGGAAGAGUAGAGGAAACAAUAGGAGAAAGGAAAGUUUUGAGGUGACUGAGCCACUUUAAAGAUUUAGCAUUUGACAUCACAAUCCAAUUCAGCCCAGGCAUAGCAGCUGGAGAAACCUAAAUAUUAUAUUUAUUCACCUCAACAUAUUGUGUUCAUUGCUAUAAGCUCUUCACUUUUCUGUCAUUGAUGAACAGAGAGCCAAGUUAGUGGUACUCUCUAUUACUUUCAGGAUUUCGCUAUUUAUUUAUUUUUAUAUCAGGCAUCACAUUCAAUUUGUUAAACAUAGGAUAUAACUAAAAAAUAAUAAAAUAAAAAAAUAAAAAAAUCCUGGGAAGUGAUUUCUCUCUUCUAGAAGAGAAAUAUAGAUACAAAAUAAUGUCCGUCUGGCUGCUGUUCAGCAGACUGAGCAAAGAUUAUAUUGUAUAUUUUUGUCAAAAGUCCAGAGAAUGCAAUCUUCGCUUGACCUAAUAGUGCCUGAACACUUUAUGACAAAGUUAGCAUAUUUUCCAGUUGCGUUAAAACCUGUCAAGAUAUAAAACCUCUAAUAAAUAAUUUAUUUUAUAUUUUUGCAAUAGUUUAUCUUUAAAGUCUGGCCUGGCUUGAGAGUAAUUCAGGGCUGACAUUUUAAACCACCUUAUCUGAUCUAUACAUUUUUUUUAUUAUUUUUUUAUUUAGCAGGUUAAAACAGAGCUAUCCAUUCCUGCGUCUGCACCGGUAAUCCCUAGGCUGACGCUGAGGGUGGGUGCAGGUCAAGAUACGAUGUAAGUACUGAACCGUUGCUGCCCUUAUGUCCAAUCACCUACUCUGUUUAAAAUGUAUUCCUUGUUAGGAGUUUUUGGAUUACUGUUUAAAAUGUGUUACGUGCCUGAUCAUUAAUAAAAUUAAAUGUGCAGGAUUGUAAGAAAAACCUUUAUACACAUUAACAAAAGGUGCUUAAUGCAGUUAUCAAAUGUUGUUGUUUUUUUCCCAAAAUUAUUGCUAUUUUAUAGUUGAAUUAAAUAAAUGUGUUUAUUAAUUUUUAAAAUAUUUAAAACUAAAUUACAGGCCUUGCGCGGGAGGUUAUUGUGCAUGUGUGGCAAAACGCCAUGCUGCGUCAAUCAGUAUUACAGGUUUUGUGUGUGGGGGGGGGGGGUGAAACAGGGCACAAAAUUCUUACUUUUUUUUUAGCCAGCCCUAAAACUUACUUGCAAACUUCGCCCUACUUCUUGACUUCAAGGAAAGAACAGGGCUGCAGCACACACAGCCACCAUGAUUUCAAAUGACUUGUAUAGUGUCCAACAAUUACUAAUGUGUGAGUAUUUGCUAGUAUUUGGAGGAUAAUUUGGGAAACGCCUGUUGACAGCAUUUUUAUAUUAAUUACACUAUGUUGAUUACAUAGCAGGAAACUGUAAACCUCUAAAUGGCAAUAACAUUUCAGCUGAUUUGCUAACCAUGUGACUGUUACAAUGUACAGAUAAUAGUGUUAAUGACUUUUAAAUCAUGUACAGUGGUACCUCGGUUUACGAAUGUAAUGCAUUCUCCGGGACAAAAUAAGCUGGCAUGGAAACCAACACACAAUGUAGAACCCUACCUUUCCACCACUUGAGAAAUGCACCAAAAAAGCUUCAAAAAGUCCCAAAACCGCUUGAAGAAAAAUCCAGAAUGAUUCAAAAACCGCUUCAGCAUCUCCAGACUCGGCGCUCCGUGCUACCCACAGACUCCUGCAUGCACGGGGGCAGCGCUGUAAACCUCCCAGGCAUAAUGCAUCCUGGGGAAAAAAUUUUAUAAACUGAGGCAUUAUUUUAAUUUGUAAACCGAAAAUUGUUAACUUAGGCAUUUGUAAACAGAGGUACCACAGUACUAGAUAAUAUUGAUAUACAGGGACUUAAAUAUUUUAUCUGUGAUUAAUGCCUUUUUAUAUGUUCCACACUUUUAAAUGGAUGAAGAGAGGAUCUAAAACCACUUAACUGUUUCUUUAUAAGGGAAGGGGGGGCACAGUACUCCUGGCACCAUAACCACUGUAGCAUGUUGUAGUGGUUAGCAUUUGGAGUGUUCCUUUAAGGCAAACCAUUAUUAACAUGGUGUUUCAUUCUCUCCCAUUACCUCUUCAGUCCUCUAUUUUUACUUUUAUUUCCCCAACUGCCUUUGUAUGUAGCUGUCUCUUCUAUUUGUCUUCUAAAGUUUAAAGGAACACUAUAGGGUCAGUAACACAAACAUGUAUUCCUGACCCUUUAUUGUUAAAAACACUAUCUGGCCCACCCUUAACCCCUAAAUAUAGUAAAAAUCUUACCUUGGUUCCAGACUGCUGCAUCUGGUUCUGCUCCUGAGCUGCCUGCUUGGCUGUCCUGAUCAGAAGUGUUUAUCAACGCCCAAUCACAAUGCUUUAUUAUAGGAAAGCAUUGAAUUGGCUGAGCAUGUCAAGGAAGCAGAUCAGGGUCAGAUCCAGCACAAGUCAAACACAGCCCUGGCCAAUCAGCAUCUCGUCAUAGAGAUGCAUUGAAUCAAUGAAUCUCUAUGAGGAAAGUUGAAUGUCUCGAUGGAGACACUGAAUGGCAGUACUGUGCAGGACUGCCCCAGGAAGCACCUCUAGUAACCAUCUGAGGAGUGGCUAGUGAAGGCAUCCCUAGGCUGUAAAAUAAACACUGCCUUUUCUCGAAAACAGUGUUUACUGAAAAAAGCCUGAAGGCACUGGUUAUACUCACCAGAACAAAUACACAUAAACUGUAGUUGUUCUGGUGACUAUAGUGUCCCUUACAGCAUACCUGCCAACAAUAUUACCAUCAUGCUCUCUUUUAAAAUCAGAUGUGCAAUCACAGAAGCAGUGUGGGAUAACGCUUGUGCUGAAUGCUCUGGCUUGCAGUGGAUAUAUUUUACUAAACCGCACUCUAUGAAGCAGAGCAGGGAGAUUACUGAAGCCUCACUGGACCCGAGGGAAAGCCAAACCACUCCAGCUCCAGGUAGGGAGGCUGGGUGGUCAUCUUAACCCCUUAAGGACACAUGACGUGUGACAUGUCAUGAUUCCCUCUUAUUCCAGAAGUUUGGUCCUUAAGGAGUUAAUGUGUGUUAUUGCAAUGAUUGUGUGUGUUUAGGUGACCAGUCACCCUCCAAUCAUAUGGGUAAGGGGUUUUUACUCACCUUCCCCCUGCCCCCCCCCCCCAUGCUGUGCUGGUCCGCCGCAGCUGGCCCUGCCUUCAUGACUGCGAUCAUCAUUCUUGAUGAUCUCAGCCAAUCCAAUGCUUUCCUAUAGGAAAGCAUUGGGAGGUUAUUGCGCGUGUGUGGCAAAACGCCAUGCUGCGUCAAUCAGCAUCUCCUCAUAGAGAUGAAUUGAACUAAUGCAUCUCUAUGGGGAACAUUCAGCGCCUCACUGCGUACUGUGCAACACUGACCCAGGAUGCACUCGAGGCAAUCUGAGUGACUUUUACUAGAAGCGUUACUAGUCAACAAUUUAAAUACUGCCUUUUUCUCUGAAAAGGCAGGGUUUACUUUGAAAAGUGUGGAGGGACAGCUUAUAGUCACGGGAACAACUACAUUAAGCUUUUGACAUUGAAAAACCUGGCUCCUAGAUUCUAAGCAAAUUUGUCAAGCCCUGACUUAUAAUGCAACUAGUUUUUAACCCCGGGUUUACUCAUACUUAAUGAAAUUGUUUCUCAUACUCACCAUGCAACCAAGGAAGCACUGAAUACUGUGGGGUGCUUAAAAUGUUCAUUUCUGCUUAUAGAUCUCAAUUUCUUCCAAAUUCCUGAGAGCUUGAUAAUGCUGUGCUUUGGAGUUUCUGCUUCCAAUACAAUGUAGAUAUUUUAGUAAUGUAACAUCAGUAGUUGCAUGAGUAACCAUCUAUUUUUGGCUGAACUGUUGUAAUUGUUUUUGGUGGGUUUGUAUUCCCUAUUUAUAUACAAAUAAAGGUCUCUGACAUAAUCUAAUCUGAUUAAAAUUAAACCCCUUCUAUGUACUUUGAGAUUAGCUGCAGGCUAACCAAUUCCAUGGCUGCCAAAUAAGUAUAGCUGAGAAAUAUACUGAAUUCAAUUUUAAUGCAAUUAGACCUCAUUUGGUUGCUUAAAUAAAUAAAAGGUCAGUCUGCCAAUUAAGCUUAUCUCUGGCCACAGCUUCCAUAAAUUGUAUUUUAAUGUUUUUUAGGAGAUCUUAUCAAUAAUGGGCAAGGUGGUGGUAGUUCAUUUGGUUUUAAAAUAUUUAAGACUAGUGGGUAAUAUAUGAGUUGAACUGUGCAUUAAAGCAUUUUCUCUGAAAUGUUAUCAAGCCACUGAUCACUAAUUUUCUAAAUGCAAGUAGGUGCUUAAGAUAUAGCAUCUACUGUUCAGUGUUGUGCCAAAUGGUGUCUGUGACACCUCUGGUAAAUUAUUAGCAUGUUGAUUAAUACAUCUAUCUAUUGCAAUUUGUUUUGGGUUUUUUUGGGGGGGGGGGCUCUCUAACUAGAGUACUGCUUUAAUUAUGGUCUGUCCUGCACAUCAUUACUGGAUUUCUAUAAAAUACAGGUCUUUUACAGCAGUGACCAGCAAGAACCAUACGUUUACAUCUGACCAGUCACAGUAUACUUGAAUAUUUGAUCAAACAGAAUAUUUGAUAGAGUCCUAACCUCAACAUAUGGGGAAAGGGACUUAGGGGUGAUUAUUUCUGAUGACUUAAAGGUAGGCAGACAAUGUAAUAGAGCAGCAGGAAAUGCUAGCAGAAUGCUUGGUUGUAUAGGGAGAGGUAUUAGCAGUAGAAAGAGGGAAGUGCUCAUGCCAUUGUACAGAACACUGGUGAGACCUCACUUGGAGUAUUGUACACAGUACUGCAGACCGUAUCUUCAGAAGGAUAUUGAUACCUUAGUGAGGGUUCAGAGAAGGGCUACUAAACUGGUUCAUGGAUUGCGGGAUAAAACUUACCAGGAAAGGUUAAAGGAUCUUAACAUGUAUAGCUUGGAGGAAAGACGAGACAGGGGGGAUAUGAUAGAAACAUUUAAAUACAUAAAGGGAAUCAACACAGUAAAGGAGGAGACUAUAUUUAAAAGAAGAAAAACUACCACAUAAGAGGACAUAGUCUUAAAUUAGAGGGACAAAGGUUUAAAAAUAAUAUCAGGAAGUAUUACUUUACUGAGAGGGUAGUGGAUACAUGGAAUAGCCUUCCAGCUGAAGUGGUAGAGGUUUACACAGUAAAGGAGUUUAAGCAUGCAUGGGAUAGGCAUAAGGCUAUCCUAACUAUAAGAUAAGGCCAGGGACAAAUCAAAGUAUUUAGAAAAUUGGACAGACUAGAUGGGCCGAAUGGUUCUUAUCUGCCGUCACAUUGUGUAUACCAUUUUAUAUGAAUUGUUAGUUACUUUAAACGAACACCCCAAUACUAUGCUGUAGUGGUUAUGGAUCCCAGAGUGCCAAGUAGUGAAACUGUUUCAGAACAAUUUUACCUGGAGUCUGCCAGGUUCUGCUUCCCCAUCUCCAUUACAAACUACAGAGCGGCGAAGCACUUAGCUCAUUGGUUGAGAGCGAUCAGAUGGUACUCUUAGCCAAUGAGCCAGCAUUGCACCAAGUGCUUAGCUUGGGAGGGCUAACGUAAGUUCCUAAGCAGACUCUCUCUGGGUAAGUGGAUGCAGGCCGCGGCACCAGUGGACACCACUUUAGAAGACACAUAGUUCUAAAACAGUUUGACUGCUUAUAAUGUGGGACACCAGGGUACUCCUGGCACUAUAACAACUACAGCGUGUUCCUGUCCUCUAUUGUUUGCUUUUAUAUCUCCAAAUGCAUGUGCAUAAUAAAGCUGUCUCAAAUAAUUUUAUUUAGAUUUUAAGGGAAAAAAUUUUUUUACAUUUUUAAUUCUGCAAAGUAACUAUCUGCUGUCUUCGAAACUUGCACCCAUAAUGUACAGGCAGUUACUGAGAAUAUUGUUCAGUGUGAAUGAAAUGCCAUGUUAGAAUGACAUGCUCCUAGGUUUCCAUUAUCCCUAUUAAAGUCUAAUAGCUGCCACCUUAAUGUCUGCAUGUGCAGAGAGAAUAAUAGGGAUCAUUUAAGGGCCCCUGUAUGGGCAUAUCCAAACUGUGUUUACCCUUAACCUUGGCUUUCUACGUGUAGCGGAGUUGGAAUGGGUGGCUCUUUAUUGACUUGUCAAACUGUGGGUUUGCAUUUCAGGCCAAACCUCUCAUGACCUGAUCCAUUUAUUUCUCUGUUUUAUGGUGGGGAAACAGGUAAAGGAAUCCUACUUAAAAUCCCUCCUUCCGCACGUUUUUAUGAAUAAACCCAGUGUCUGCAGCAGUUAAGGCAGCGUGACCAAAUUCUCCAGAAAACGUAAUGCUAGCAGUAGGAGUCUAUUGUCUGGCACAGCUGUGGGCGGUGUUGGUUACUCUGCUAAAGAUUGCUCAUUCAACGAGGGCCUAUGAAGGAGAACACGCAGUGGAAUUAAAUAAGAAGGAGAAAAAAAUGAUACUGUGCAGUGGAAAAAUGGGGAAGAGUAAACCACUGUUUGGAAGACUUAAACAAUAGAGAACUGGCAGUGAUAGUAUGUGUGUAUUGCUGUGCUAAUGAGCCUCCAAAUUAUUUUACAAUGUUAAAUUUAGUGCCCUAUUUCUGAGGUAUGAAAAAUUGUUGGCCGUAUUAGUCAGACUAGUAAAUAUGGGAAAACAAAUGUUAGCCUUGCUAUAAAUGCUACAGAAAUUAGUUUUUAACACUAUAGGCAGUGGCGGGGGAGGAUGUAUGCAGUAAAUCUAUGUAUUUUCAAUUUCCAGAUUGAUUAGGAUUCAUUAAGCUAUCUUAUACUUUGAAUUAAAAAGUGCAAUGAGAAUCCGCCUGCAGCAGAGUGCAUUGAAUCAAAAUGUUCAAUAGUUUGAGAUCUGUGUGAGUUGUUCUUGUGGUGCACUAAAAAAAUGUAAACACCACAGGAAUUUAGAUCUUAUUACUACAAAUAGACUGAUAGGAACUUGUGGUUCAUUUCCGGAGCCAGCAGGUUGUUUUCUUUAUAGUAGGUCAUUGAUUGGUUCUGUCUGUAAUUAGUGAGUGAAGAUUGCUUUAUAGAGCAAACCUGUAUUCUUUAGCAUAUUGUGUUCUUGAAGUUAAAAUCCUCAUGGUGCAGCCAUUAUUUAAUACCCAAAGGACUGAAAUGUAAGUUGUAUAAUGUGCAUUCGACAAUCCGUCAUUUCUUAGAGCUCUCCAGCCAUAUAAAAUGUUACAUAAUGUUGUUGCUUCAAAAGAAAUUGCAGGCUAUUGUCAUUUAUUAGAAAUCAAAGGGAGAGAGCUUUGCUGAUUUGUAAUGUGUAGAAAUAUCAAAACAUUGCAUUUACUUGUUUUUAUUAACGUUUGUCGUCCUAUUGGUAUUGGAGCAUCAGGCUCCCCUUUACAAAUUGAAAUAGUAAAGUAAAACUCCCCUCUCAAUCAGCAGCACCCUGGUCCUGCCACGAUUAUAAUUUUUCCCCUUUAAUGAUCAGAAGGUUAUUUUUGUUGUCCCCCCAUGUAAUAUAACUAGCCACUUACUUGAAAUGAUGUAGUAGACUAAGGUGUGUUGGCAUGUGUUAGUGACCUGUUGAUAUUUGCUAGUAAUGCGGUGGGCCAGGCUGUGUAGGUGUAUACUAUUGGCACAGAAUAGGCAAUUUAUAUGUGUAGCUACCAUAUAACUUGUGCUUCUGGCAGGUUGUUUGUGCAUGUUUUUUUUUUUGUUUUGUUUUUUUUUUUUCUUAAUGCUAGGGUUUACUCUCUAACCCGUGAUGAGGCCACAUGACACAUGCUAAUUAUGAUUUUUAUUCCUUCAUCUUUUUGAACUGCUUUUUUCCCAUUGAAACAUACGUUCAAUGAGUAGUUUUUCUAUAGCUUACAUCAUAAAGAUGUUUAAUUUGCUAAAUUAUUGUUUUUACAGAAUAAAUGCAGUGAUUAUGAAUUGUUAGUGUUGGUUGUUCGUUUUGAGCCAAAUUAAUGUGGCUACACAGGGCCUUUUAAAUUUCUCUAAAGAAAUCUUAGUUAGACUGUACUUAACACCACUAAGGAAGUCAGCAGGAAGCAUUUUCAUUGCUGAGGUUACUAUGUUUAUGCAUUUGUCUUUGUGCCUGCCAGAUAUCCUUGGUCCUAGAAUCGUUUGAGGAAGGAAGUAUUGAAUUAGCAAAUAUUUGAAAUGUCUCUAAUGUUGGAAGCUGAAAGAGUAAAAUACCCCUUCAUCUUGGAGAUAAACGUUAUCAGUUCUAAAAUGGGUUUCUAUUAAUGUUCAUUUGAGUAGUUCCCACAUGUUAGAAGUUUCAGACUCCAGCGCUUAGGUUGUUUUUGUUUUUUUUUAAUUAAAGUCUUGCGGUGCUUUGGAAAAAUGUUUACAGUUGUGUUCCCAUUUAGACUGUUACAGGCUGAAUGGGAAUAUUCUCUAUUUGUUUGGAGCAGUUACGUGGUGCCUGUUGCCACUUCAAUUUGCAGCCCGUUGACUGACAUACUCUCCUUAGCAUGAUUCUAACAUAGGAAGAUUUAGCUUGGCAACUAUCAGACCCUGAUUUGCUGAGUAAAGUGUGAAUGACGAAACCAUCCCUAGCCGUUUUUUUUUUUUUUGUUUUUUUUUUAACCAAGUGAUGGUUAUAAAUGACAUCCAAAUGUUAUGCCAGUUUAGGAAAAGAAAUGGGAGUUCUUAAAAUAACACUAUAGUGUUAGGAAUACAAAGCUGUCCAGAGGAGUGUCUGGCCUGCUUGAGCAGAGAAGAGCAGGGCUGGAACUGGAGGACGGGCGGCUCAUCUUCUUAAGGCAGGGGAAGAGGGGCUUGUGGGACCUUCCUGUGUAGUGUGUUAAAUUGGGGAGCGGGGGGCAGUGUAUUCAUUUUAAGAGAGGAAGGGAGGGGAUCAGUGUAUUAAAUUGGGAUAAGGAGGGGGCAGUGUAUUAGAGUAAUGUGAGAGAGGGCAGUGUAUUAAAUUGGGGGGGAGGGCAGUGUUUUAAAUUAAUGGUAGGAAUAGGGGCAUUGUAUUCAAUUAGACUGCAGGGAGGGGGCAGUGUAUUAGAUUAAGGGGCAGGAUAUAAAAAAGGGAGCGGGAGGGGCAGUGUAUUGGAUUUGGGGUAACGUAUUAGAUUGGGUCUGCAUGGAGAUGCUGUUUGGCCACACAUGCACAAUAGCCUUACAAUGCUUUCCUGUGGGGAUCAUCAAGUUUGAUCUCAGCCAAAGUGCAGAACUCACUCCCAGGACUUCAAAAUCAACUAGAUAACAUUAUUUGGUUUUUUUUUUCAGCUGUGCAACAGCAUACAUUCAUCAUUUCAUUACCAAACUUUUCUUUGGACUGAAACAUUUGCUAUAUGCAAAUGCACAUGUCCUUAAAAUAAAUUUGCUCUUUUGUUUACUUAGAAGCCCUACGAGCUUGAGGACGUCCAGUGUCAGUUAGGCAACUUUGUUUAUAAUGUAAUUUUCUAAAUAAACCUACAUUUCUAUGAAUUUUUUUUUUUACGGCCCACAUAAACUUAAACCUUGUUUAUUUGGCCCGUGUUAACCUUUGACUUUGACAUGCUUGGACUAGAGCAAUGUUUCCAAAACCAGUCCUCAAGACCCACGAGUAGUCCAGGUUUUGUCAGUAUCUUCACUGGAAUAAAACAGGGAAAUACAUAAAUCCUUUACUAUUGGUGUGCCAUGAGGACUGGUUGGGAACCAGUGGACCAGAGUCUUUUUCUCAACCUAGAUUACUAUGCAGCUAUAAAGCAGUAAAAGAUUUCCUUCAUUAUCCAGUUUACGUUUUCUAUCAUUAAAGGAACACUGUAAGAGCCAUAACAUCUACACCCGGUUUUAGUUUUUUGGGUGAUAGGAGCCAGUAGUUUGACACAGAACCAAAUGACUGCACCUGCAACCUACUACCAUGAAUGGUUUUGGUACUUGGCAUGCCCUUUUGAAGGCCCGCUAAAGUCACCCCAACCACUUCAUCUCAAUGACUUCAGUUUUGGUAAUCCUGUCAUUUUGACCCUUUAAUGUUAAACUUUGCUUUUUCUCUAGAAAGGGUCAAAUGCACCUCUAAUGGCUGGUAGCCACUAGAGCCACUUCCUCCUCCAUGGCAGAAUUAAACUCUGCUAUUCAACCAGAAUGUCUCGUAUAGACAAUUUGAUUGCAUGCAUAAUAAUUAUUAUGGAUUGUAUAGGGAACAAAGCUGGAAAAUGUGUAUCUUCCUUUCUUUGUCUUGAAUUAAUUAUAUUCCUAUAAACUUUAAGCACAAAAAUGGACAGGGUAUAUUUGGAAGUCGUAAACAAAAAUGUAAAAUGAUGUAAAUUUUCAUGAUUUUAGUUACAGGGCUCCAUAUUUUUAGUUAAUGGGAUCUCUGAAAAAUUGACAAUUGAAUAUCAAAUUUCUAUUAAAAAUAGCCAGAAUGGAAGAAAUAUUCCAUAUUUCUCUAGUUUGGUUUUGGUAACUACUUUCCGAUAUAGUUGCUAUGCCCUCUCGGUUUAGUUUUUUCCAGUCAUUUGUUUUCUUCUGCUAUACAGUACUUGCAAUGUCCAUAAAUAUAGUUUUUUUUUUGUUUUUGUUUUUUUUUUAUCUUCAUUAUCAUAGUUUUGACGUGUCAAAUAGCUGCCUGCACUAGCUAAACAAAACUGUUAACCAUAUUCUCUUUUCUUUAUUUUCUCUUUUCAGAGUUAUCAGUAAAGUGGUGCCUACUCCAGAUGGCAAACAAUCCGCUCCACUAGCUCUGCCUAAAUCUCCACCACCGGCCCCAUCUCCUGCUCCCGCACCAGUUGUCAUUCCUCCGCCUCCUGUCAAAGCUCCUCCAGUUCCAGCAGCUCCAUCACCAGCUCCUAAACCUGCUCCUCCUCCUGCUGCUGCUGGAAAUACUAGCAACUCUAGAACACCAGUCAGGAGUGUGGUUACGGAGACAGUCAGCGUUUAUGUAGUGAGUACAUAUAUUUAACCGGUAUACAAACAGAGGAAUGCAAGGGUGCCCACAGAUGAGACUCUUGCUGUUCAUAUAACUUUUGCAUAGGUAGUUUUAAUUCUGUUUAUAUAUGGAAGGGUUCAUUGGUUGGGUGUGUUAGUAGAUGCACUCAGCCAAUGGAUUGUGUCUAAAAUGAUUAUUGCUAAUGCAGAAGUUGUACUACACAUUAAUGAUAUGGACAGUGAGUGGCUGGGCCACAGGCAUGGUUUGAUGCAGAAGUGUGUGCAAGCUGGUACCUAUGAUGUUUCCCAUUCAGAUAGUCUGCGUGAGUUUCUGUUCUAAACUAGACUGACACAUAGAAUUCCUAUCACAUCAUUAUGCAAGAAGCAUGUGUUACAAGUAUGUAACGUUCAAAAUGACUAAGUUGUUACUCAGGGGUAAUUGCAGCCAUGCAAAACCAUUUCUGAGAAUUUUUUUUAUAAAAGAUUUUUUUUUUCCAAUCUGGUUAGCAUGUGCAGCACUGGUUCAUGAACUCUUUGUGACUAAAUGGCAUUUGUGAACUGUACCACUUGGAAGCAGUAGCUUUUCCAGUUUAGUUUUCCUCCCCAUGUCCUUUAAUUCAAAGUGACAGAGAUGUCAUAAAGUAAAUGGAAAGUUACUCAGUAACCACUUUUUAUAUACUUGAUCUUAUCAGCAAGUUGAAUUCAAGUAUUUGGCUAAUAAGUAAAUAUGCAAAACAAGGAACAGUCUCCUCUGCUGCUAAUUACAUGUUUGGUGUACCCCUAAUAAGGUGCAUACUUUAGAUUUAUAAGGCUUCAGUCAGUAUUUGCACACACUGUAAAUUAAACUAUUUCUGCAGAAUACAGUUUUACCUUACAAUGACCCUGGGACAGGUGCAUUGUGGGACAUCUCUUGGAUCAUUUAUGAGAUCAGUGAUGAAAACGUGAACUGUUUGCGCACACAUAUUUUGUAACUCUGUGCUCUACGGUUCAGUAGUGAGAUUUGAACAGUCUGUCUGACUUCUAUGGUACAUGACAGAGUACAGGGAAACACAAUCUACUAACUGGAAUCCAUAAAUAAAAUAAAGAUUUAAAGGAACUAACACUUUUUUUUUUCUUCAAAAUUAACCUAUUUCAGCUUACAGUCCACUAUUGGGCAUUGCUACCAGGUCCCACGCCAUGAAAAGUGUAAUAUUUUUUUUUUUUUUAAAGUAAAGUUUAACAUUACCUUUAACCCAGUGGCAGGCAAUGCUUCCGGUGCUGAUCUCCCUCCUCUGUCUGACGUCACAGAGGUCCUUACGCGGUCCAAUCACAGGCUUAUCAUAGAGAAGCCUGUGUGUGACUGGACAGUUUCACUGGUUCAGAGCACAUACACCAAUCUGAGCUGGCGUGCGAGGGAGGGGUUUUGGAGGUAAUUGUGUUAAUUUAUAUAAAAAUAAAAAAAUUGAGCGACGGAGGUAGGAACACAGUGUGUUUUUGGCAAAUCCCUCUAUUCCUCUUUUAUAUCUUGAUGUCCCUCUUCUAUGAGCUACACAUUGCUGAGCUCCACAGCAAUGUGUCUUUAAACUACAAAUAUAUUUUGUGCAGGAUUUGUUUUUUUUGUUUUUUUUUCUUAUUAUUCUUAUUUCUAGACAUCCAAAUGCAUGCAUUUACAGUAGAUAUUUUUGCAUGAAAACGUAUUUAGAAUUCUACUGAAAGGUUAAUGGGGCCAUUACUAUGAAAUAUAAAUUAUGCAAUCUAGAUGUGCCCAUUUAUGGAAGGCCUUGACAAAUCCUAGGUCGCCAAGGCUCCUAGGAAUUUUGUUCUGGCACUUGGUUAUAGGUCAGCCCGUUCCCUCCGAGGAGGCCAGCUGAGGGAGAAUCGAGGUGGUGGCAAACUACGCAGAUGGACAACGAGGGAGCUGUAAUAUUCCUUCCCUACUUACUCCGCUCCCCUGCACAUCCUGCUGUGAUCCCAGGAGCCUGAACAUGACAUUCUGGCCCCAGCAUCACUAAAUGGCGCACGAGGGAGCAGAGCAAGAAGAGUUUGGAGAUUUCAGCACAGCCCCACACUAGACUGUGGCAAAAUAUUCCAAUCCAGCUGUCCCAAAGGUUAGGGAGGCUGGGUGCACUUAAAUAAAAAUAAAAAAAGGUUUGUAAGUGUAUGAGAAAGUAAGUGUGCGUGUGUGUAAACGAGUGUCCGUAUCCUUCCCAUUAGAAAGCAUUGGGAGGCUGUUGCGCAUGUGUGGCAAAAAUCCGCAUCUCUAUGGAGAACAUUCAGCGUUCUAUGCUACGCACUGCAGCAUUGGACUAAGAAGCACUCUAGUGGCCAUCUGAGUGACUGUUACUAGGCAGCAAUGUAAACACUGCAUGUUCUUUGAAAAGCAUUUAAAACAUUGAAAAGCCUGCAGUGUCAGGCUAUAGACAUCAGAACCAGUACAUUAAGAAUUACACACCCACACAAACAUACAUACAUACCCACCUACUCCCACACAUCUAGAGCUAAAAGAGAAGCUAAAAAAGAUUGUGGGAAAAUUAGGCAGUAGUAAUACCAGUUGUGAUGGGAUAGUGGGAGAGUGGCUUCUGCAGAUUCCUGGUGAGAUAUCUGAUAACUCUGUGCAGAAGAGUGCAGUUCUAGGUACAGAUAAGAUACUGCGCAGAGCUGUUAGACUCCCAAGAGUUUGGUAGAGGACCAGAGAAGCAUACAUAAACAGCUAGGAUUGGAGCCAGUUUUAAAAAAAAAAAGCUUUUUUUUCCCAAGGACAAAAAUAGAAUUUUACAUCCUUGAUACCAUAUUGCUAAAACCACUCAAACCUACGGAACCUAAUCCCAACAUGUACUAAAAAUAUUUACCUAUUUACAGAGCUGCACAAGUGGAUAAAAAUGGGUGUCUGACUUUUGAUUUAACAGGUUUUCUUUUUUACAGAUCCGAGAUGAGAUGGGCAACCAAAUAUGGAUCUGCCCUGGGUGCAACAAGCCUGAUGACGGCAGCCCAAUGAUUGGUUGUGAUGGAUGUGAUGACUGGUAUCACUGGUAAGAUUUAUUUUUUUAGAUUGUAAAUGGGUAGACGUACAUCUAGAAAUGUGGUGAUUCUCAUUGUAGUGUUUUGCUCUGUAUGAAAGCAGCCUCAGACUACUGUAUUACAUGUGGUUGUGAAGUAGUAAGCAUCCAGUCCAAAUGUACUCAAAUAAUUUUUUUCCCCCCUCCCAAAAAUGUUUGAAAUAGCAUAUAUUUUAUCCCCAAAUAGGCUCAUGUUUCAUAGAGCACCCAAAUAUGUGGUGUAUUUGUGUGAUUUCAUUAUAGAUUUCAGGUCCACUUUAAAGGAUCACUAUAGGGUCAGGAACACAAACCUGUAUUCCUGACCCUAUAGUGUUAAAACCACCAUCUAGCCCUCCUGGGCCCCUCAUGCCUCCCUAAAAAUAGCAAAAUCUUACUUGUAUUCAAGCCUGAAGCUGUAUCAUGCUGUUUGACUCAGAAUAGUCAAUAGUCAAAACCUGUCUGCUGACAUCAUCAGAAGUGGUGACAUGAUCCAAUCACAGUGCUUCCCCAUAGGAUUGGCUGAGACUGACAAAGGGGCAGAGCCAGCAUGAUUCAAACACAUGGCCAAUCAGCAUCUCCUCAUAGAGAUGAAUUGAAUCAAUGAAUCUCUAUGAAGAAAGUUCAGUGUCUGCAUGCAGAGGGUGGAGACACUGAAUGUUUGGAUGCAUUUUAGGCAGCCAUAACCCAGGAAGGAUCUCUAACAGCUAUCUAAGGAGUGGCCAAUGAAGUUAUCCCUAGGCUGUAAUGUAAACACUGCAUUUUCUCUGAAAAGACUGUUUACAGCAAAAAGACGGAAGGUAAUGAUUCUGCUCACCAGAACAAAUUCAAUAAGCUGUAGUUGUUCUGGUGACUAUAGUGUCCCUUUAAAUGCCUUAUGUAAUUUGUGCAUUAUCCACAUUCUGCUAAUACUGUAAGUUACCCUUUGUGAUACCAAAUAUUUCUGAAACUCCCAGACAUCUAUGUAUGCACAGUGAAAGUAUAGCAUAGUAAUCCUUUUACCUGGAUUGCUGUAUCUUUAUUAAUUUUGGUAGUGCUUAGUGCUCUGGGUCAAACUAUCCAUUUAUGGGCACUGAGCUUGUCUUCACCUUUACCGUUCAUGCUGAUAAGAGAAGGGGAAACUAAGAGGCUUUGUUUAUCUGCACCAUGCAUAAAUGAAAUAAUACUGAUUGACAGCCUGUUCUUCCAUUUAAACUGAUUGACCAGAGAUCAGCAUUAUAGUUUUCCAUACAAUUGGGAAAUUACAUUGUUCUUUAACCUGCACAAAACAAACAUUGAGCAUCAAGUAAAUUGUUUACAGAACCUCACAAAUUUUUAUUUACUUUGUUUUUUGUUUACCCUAUUUGACACAGAUUUUACUUGAAGUCAUAACUUUAGUUCAUGUUAAAACUUAAGUUGGCUCCAGUAUACUUGAGUUGGACAAUAUGACAGGAGAAUCACCAUGCCAGAUUUUAAAAAUCCUGUUUUUGUUUUUUUUAAUAGAACUCAUUAAGGUGGAAAUAUUUUAUUUAUAUGUGUGUUCGUAAAUGACUAGCUCUGUUUUUCUUGGCCCUGGUCCCACUCAUGCCUGAUGCAAAUGGUGGUCUUAUAGGUCCUCACAUUUGCACCGUGUUUUAUUAGAGGACUCUUUAAAGGACCACUAUAGUCACCCAGACCACUUCAUCUUAAUGAAGUGGUCUGUGUGCCAAGUCCCUCUAGGGUUAAUCCUGCCUGCUGUAAACUUAGCAGUUUCAGCGAAACUGCUAUAUUUACAUUUGGGGUUAAGCCAGCCUCUAGUGGCUGUCUUCCAGACAGCCACUAGAGGCGCAUCUGUGACGCUGGAGGCAUUUAAUGCCUCCAUCAUGCAGAGCGUCCAUAGGAAAGCAUUGAAAAAUGCUUUCCUCUGGACACUUUGCGCGCACGGCACUGAUGCGCAUUCCGCUGCGCUGACGUCGGCGGGGGAGGAGAGGUAAGGGAGCCCGGCGGUGGAAGAAGGAGAGUAACUGAAGGGGUUUAAACCCCUUAAGCACCAGGGGAGGGGGACUCUGAGGGUGGGGGCACCUUUAGGGUACUAUAGUGUCAGGAAAACAGAUUUGUUUUCCUGACACUAUAUAGUGAUCCUUUAAAUAGUGUAAAGAAUAUGAUUGUGUGACUCUCCGUUCUAUCUUCCACAACAGAGUAUAGCAAGAAAGUUUGUCAUUUACUAAUAUUUUACUAUAGCAGACAAUCUGUCUAAGUAUAUACUGUAAAUAUUUAAAGUCGAUCUUUCCCUUACUGGGUUUUUUUUGCUUUUCUGGAGGGUGCGAAGCAUUGUCUGCUGAUAUCUUACAAGCAAUUACGAAGUAUGACAUCAGUAGUCUUGUUGGAUCUUCUGAGAGUAUCAUUCAGAAGAUCCAAAAAGAUUACAGAGCUUGUAUAGCAAGUGCAGUGGCAUCGAUAAAAAUUGGUUUUGUGCGUCUGGAGAAUUUGAUGUACUGUAUUUGUGAUUGUAUGACCUGUUGAUAAAAUUAAAAUUUUCCCUGCACUCUUUGCUUUUACAGGCCUUGCGUUGGAAUCAAAGAUGACCCAACUGAAGAUGAAUGGUUUUGUAAGAAAUGUGAUACCAAGAAGAGAGAUAAAAAGCACAAGAAAAGGAAGCACAAAGCUCAUUGAGAUGAUCACCUUUUGGAUCCCUUCCUUCGCUUUUCUUUACUGCUACCACUGGAGAGCUAAAGGAAACCUGUAACAGUUCAGCUGUUGUCUAGAGAUCCCAUUGUGCUUAAUCUGUGAAUAGUCGGAUUUGUACACAGGGCUGACACAUGAAAGGUUGACCACCUUAGUUCUGGAGGAACGUAUAGCUAUGUAGCAUACUUCUGCAAUCCAUUCUUGUGGACUUUUGAGCCAGUGGAAAAAGAGUCUAGGUUAUUGGCCUGCCGUUGCUCUGACAGUAAUUCAGCCACAGGAUAUAGGACAGAAAUAGGCAAGACUGCUCAUUACCCCUUUUUCUCUGUUCGGCAACAGCCCUUAAUUAUUGUAUCAUAAUUUAUUUCGUUGUUUCAUUGUUUUCACAAAACUGUACUUUAAAUGGAUUUUGCAAUCUCUAUAAGACCUGUAGUGAAUGAUUUCGUAGACUCUGAAAGAAUGGUACCCAUUUUGAUUUCAAAGCCAUGCUGUUCUUGCUAAUUAGUACAUAUUUUGGUUAGAAAAAUAUACACAGAUCCAUUUUAUUUUAUUUUUUCUGUUCCUAUAAAUAAAACCGCUUUUUGUCUUUUCAAAAUAUAUAUAUAUUUUUAAAAAAAAAUCUUUCUAUCAUACAAUUAUUUCCUAGGAGUUUUCAUUAUCUGUAAUAUAUUUUAAAUUUGUUUUGAUUUUUUUUUUUUAAUACAUGUCCAAAUAUACGGUGUUCCUACUGCAUGUACUUGGCAUACAUUGGUUUAAAUUCCUUUACAUUUGCUCCUCCCUCAGUUUUUUUAUUUUUUUACUGAGUUGCAUUACAAUCUGCUGAUCAUAACAAGCUGGAGAGAUGUAUUUCUGUAUAAACCUUUAUAUGCUGUUGUCUCUGCUUGUUUUACAAUGGAGCUUAAGCGGCAUUGAGUAUGUGCGUUUUGUAUAUAUUAAAGGUGUGUCUCAAAUAUAUCUGCUGCCUCCUUUACCUUCAGAUUUGUUGGAACAUAUAUAAAAAGAAUGUUAUUGGCACAGCUUAUUUUACAAAAAACAUACAUGUAGAAUAGAUUAUGCUCUAUAGCCGUAUAUAGGCUCUUCAGUGUCUCUUAUUAUAACUCAAAUUACUUAUCACAUAAGUUUUGUGUUUUAUCUUUCUCCAGUUAAAAUGUACUAUAUAGAGUAGUAUAAAUAUGUACAUCUCAAAGUCAGAAUGUGAUUUUGCCAACAAACUUGCUGAUACUGCUCCAUGUCAAAUAUCUUGCUCGGCCCAUAUGCAAAGAACAUUUUUGCAUUGUAUUUUAAUCCCUUUUUUUAUGGCUGAAAUUAACCCCUUAUGGACCUCUGACGUAUCAGGUACGUCCGGCAAAAAACGGUUGUUAAUGACCUUGGACGUACCUGAUACGUCCGCGGCGAGUUAGAGGGCUGGAAGCAAUCAUGAUCGCUUCCAGCCGUUCUGAUGGUAUUGCAACGAUGCCUCAACGUCCAAUCAGAGCUUGCCCCUACAACCAUAUUAUUCUAACUAUGAUUCACAUUUGUCUGAUCAGUUCAAUAUUAGUAAAUAUUGACUGAUCAGUAUGGAUCUCCCUCCCUCUCUUCACUUGUGUUUUAGUGAGAGAGAAAGAGAGAUCUGUGUUUUAGAUAGAGAGAUUUAGGUAGGGAUUUGUGCAACCCAAAGGCUCUUUUCAGAGCCCUUAACCCCCUAAAGCCCAGCCAGACACGAGACUGUAACUACAGACCGGAUUGAAUAAGGAUCACUCCCUAUUAUUACUUCAUUUGAUUAAGGUAUAUUCUUCUGAACGCCUCUCCUUCAACAAUUGAUUUGACAUCUUACUGGUAGUGAACAGAUUCAAUUCUAAGGUCCACAUCUACAGCAUACAUAAUAUGUGGUGAGAUCCAACCAUUUUUUCAUCAUCUGAACAGUGCACAUUUUUAAUUUUUGUCAGAUUUUUAUUUUU